AUGUCGUUGUUUAGUGUACAAGCGAGAAAGCACACAGCUUAUUAUGAUCACUUGAUGUCAAUAUCGACCACCAGAACACCGGGCAGAGAGCACCCGGCAGAGCGGAAAGCCACGGCGGACACAAUGUUGGGUAGAAGUGAGAUAACAUCCGGAGACAGUGCUUGUGAAGACAGCAGGUCAUCUGAUAAAAGCCGGCAGGUGAACAGGACAUAUGUCAUAUCUGCGGCGUCAAAGAGAGUCAGUGGGCAGCACACCCCUUACCGAGCCCGACUCACUCUGCAGAGAAGGUCCCGGAGGAAAACCGGGUCAGAGUCCGCGGAGAAAACCAUGGUCGAUAGCAGCCAGAACACCACCACACCGGCCCCGGAGAAGAGACUGACCCUCCAACGCAGGACGAGGACUCCCUCUGUGGAUAAAAACUCGCUCCGCCAACGUGGGGUUAGCGGCACCGGCCUGCAGCAGACACACAAAGUACUGAGUGAACCAAACGGUAGGACACCGAGUGUAUUCAGGUCUACAAGUUUAAGAGAAACUCCAUUAAAGAGCAGAGGAGGAGAUACUGCUUCUCAGGUGGACACUCGGGGGAGACCGACGCACUCCAAAACGCCCUCCUCUGCAGGUAGGCCUCUCGACGACCAGGCCCAAACCUUUAAAACCCCCACCAAGAAGACCCCGUUUGAGAAAAUCGCAGCCAAGAGAGAUGUGUUUGAGAGACUGGCGAGCAAAGAAGCUCCCAAACCAGUGGUGGUCAAACUUAGAAGUCUAGAGACUACAAAAACCAGACCGAUGCAGUCAGAGGAUCCAAAGCCUGUCCCGGCUCCUCGGGUCAGCAAAGCAUCUGCAGGUGUGCUCAGACCCAACGCUGCUCAGCAGGUGAGGAAGGCAUCUACCUCGACCCAAAGAGCAGACCUGACACAAACAAGGACCUCCACUCUUGUCCUGGCACCCACAGAGGUGACAGUAUCCCGUCCUAGUGAGGCCCUAAAGCAGCAGGAUUCAUUAAAGAUGGAAAACAGUGCAGUGACUGUAGCUGUUCGUGUACGCCCAUUCAAUGCCAGGUAGGUAAAGCCAAUGCACCUGAAGUGCACAGGUUAGUUGUGGAGGAGAAAAUAAUGUCUGCAAGUAAUAUGGGAUCUGCCAGAUUUAACCCAACAAUAAUGACACACCCUUUAGAAAGUAAUCAACCACAGGACCAUGGGAGGUUUCAGUGCUGUUCAACAGGCUCACUAUGACCCAAAUUUUAGUCUAUGAUGGUUUUCAAAUGUGCUGCAGCAGUUGUUGUGAAUGAAAUUGCAAUCCGUUACAAUCACCUUUGCAGCCUGACGAAGUGGACAUUUUUGACCAAAUAAUUUAUCAGUAAAGGACAUUUGAGGCUAAGUAGCCACACUCAUAAUAUGCUUUAAUUUCUGUCUUUCUGAAUGUUUCUGCUCUUUUUGUAGGGAGAAAGCAGAGAAGGCAUUACAGGUCAUCUUUAUGAGCGGUCAGGAGACUGUCGUCCAGCACCCUGACUCCAAACAGAGCUACUCCUUCGCCUAUGACUUCUCUUUCUGUUCGGUGGAUGAGAGUGACGCCUCAUUUGCCAGCCAGCAGACAGUGUACGAGACUCUUGCCAAACCUCUGCUGCUGAGGGCUUUCGAAGGGUUCAACACCUGCCUGUUUGCAUAUGGUCAAACAGGCUCUGGGAAGUCCUACACGUGAGUUGACGCUGCGGGGUGUCUUCCCCUCAAAUUCCUUCCUUUUCUUAAUUAACGUUUUGGGUAAUUUGAAUAUAAGCGAUGAGUUAACUGUCUGUAUAAUUAGUUUGAAAUGAUUGUUUAGGAUGAUGGGCUUUGGAGAAGAAGAAGAAGGGGUCAUACCACGAUUCUGCCAGGAGCUUUUUGCAAGAUUGACAUCCAUGGAAAACGAGGAGGUAAAUGACCCAAAAACUUGUGUAUGCUCACGAAUGAUCAUUUUACUUUUGUAACUUAUCAACUGCCUCUCUUGGGUUACUUCAUGUCAGGUCAAAUGUCACGUAGAGAUGAGCUACUUUGAAGUGUACAAUGAGAAGAUCCAUGACCUGCUGGUGACCAGAGAUGAGCCAAACCAGAGAAGAAUGCCUGUAAGUAGUUUCCAAAAGUACAGGAUGCAAAGAAAUAAAAUAAAGUCCUGGAUUGUUGUGAAAAUUGAAAUCUGCUGCUGGGCCUACAUAAUGGAUCUUGGAUUCAGUGUGUCCUGAUAUUUAAAGUUUUCUAUACAUGCCCUCUUUCACAUUACGCCUUGAGAAAGUUUUUGAAGUCUGUGUUGUGAUUGAAAACCACAACAAUGUCUGACAAUAGCUGUUCAAGAAAACCCUCUUCUGUUUGUUUCUAGCUGAGGGUGAGGGAGCAUCCAGUUCACGGCCCCUAUGUUGCAGAUCUCUCUGCGUGAGUAUUUCUCAAAGUUCUUUUGCUGUUUUACUGUUGAAUGGAGGUCAAAAGUACAUUUAUGUGGUGCCUUGCAGAAUUGUUCACUUUCUUGUAUUUUCUUGUAUUUCCAGGAACAUUGUGAGCUCUUACGGUGAUAUUCAGGUAAGUUGAAACUACUGUGAAGAUAUGUCUUGACCUGUUUUGAUCUUUCACCUUAGGCUGAUACGUUUAUCGUCUUUGAAUGAGUAAGCACUUGGGGGUUCAGUGUCAGACACCACAAUGGAAUACAGAAAUAAAGGUUUUGCUGAAUAUCAAUGUCAUGAAAGUGCAGUGUGGUCCAGUCACUGAAUAGCCAAGUAUUUCAUAUAUUUCCAGAGUGCGGUGGUGAGAACAAUACUAUGAAAAUCCCCUGGAGAUUUCCCAUUGAGAGGAUAAGUGAUCAUUUUUCUGCUGUUCUUUAGGGUUGGCUGAAGCUGGGCAACAAGCAGAGAGCCACUGCAGCAACAGGAAUGAACGACAAGAGCUCCAGGUCUCACUCUGUCUUCACCUUGGUUAUGACCCAGACUCAGGUAUGGCACUUAACUUUCCCACAAACAACAACAGUCUCAUCCGUCAGAGAAAAAUGUAGCCAAGUCAACUCUUCAGGUCAUGAUGUGUGAGAGCAGGUCUCUAAAUGGUUUUCUUGUGUGUGCUUGUGCUUAGACUGAAUUUGUCGAGGGUGAAGAACACGACCACAGUAUUACCAGCAGGAUCAACCUGGUGGACCUGGCAGGCAGUGAGCGCUGUAACUCUGCCCAGACAAGCGGAGAUAGACUCAGAGUGAGACAAACACACACUAUUCUCGAUUAUUGCUAUGGCAUCAGUUUUAAUCUUAUUCAAAUCAGUAAUUGAAGAUCUGUAUGUCUUGUCCAAUCCUAAGAUUAUUAUCCUUUAACAUUUCAGCAAAAUGAAUUUGUUCUUGAGUUUUGAGUUCAUCUCUGUAUAAUCUAUGAUCUUUUGUUUGUUUAUUCCUGCUUCCAAAAGGUACGCAAGAUCGGACCUACUGUUUUGUUCUGGGGGCUUACAAAAUUUAAAUCUAAAUCUGUUUUCUUGUUAUUCGAUCCUGCACUUUCACAAAGCCCUACUUGCUUUUUUAAAACAAAAAAAAUGCAAUUUUGAUGUGUUUCUAAAGGAAGGUGCAAGCAUCAACAAAUCCUUGCUUACCCUGGGAAAGGUCAUCUCUGCCCUGUCCGAACAAGCACUGAGCAGAAAGAAGGUCUUCACACCGUACAGAGAAUCUGUCCUGACAUGGUGAGACAUCAGAGCGUUUGUACACUGGAUCUGAUGUAGAAUCUAGUGCUUAUACUAUGUGAUGUUUGCACAUGUAAAACAGAUGUGUAGGAACUCGAUGUGUUAUAGGGGAUUAUAGAUUAGAACUGAAAGACCUUCCAUAACCCGAGGGAAUUUUCUGGUCAAAUGAAUGUUCCUCACCAGCGCUCUUGUUCUCCCCUGCAGGUUGUUGAAAGAGAGCCUGGGUGGUAAUUCUAAAACAGCCAUGAUUGCCACUGUGAGCCCAGCAGGCAGUAAUGUGGAGGAAAGCCUCAGCACUCUGCGCUACGCUCAGCAGGCCCGCACCAUUAUCAACGUGGCGAAAAUCAACGAGGACACUAGUGCCAAGCUGAUCAGAGGUCAGACACCCAAUGCAUUAACAUCUGAUUAUUUCUUUGAGCUAUUUUAGAUCAUUACAGCUGAAAAAGUCUCUUUUAUUUUUCUCUUCAUUCUGUCUAUUUGUUUAAGCUUAAAUGGCAUUGAUGUAAACUUGACUGUUAGUAGCAGUUUUGGGGGUUCAGAAGUGUACGCAAUUUGACUAUACUUGUGAUUCAUAUAUAAGGCUUUAUAUAAUGCUUUAUUCAAGAAAGUUGCAAGUUACAAGGUAGUUGAGAUCAAAGCUUUUUCUUGACUGUAAAAAAACAACAAAAGGAGACAAAAAUCAGAGAAACAAAACACCAAGACACCAAAAUCAUCACACUGAUAUAAAAGCUGGUUGAUGAUUCAACUGAAUAUAAAUGAAGCUAUCAUCCCAGCCUCUCAGGUGUAUAGUCACUGUGAACUGAAACAAAUUAAUGCAUACUCAGAACUAGAUGUUGGCUGUUAUUACUCUGUAUCUGUUGUAUGUCUCUCCAUUAGCAUCGUCUUCAUCUCCCUCUUUCUGUUCGUCUCACUCGCUGUCCUUUUUUCACUGCCCGUCUUUUAUUCAAGUCUUGCUCUUGAUCUCUUUUGCACUCCGUCUCAUCCACAUAUCCUCCUGUCUGCCCAUCUAUCCAUCACCAGAAUAUUCACCACCCAGUUCAAUUAAGGCCAGGCCCUAACCUUGCCUCCAGGCCAUAUUUAUGCACUGUCAGCUGCACAUGGCGGCUAACUGUCAUGCAAGUAUUAUUUUUCACGAGAUGAUUGUGCUGCUGUUUGAUGUUUUUAGCAGUAAGGGGAGCUCUUGCAGUGGAUUUCUCACACAUCACCUGUCAGUGGUUUAUGCUCACAGUUAACUUGACUGAAACAUUACGAGUCAAGUCAAUGUUUAGAGUAAAUUAUCUUCAAAAAGGACUCAAAGGCAGGUUUCUAAACAUUAUUCAAGCUGCUGUUAAAGAAAUCUCUACAUCCCUCUCUUAGCUUUCAUACCCACGUGUUUUCUUUCAAGUGUAUUUUGCUCCCCAAGACUAUAUUUUUAAGCCUAAACACCCCUUUGAAAAACUUGAUGUGUUUACAGAGUUGAAGGCUGAGGUGGAGAAGCUGAAAGCGGCCCAGAUGAGCUCCCAGGGCGUUGAACCAGAGAGGGUUAGGCUGUUUGAGCAGGAGAUAGCUGCCCUGAGGAACAGACUCUGCCAGCAAGAGAGGGAGAUGGUCGAGGCCAACCGGUCAGUGUUUGAGCGAUUUUGUUAUCAAGUUUAUCAUUUUAUUUAUGUGAUGCAACAGACGAGAGAUCAUUUCAGUUUUCUCUUUUUUUUAUGGUUUAAGUGAAAUUUGUAGCGGACACCAAUGAUUUAAAUCCAUGUUGUAAAGCUAUUUGUCAUAUUAAAUGUUUAAACACUGCGUAUGUCAAAAGAGAGAAACCCAAAAAUAAAGAUUUUGAAAAAGGUUAUCAUUUUGUUCUCAAUCUCACCCAGACAACUUUUUGUUCAUAAGAAAUAACUCACAGAGUCACAGCUAAUUUUAUAUUAAGAGUUAAAACUUUUCGUCAUCCUUUUUUUCUGGCAGAGCAUGGAGAGAGAAGCUUGAACAGGCUGAAAUCCGCAAACGAGAGGAGACCAAAGAGUUGCAAGUGUGUUGUCAAAGCUUUAUACAAUUUCCAUCCUGUAUUUUGUAUUCCCCACACCAAAGCUCUUCUUCAUUGUGUCCAACAAACCAACUGACCCUUAAAAUCAACACAAGAACUCUGAAUCAAAUAUAUUUUUGCCCUAACGCUGACAGCAAAUGUGUAAAAGAAACUUCCUUUGUGAGUUUUAGAAAGCAGGUGUGUCAUUCAAAGUGGACAAUCGUCUCCCUAACCUGGUGAACCUGAACGAGGAUCCUCAGCUGUCUGAGAUGCUUCUCUACAUGAUCAAAGAGGGUCGCACCACGGUGGGCAAACUCAAGUCCGAGUCCAGCCAUGACAUCCAGCUGACGGGAGCCCUUAUCGCUGAUCAACAUUGGUAAACAAACAAAACACUAGAGGGUUUUGAAACUAUAACAUUAUCAGUAUAUUCAUGUGUUAAUCAUAUUCCUUCAUGAUCACUAUCAGGUGACUGAGUUUUAAUUGACAUACUGUAUGCAACUAAUUAUCAGAGGAGUGUAAUGAUAGACACAUCAUUUUCUAACCAUCUAUAAUCUAACCUUUUUGCGACAGCCCACAUUCAGUGUGAUAAAAUAUUGAUAUUUUGCAUUUCUGUCUUUUUGUAUUUUAGUAUUAUAAACAACAUCCAGGGUACUGUCAGCAUCACUCCCAUGAAAGAUGCCAAAACCUUUGUUAAUGGAAACCUUGUCUCUGAAUCUGCUGUUCUACACCAUGUAAGUAGACUGAAGAGGGCCUUUCAUGAAUGAAGUUUAACUCUAAAGUGUGGCAUAACUACAAUUCCUUAGAUUAUUUGAUUUAAUAGUUUCUAGACUGAGGAGUCUUUUGAAAUAGUAUUUUUUUAUCCUGUGUAAGUAUUACUUGAUGUUUAUGAUUUUCACCUGAUAAAACCAUAAACACAACCAACCCAAUUCUUCAGUUUUGACAGUGGAUGUAACUCAGCCCGAUUCUGUGGUUAUGUGUUGUUUUCAAGGGUGACAGGGUUAUUCUUGGUGGCGACCACUACUUCCGAUUCAACCACCCAGCAGAGGUGCAGUCCGGGAAACGGGUGUCAUGCUGGACAGGUGCAGGCGAUGGCCACAAAGACUUUGAAUUUGCUAAAAAUGAGCUGCUCGCUGCUCAAAGAGCUCAGUGAGUACCAAGAAAAGUAGCAUUCAUAUGUCCUGGUUUUCAUGGCAUGACCUAGGAUAAAAAAACAGCUCAUCUCUGUGUUUCGUAGGCUGGAGGCAGAAAUUGAAGAAGCCCAUUUGAAAGCAAAGGAGGAGAUGAUGCAGGGAAUCCAGAUGGCGAAGGAAGUGGCUCAGAAGGAGCUCCUUGACCAGAAAACACAGUAUGAAGACAAAAUCCGAGCCCUGGAAAGAGAACUGGUGUGCCAAGAUUUUGUUGUUUUAUUCAUAUUGUAGUGAACAUAUGUGUAAUUUUGCACACUUUUACUCAGUGUUUGGUAUAACUUUAUUAGGAUGGGGAGAAUGAACGGAAACGUCGGCAGGAUUUGGACCAGCAGAGGGUGGCCAACCAAAUGGCAGAGCUGAAGAUGGCGAAGCUGGAGCUGGAGCAGGAGGUGGACACCCAAAAGAAACGCCUCCGCUUACACAUGGAAGCUCAGGUCAGGGCUCAGAGCAUUACUUGGAAAUGUUAAAUUAGCAUCCCAUUUUUAAUCAGAUUAACUAGUAUUCCCCUGGAUAUGAUGUACAGUAAGACCACUACUGUCAGGGGGUUCAGAGUAGGGGUAUAUACAGGCUCAGUAUUCAAAAGGCUAGACCGAUGAUGUUUUCAGAAGACCUCAUUUCAUUCAGCCUUUGGCAUUUUUCUCUCUUGAUCUCUGGAUCUGAGGCUCCUGGAAAUCUAGAUUAUUCCUCUAACUUUAAAUUACAUCACCUCCUCCAUUUGCUCGCUCUCACGGUUUCUGAUUAUCCAAAAUGAGCUUGUGAAGCUUUGGGAAAUAUGCUGAUGCUGGUUUUUAUGUCUAACUGAUGGGCCAUUUGGGAUAUGCUGUGAGUUGUGGUGAAGCUCACUUCAGCAUAAUGUUUUGGCCUGGUGGGUUUUAAUACUGUGUACAUUACUAUGAUUCACUCCAGGCAAUGGAAGAACACCGUGUGCGUCAGGCGAGGAUUGUUGAGGCCCUGGAGGCGGAGAAGAGGAAGAUCAGCAAAGAGCUCGAGGAGAUGCAGAAGAGGAGAGCUUUAAGGGAAAAUAACACUCCCAGAAAUGGUGAGGAGCUUGGUGAAGUGACUCUUGAGAACAUACUGAAGUGAGGACAGCUAAUGAUAAUUCACACUGUGAAAGUGGAUUUCCAGAUGGGUGUGGUUUACACUUUUCUGCCAGAAAUGUUAGAGAGUGUGUGCCAGGACUUCUUAUAAACACUGAGCUCAAUGUUAGUUUAAAAGGAGCAGAGGAGAGGCCAGAGAAACCUCAGAUAUCCAAAAAUAGUUAUUGUUACGGAUCUAUUAGAUAUUGUUUUUAAUGGCAGUAUCUUGAAUGGGACCAGACCUCCUGAAUGCUUUGGUAAUUUUACUUUUCCCUGCUCUGAAUAAACAUGUCCUUAAGGUACCCAGCCUGCCCAUGACACCCAUGAAAUCAGGCAUCCUGUAACCUGGUUAGCAGCAUAUCUGCAGUGCCAGAAUUAGCAGUGUGACAUAACAUGCAUGUGUGUGACCAAGAAAAAGAAAAUAAAGAACUUCUAAUGCAGAAAGCUGUUUCAUAAUCGCACUGACACUAUGCUAGUAUUUGAAAGAUGUCUCCUACAAAUGAAGGUUACAGUUUUUAUAAUGACUUAUUAAAAUUAAAUCAGUUCACACAGGUCUGUUUUUUUUCCUUAAAUCACUAACAAAUCGAGCUGGAACCACGCAGAGCUGAUGGCUUAGCAAAGACUGUUUCAUUCUGUAUUUCAGUGUCUCCUCAGUGGGAUACCAUGAAGUUGUCUCUGAUGAUUGAAGAAGCCAACAAGAUUAGUGCCAAACUGAAGAAAAACACCGUCUUCAGCAGGUAAGAAAAGACAACAAGGGGGCGAUAUUUUUCAUGUGAUCUUAUUUUUUAAUACUUGAAUUUAUGAAGAAUUAAUAGACCUGUUAGGAUUUCAAUCUAAUUUCAUAAUGCAGGUACCAUCCUCACCUAGAGUGACUCUAAAUCAUAUGACUUUUCUCUGUCAUAGGCAUGAAAGCUCUGACAACGGAAACCUGGAGAAUGGCGGACUGCUGCAGGUGCGGGUUCAAAACACAAAGCUGGGGAUCUCGACUUUCUGGAGCCUGGACAAGUUCCAAAACAACAUUGCCGCCAUGAGGGAAUUUGAGCAGGUAUGUCCCAAAACAGUACCAUCAAUUACUGUAAAUUAAUUAAAGCAUGUUUUAAUACAGACACAAAAUAAUGCAGGGAUCAAAAUGACUAUAAGAAAACUGUUAAACAUUACAUCUUACUUUUCUCCCACUUGGCAUGUCAGUCAACACACAGAGGAGACAAUUCUUAUAGUUUUAGUCGUGCUUAAAGCUGCAGUUAGUGCAGUCAGACUGUCAGUGCAGCACUGUCCAGGGUGUUUCCAGAUCUUGUUGCCAGUUUUCUGAGGUCAUCUUGAGCUUCAUCUGAUCCUUAUGUAAAACAGGGAGAGCAGAGGACUGAUGUCUGCUUCAGGAUUUUCGAUUUGAUGAUAUUGAUGGAUAUUGUGUGGAGAAAAACAACUAUGAGUAAAAUCCAUACAUAUAUGUAUUCCCAUAUUGUGGACUGUUUAUGACACAUAGAUUCAUGACCAAACUGAUAAACUAACAACAAAGGACGAAAUAAUGCUUUAAAAUAUGUAAGAAGCUCACAUGUGUAUUAAAUAUGAUCAGUGCUCAGUCUAAUAUGCUUAUGUAUGAUGUGUGAUGAGUGAGGCCCAUUCAACGAGCCAGCACGUCUGUUUCUCAUCCUGCAUAUUCAGAUUCUGACAUCAUCUCAAGUGCAAUAGCCAAUUUCCCAGCCAUCUGACCUUAUUUACAACCCAGAAUGGGUUGUUUUAUGCCUGACAGAGGGGCGCUGCCUCACUUUGCCGUGCUUUUCUCAUUAAGUUGAGUAAAUAAGACUGGGCAUGUCAGCAGUAGUUUACUCUCCGCAGGGGGAUCCCACCUCUAAAGAUGACGAUGUGUUUUAUGACCCUGAUGAUGAGUGGGAGCAAGAUAUAUCAGCCUCCUCUGCUUCCACCUCCUCCUUCUCCCGCCGAAGGUAAUUAUCUACGUCUUCUUCUCUUCUCCUAUCCAUCAGCCCCUAUUUCUAGUGCCUGACAUUCACGAGAGGUUUCAGGGACUUAGUUGGUAUUCUUUUCCAAUUACUUCAAAUAACUCGACAGGCUAGUGUUCAAAAACCCCCCACGGAGUGUACUCAGUGUGUUUUAAACUCUCCGUUCUCAUGCUGAACUGAACUUGCAGCCUUUUGCUCUCUUUCAAAGUGAACAAUGUCUCAGGCAAUGGGAUGUACAGUAAAUGGAAAGUUGAAAGGUAUAUGCACGGAACAGGGAAAGUCAACAGUUCGGAAGAUUUUCGUUAUUUUCACAAAGCUCUCCUAGUUUCCACCAAUGUGAUUUACAACCUGGCGCAUAUUUCUGACAUUCAACACAUCCUACUUUCUCCCAUGAAAAGCUGCUGCCCACAGAAUAUUUCCCUUUUAUUCCUUUUCCUCUGUUUAUUAAUUUUAUUUCCAUGAAUGCAAGGCCGCCGAGUUCAGAAAAUGAAAGGGCACUAAAGGUGUCUGUGUUUUUCACUCUGCAAGCCGCAACCCAAACACACAUGCACGCACAAACACAGCCACUGUGUCACAUGCAGAACCCCCCCCCCCAUUUUCCCCUCACAUUAUUGCUAUUCUUGUCAAGCGUGUUUAUAGUGCUCCUCGCUGCCUGAACAACCAACAGACCUGGCCAAAUGAAACAUGGCGGACUCUGUGGUUCUUUCAUCCCUUCUCUUUCUGACUCCAUUAAAGCCAGGUCCAGGCCUUGCAGUCAAAUUUAAAGUUCUUUAUUGAUCCCCCUCCUCCUCCUCCAGGUUGUUCAUAAUAGAAAUCUGCUGAACUCAGUUUACACUUAAACAUAGAAGUGAAUUAUGCAUCUUUGCAAAAUAAAACUAAGUCCAUCUAUAAAUGUGUCCCACUUGAAAUAAGACCAUUUAACUAUGCACAGAAAUAGUUUAGGGGUGCUGCCACCAUACAUUUGGUUUCAACUCAUCAAAAAUAGAUACAGGAAUUCCCACACGUGAAAUAUAUAACAGGUAGUGCACAGAAUAAUAGGUUUCAGUGGUUCUUCAAAAAAAUCACAGAAACUUGGAAAAAAUCUUGUUCAUAACAGAACUAUUUUUUUUGUGCCUGAUGUUGUGUAUGCCUCAGCAUCAACGUCUGCACUACUAACAUGUCAGAUAAUAUUACAAAAGUCAAACACUGCUGCUUAGGACCUUUGCCACAAGCCAAUCUUUAAUUUUCAUAAUCCAACUUAGACAAAAAUUCAAGAAAAACUGUGUUAAAAGAAAUCUAACAUGUCUGACAUCAGGAGCCGCAGCUUGUUGAAGAGCAGGAGAAUCUCCGGGCGUUUGUACGAGAUUCGGGUCCAUCCCAUCCAGAGCCUCCACAACAGCUCCACACAGUCUGCUGGUAAGGCAAUGAAUUUUUUGGUCACUGCUUGAUAAUUGAUACCAUACUUCAAAGAAUUCCAUAUUUUUAAUUAAGUUCUGCUUUGAAAUUGGCUUCAAUAAUUGGGAGAUUGAUGAGACACUCAGUGGUGAGGUUUUUUUUUUUUGUGGCCAAAACUCUGCAGCUCUUUGAGGUUACUGCUCUUCUACUAUCCAGCUUUUGUAAACUGAAACACUGCAGAGGAACCUGCUUUUAAUUUUUGGUUUGUGAAGGGGAAACUAUUUCUAUCUGCACACAAAAAAAGGUUUAAAAAAUGUUCCACCUUCAAAUCUUGAGCAUUUAGAUUUUUAUUGUUUAAGAAUCAUGUGAUCCCUACAGCUCUCUUAAAACCCUUUCUGCCUCUGCCUCAGGUUUGAUGGGUGCAGUAAAACCGCCUUCAAGCCAUUCAAGCAGCACAGACUCCUCCAUACCUGGCAUCUGUAAGGAACUUAUCGGCCAGUCAUUGGCCUGUCUUCGUAGUUGUGGUGGAACAGAGGAGAGCAUGGCGGACAAGUUGGCCUCUGAUCUUCACUUGAUAUGUACGGCAAUCCAGACCAUAUCUGACCUGUACAACAGCCUGGAUGAUGAGAGUCAGGAGAACGGUGAGAGUCAAACUAGAAAUCAGUGAGAAAGCUCAUGCAAAUAAGAGGAACAAGUGAAUUGGUUUAAUUUUGAUUUAUGAUCAUUUGUUCAGUCUAGUCUGAUAGAUACAGAUAGUUAUGAAAAAACAGGUUUUUACAAACAUAGAAGAGUGUAAAUUUUGAAUACUCUAAAGGCUCAUGAAGACGUUCCUUCCUCUUUAGUUUAUUGCACAGAUUAGAAUAACUGGUUUUACAGCUUUCUUUCUCCUACAGUGUUCAUGUGUAACUUGGAGGCCCAGACUCAGCUGGUCAAGGCCACCACGGCUACAGAGACUGCAGUGUUUGUAACCAUGCAGUGGUUGACCAGCAUUAAACCCUCCUCUGGUCUUCUCUACACCAUCGCUGAAGAACUCAAGAGCCAAGUUAAGAAGAUGGGGGGGUUCAUUCAGCUGCUCAUUCAGGUAAACACAGACAUGCAAGCAUGAAAACUCAUGUAAUGACAUUUCACUUCAUUUUUUAAAUUUCAUAGGAGUUAGCUGAAAAGAGUAAAAAAGAAUCUGACCUGCAAAAUGAUUUCAUGUUGGUGUGGUUUCUGCUGGGAUGUCUGAUCAAAAUGCACAGCAUUAAUUGACGUGUCUUAGCUCUGAGCUGUUUGAACUCUGUCUAUGGAAAUGACCAAGCAGAGGGAAUUCUCAGCCUUGAGCCCCAAACAGAACAUGAAUAUAUGGAAAAUAAAUCUAAAUUCCUUACCAGCCUCAGCACCUAAACACACCAUUUUCCACUCCCACUCCACUUUUCACACCUUUCCAGUGCAUUUUAAUUUAUUUACUAACCCUUCAGCCUAUCUUGACCGUUUUGUUGGCGUGCUUGCAUUGAUUUACUGUUAAAUCAAUUUUAAAUCAACCUGUUUGUUUGUGCUGACUUGAUGCUCACAGAAAAUGAAAAUUUUCUCCCCAUCUAGGGCUGUGAAUCUGAGAUCACAUCGAUGGUGACAGAAGCACAAAAGAAGAGCAGUCAGUGUUUGGAAGCAGCAUUGCUUGUGCUGGGCCACCUGGCGGCAAUGACAGGCAUGCCGCUGAAUGCUGCAGAGUGGGCCGCCCAAGCCACAGGCAAGGUAACACCACCAUUAAUACAGCAGCAGCUACUGUCUCUGUCAAAGCCCAGGGGUCUGCUUUAAUCAAGCCCCCACUCCACAAUAGUAGUGAAUUGAAUAUUAGCUGUGUGGAUCUCGGAGCAAGAAACAUAUUAUGGAGUGGUGAAUUGCUCAUUUGAUUUAGGAUGCAGCAUACUGAUGAGCAAGAGAGGUGAUAUCACAUAACGCGGCAGAUAUGGUGGCCAGUUAGAUACUAUAAAUCAGCAGAAAAACAUUCAAGAUAUUUUGCAACCAUGUUGUAGUUAUGUGGCUUGAUGAUCAAAUACAACUGACAUGCUUCAUUUUCCAAAUAUCUGAAAAUAUUGAGGAGUUUAUGUUUGGAUUUACUCUGUUUAUAACCUGGAGAUGCUUUUUUUCUUUCAUGACCUCUGUUGGCUCAAAUUGGUUCAAGAUGUUGUGGCAUCAUCUAGCUUUUGUAUUGAGAGAAAUAUCAAAAUAAAACUUAGUGUGUGAUUCUUUCUCUACAGCAAUCCAUUGUCAUGUGUCUGCUGAAGGGGACUAAUAAGGGUGUGUGCUCUCUCUUGGAGGAGAGCCUCAUUAUCACCAGAGAAAUGCUGAGAGAGGCUCAGGUGGCUUACCCCAGGAACCAAGUAAGAGCUCUCAUCAUCUAUAUUGCGAUUAUCAUGUCCCAUGUUAAAAUAAACUGAUGCUUUUAGUUCAGUUUACUUUGUUUAAAUGUAUUUAAAGUAUUAUCAUAAUGCGUCUCUUCAUACAGGUCCUUCAGAGCCUAAAAUCAAAGACACUUGAUUUUGCUCGUGCUCUGCAGAACUACAUGUAUUGCCAUAUUAAGGUGAGUUUGAGCAGCACAGCCAUCUACUUAUAAGUUUGUUAUAAUAAUGCACAAGAUAUUAGCACAUAUACCACAAACUGUGUAAUUUAUUCACGUUUUAUUCUGUUAUAUUGCCCCAUGGGUUUAUGAAAUGUGUAUUAUAGGUUUGCUGAAGAAAGAAUCGUUAAAUCUGUCAUGCCAGAGAAAUACCCCCUCCACUAGACACACGUGAUGAUCUACUUUUCUAUGCAUUCAGCUGUAAAACAACACUUUGACACGAUUCAUAUGGUGCUGUAUUUUAUUCUAUGGUAUACCACAACCCUCAGUUGAUCUCCUAUGGAACAUGUAAAACAUAGUUUUGUGAUGAUGUGGUAUUUAAGUGUCUUUUAGUAAUGUCUCCUAUCUAUUUCUUUUUUUUUUAAAAACUUUAUUUUUGUGUUUUUUUUAUAACAAACUCAAAGAACAUACAAACAUGGUCAUCGCAUGAUAGACAGAAUGUCUUCCAGCAUAUAAUAUUCAACUCAAACUACAUUCAAAAUAAAAUACAACAUAAAUAAGGUACAAUAAAAAGAUUAAAAAAAAAGGGGUUACAAUAAGGUAUGCAUAUCAACAUUUCUUUUAGUCUCCUUUUCCAAGUCAAAUUAUGUCCCUUGCCCUCUGAAGUCUCCUGAUAGAUAUUCUGGGGUUGGUUUCUCUGGAACAAGGACAUCACUUCGGGUUGCAGUAUGAUUUCCAGUUUUUCCAGUAUUUUUCCUACUUUCCAGUUGCAUAUCUAAGAGAGAAUGUCAGUUGUUCCAUUUCAUGCAUUUCCUUAAUUAUUUCCUUCCAUUCGGUGACUGUUGAAGAUUCCUUGUUCAACCAUUUUCUAGUAAUUGCCUUUUUACUACCAGCUAGUAGUAUUUGUAGUAGGUAUCUGUCUUGUAUCUUGAGUCCAGUUGGCAGAUUUCCCAAAAAUAUAACACUAAAUGAAAAGUUGAGCUCAGAACUGACUAUAGAUCUAAAUGAUCUAGUUCUAGAUCUAGUUAUAACAUCCAACCAAUAAGAGGAAAUAAUAGGACAAUCCCAAAAUAUAUGGAAAUGACCUGCAGACAUAUGACCACACAUUCUCCAGCAUUGACCAUACUUAUGAUCAUUCUUUUGUAUUUGUUUGAUUUUGGGUGUGAUAAAAUACCUUACUAUGUUUUUCCAAGUGAAUUCUCUCCACCGGUAGGUCUCCUGUCUAUUUCAAGUCUUUUUGAGUUUUGAUUAUCAAUUUCAGGGAAAAAAAUUAAUAAGGUUGAUUGUAAAUGUAGUUCAUUUAAAAAAGAAUAAGCUAUUUGCAGCUUUGCCAAAAACUGCUGGUAUUUGUCAUGGUAAUCCUUGUUUGAAAGACAAAAUACAUGCUCAUCAAAGCUUCUCUGGAUACGUGAAGGUUAAAAAGAAAUCUUCCAUCUUGACACAGGCUUAAAUGUUUCAGAUUAAUACCCACACCCAGAGCAGCCCUGUAAAAGAUGCCACUCAGCCUUUAUUGCUCGUGUUAAGCUCAAUGCUGUGUAGGCUUAUCUCUCUGCAGUCGUCCCUUGACGAUCGUUCAGGCAAUGAAUGUGUUGAAUGAAGUGGCAUCAGUCACAGCUAACGGGCUUGUUUGCCGUUAUCUUAGCCACACAAACUAGCAGUUUUUUGUUGAAGCCAAUCAUUGACACAUAUUGGUCCUUGGGCAUUUUGCUGCCCACAGUGUUAUUGUAGUCAAAUAAACCUGAGUUAUUGCCUGAGGCAGCUACUUUCACGUUAGCACGGACCGCACAUUUGCAUGAUCUUUGAUGUAAAUGCAUCUGUUAAUGUGUUCUGUCCUGAACAGCGCUGUCAUUUAUUAAUGUAAAAAUGUUGAACUAUUUUAGUUUACAGAAUUUUUUUUUUGAAAUGUUUGUUUUAAUGGGAAAUCUGCACAGUUGAGGGGUGAUGGAAAUUACAUGACAACCUAAAUGGAAAUGAAUUGUUGGUGUAAUAGAAAACAGACAAUGCUUGUUUGAACAUGAUGAUCAGUAAAGCUCACAGUUUUUUUUUGCUUUUUCUAAAUAAGUUAAACAGUGAAAACAGCUUUUGAUCAGAAUGUUGGAGUAAUUGACACAAAUUCCCGCUACAGCGUCGAAGCCUGGGAAGGGGGCCAUUAGGUUUAUGUCAUAGAAAAGGCCACAUCACCAUGGAAGCCACAUUCAUCCAAUGACAUCAUUUGCAACGUGUGUUUGUGUGUGUGUGUGUUUGUGUCCUUGAGUGUUUGCUUUUAUGCAUCUGUCUGACUUUUGAAAUGGACUACAUGAUAGUUGGAACUAAAAACGAAAGAUCUCUGGGGAAAGUAUCAAGACCAGCUGGGAAACUGUAGCUGGGGAGUAUUAGGACGAUUUGUUGGGUAACAUUCAGCUGACUUGCCACAUAAGUGCUUCUUAGGAGUGCGUCGCAGUGCAUUUUAAUAUCAUUUUAUAUGGUCCAAUGGUAGUCUCUUGUAUGUAUAAUACUUUGUUUUACAGAGCAUAUGUGUUUGUGUUGGUUGUUACAUUCACAGCACUUUAUUUUGUCUUGCAUUCAUUUUUCUGGGUGUGUACAUGUUUUCAAUCAGGAAAGGCAGACUGUCCCAGAGGGAGAGGAGGGGGAGGAGGAGGAGGAGGAGGCCCCAGCCUCCCAUUUGCAGAGACUGACGAUGACAGCGGCCAAGCUGUUCCAGCUGAACCAGACCAUCAGACAGCUGCAUUCCUUAGUGUCUACAGCACUACAAGGUAUAGCUUCGGGUACAUCAACAGCUGGGAUGUUUAAGUUAAAAUUUGUAUCCGAUGUCAAUACAACAACUGUGUCUAAAGAGCCCAAGCAAAUUGUUGUUUGAUGUUUCCUUUCAUCAGCAGUUUUUUCCAAAGUCCAGAGUUUCAUUACAUUUGUUCUACAGCUGCUUUGCUUGUUUCUAAGUUAGUCAGAGCUUAUUCAUUUUUGUCGAAUGGUGCAGAACUGUAGUUUUUUGUGUCUUGCUGCAUAUUUUUGGUGUAUUAUUCCUCCAUAACACUUGAGAUGUUUUACUGAAAAUACUCUAAAAUUGACCAUAGAGUUUCAAUGAUCAAUAAGCAGACAAUUUGGAUUAAAACGCCCUCAGCUAAACCAGAUUGUCACUAUUUCUGUCACCCUCUCCAGGAAAGGAUCGAGACUCUGAUCUCAGCAGCAGCCGCGAGUUGAUCUCUUCCUCUGCCAAGGCUGUUGAUGAGCUGGUUACUGAUCUGUCCAGGGAGGGAGCUCUGCUUUUAGCCUUACAACUUCCAUGCACUGAGAGUGUCAUGGUUUCACAAGAAGAACUCCACUCAGCCUUGCAGUGUCUGUGCUCCCCUUGGGACCAACAUGGGGCAGGAGAGGCCAGAAACGCCUCCAUUUCUGACAGAAGCCAAGAAGAUGAAAUAUUGUCUGAAAGUAGUGCUAUUAUCCACAGUUCUGUUAAAAAUCGAGUCGUAAGUAAGGUAGUGUACUCUUUCCCUCCAGGGGUAUCAUUCAAAGGCAGUUCUCAGUGGGUGUAAAUGUAAUUCUUAAUAAUGUGCUUAUGUUGUGCACAGCUUACUGUAAACACUUAACUGCUGAUAUCAAAAAGUUUAAGUAACACUCCUGGUAAUAACACACUGGGUGUAUAGCAGACACCACAGAGACUUACUGAGUUCUAGCUUAAUAAGGAAUCAGUAACUUUUGCAACAAACGCAUCUUUCUGAAUGUAGAAUGAUAGUGAAUUCAAGUAAUUAAAAGCAAUGUUGUAAAAAUGUCUAGACUAAUGAUUGGCUUAGAGUCAAAAAGGUAUUUUGGAUACAGUAAUGAUACCAGAAUGUGUAAAAAAGUAAUUCUUGUUACGUGUGUCACAAGGUUUUCAUACAAAGCAGCUCAGGUGUAGUUUUUUCCAAAAGAAGAAAAGGUACAGAUUUCCUUCAAUUCUGAACUUAAAUGAUUUGGUUUUUCAUGUGUAAAGGCAUUUUUGUUCUCAUAUUUGCGAAAAAGUUUUGCUUUUUUAUGUUGUAUGCGCCUACUGUUACAAUUUGCACUCAGGAGAAACAUGUACACAGCAUUUCUUCCUAAUACAUGCACUCAAACAAAUCGGUGUUAAUUGUUUUUCAAGUCUUUUUGUUUCCCUUGCUGAAAAAAGUCACUGUAAUAUAGCAGAUAUUAUCCCUGCAAUAAUUAAUGUAUCUUGCUUACCGAUGCGAAAUUUGUAAAACCAUGGCCUACUGGUGAAGACUGAACUUUGUCCAGUGGCAGAGGAUGCAAGCUGGCUCUGAAAUACAACGCCCUGUAAGUAAACGUGCACACAAGUUAAAAAUGAUCAUUUCAGGUGCUCCAUAGAAUAUUCGGUAACCCUUUCGUUUACGGUACACUUAUUACCAGGUAAUUAACAGGUAAUUACCAAGUAACAACAUGAGAUUAUCUGGUAAUUACAUGGUAACUACUAAGUCAUUACUGUCUAUUUUUUCUUUUUUCUGUACAGCUCCAUUUUCAAAAGCUAUUUGGGGUUCUUAUUUUCUAUGAUUGACACUUGAUACAGCCUAUGGGCGUGCGAAGAUAGUGUAGUGAUUCGCUGUUUGAGCCGAGCAUUAUCACAACAACUCACCCGCCGAAUGCCUACAAUGCUACUGCCCAAGUGGUGGUUCCAGGACGCGGAGAAAAUCCUGGAAAUACCAGAGCAAUCGGCUUCAAAUUUGUAUGAUGAUGGAGGGUUACCUACCUGGUAGCUAGACAGUAUUGACUUGGUAGUUAUCAUGUAAUUACCAGAUAAUUAAAUGUUGUUACUAGGUACUUACCUGUUAAUUACCUGGUAGUAAGUGUACCGUAAAAGAAAGGGUUACAGAAUAUUUUUCAUUAUGAGAGGAAAUACUUUAUAAAUCAGCCCUAGGAGUUGCAUGCUACUUUUCCCCAAUACCAUUCACCCAAGAAAUUCCCCUCAGGUAAGAUAUUAUCUAUAUCUGUGUUAUGUAUGUGUUAAAACUAAUGUAUUUUGGUUUUGAGUUGGUUAAAGUUUAGUUACACCUGUGAAUGUUCCACUUCAGUAAAUUUAGGCAAUAGCUGCCUCAAACAGUCUUGAAACCUCUGCUGAUCGAUUUAUUAUAUAUCCAGUAAUUUGUUCUCAUGGUAUUAUUGAUUUAUUAUGCGACCCCAUAGCUUAUCUAAGAAUCCUGGGGUACGACCAAAGGGCCCUAGAUAUCUUGAACCCUUUUUCUGUGUCUGACCCUCCUCUGCUCGCUGCAGGUUACACCCACUCCUUCCUCAAGCCUCUGCAUCCUCCCCUCGUGCUGUUAGGAGCCAGCGAGGAUCCUGCUACUUUCGUGGGGAGGUGAUAGAGCACAAGUUAAAAGAAAAAAAGACUUUAAAUAAGCAGCUUUUUGAGUAAAAGAAAUACAAACAUCGCAUUGAGAAGUGGUUGAAUGCCUCGUUCACAGAUACGACGCUAUUGGAAUGAGAAAACGCGCAAAAAAGACUUCAACGAGACGAAAAAUUAAGGUAAAAUUUAUGAAAAGGAUUCGAUUUGUGUCCUAUAUUUUGCCAACAUGAGAAAACUGAGUGAUGAAAAGAUUUAAUUGUAGGCUAAUCAUUGUAUUUUCCCCCCAGGAUGCACUGGUUAUUGUUCCAAAAUUUAAGUCUUCUUGUAAGUACUUACUCUUUAUGUUUACCUUUUAUUACUAAUGGAAUAGUUUAAAAACGACAUUUUUCUUGAACAAGGCAAGGAUUUAAGAUUUUUAUAUCUCUUCAUUGCAAAAGCUUCUACUUUUCCUGACUCUAACGCUACCUCUGUGCGAAACUGCUCAAUAUGCAAUAAGACUUUGUUGACUCGUUCCCUCAAAAUGCCAGGAUGAUUAUGUAAAGGGAAAGACAUAGAGACACUUAUGACCAAGUAUUGCCUAUGCAGUUCUUUAAGUCUUUUCUUAUUUUAUUAUCUUAAGUGUAAAUAUGUCUUUUGUCAUAAAGUAUGAUAACUGAAGCCCACUAUAUAUUUUUUAUUUUAAUUUUUUGAUUUGACUUCACAGAUUGGCAUGCCUGUUGAGAUGAUUGCUAAUUUAAAUACUGACUCCUGAUUGGUCUGAAAGUUUAUUGGUGUGGUGACGCAAACGACCUUUGGUUUAAAGAUUAAUCCGCUGAGCGUUGGAUCUAGCUUUUUUUUUAAUGCCUCCUCUACGUUGAGAUAAAUUAUUUUCGAAAUGAUAAACUACACUCAAAACGUGUCAUUAAAUUAAAUCCUAUUUUUGUUAUGAUCUGAGAUAGGGGCGUGGAAAUACUUGGUGAGGUGUCAACUAAAAUCUUAGCGGAGGAAUAAGAUGUUCUUUGCCUCUAUCUAAAUAAUCCCUGUUGAAUGUUGAGACACCUGUUGAUUAUGGCUUCAUCUUCUAAUAAAGAGCUUUGUAUUUGUAUACUUGUAACAUUACAAUCUGUGAGCUAAUUCCUCAUUUUUGUUUCAGGUUUGUUUUCACAACUACAUAUCAGGUAAGUUGCAUUUCUUUUUCUCCAAGUUCAUUAAAAUUGUAGAUAGGGCAGCUAGACCAAGUACAGAAGCCAGCCUUGUGACAAUGACCUAGCCAGAAAUGUGACCAUAAUCUUGAGGUUGCAUCUUAUGGUAUGUGGCAUUCAGCAGAACAGAAUGGGUAGACUCAUAGAUAUUGCAAAUUAAUAAUAAUAAUAAUGCAUCAGAUUUUUUUAAAGUGCUUAACAGAGACCCUCAAAGCGCUUUACAUUGAAUACGUCAUUUGUUCGCACACACAGUCACACUUUGGUGGUGGUAAACAACUUUAUUAAUCACAGCUGCCCUGGGGGGCAGACUGACGGAAACAUGGCUGCCAGUUUGCACCUACCACCACAAAACAGUCACAUUCAUAUACCAGUGGAGGACACACACUGGGACCAAGGUGGGUUAAGUGUUUUUCCCAAGGACACAACAAACAGACUAGGGAUAGGGGGGAAUCGAACCGCCAACCCUGUAGUUCGGCUCUUCCUCCUGAACUAGAACCGCCCCAAAUUAUUCCCAUUUCAACACACAAUCAGGAACUGGCAUAAAUAUGAUUUAGCAGCCAGCUUCAACUUAGGUACAGAUGUUAAUGACAUAUAAAUAAAGCUCAGCUGAGACAAAAUAGGGUCCAAAAUGAGCCAACCCUGGCUAUUAAGAAAUAAAGAGACAAGAAUAAACCUAAAAAAAUAUUUUUUAAGUUGUUAUUUCCUUUCACUUGCCAGUAGUGGAACAAAAAACACAGGACUGUACACCAGUUUUGCUGUAAAUGAGCAUGAGGUCUGAAUGGGAGAAUUUCCAUUUCUUUGUUUCUCAACCUUUUUUCGGUGGGUACAUGGGAAGGUAAAGGAUUUUAAUAAUUUUUCUGUGGGCCUCUGUGCUUUUCUGAAAGUAAACAAGUUGAUAUAUUGAUUUAAGCAAUGCAACUAAAUACAAUGGCAUCAGCCUUCAAUGGUAAAGUUUUAACUCGUGUAAGUAGUACUACACAACCUCAGUAUUCUCACUUAUAAAUCCACUCCAGGGGUGAAACAAUGUAACAGACAAUACUGGGACCUGGGCUUGAACCCCGGACCUUCCAAUGGAGAGAUGACCAGCUCUACCACUGAGCUACAUCUGCUCAUUAAUAUAAACGUGUCAACUUUCCAGCAGAUUGAGGGUCUUGAAGUGAUCUGUUAAUGACACGUUUUUAGAUGAAUUCUCGCUGGAGGAUUCUCAGUUUUCCAAUCCUGUGUACCAACUUAGUUUUGAAUAGAAUUUCCAUAGAGAUUUAACUCAACUAUAUGAGACUCAAAUUUCAACUGUACAUCGCUUGCAUGUUGUCGGUAAGGAAAAAAAAAUCAGAAGAGUAACAUUAUCAUUGGGCUGAAUGAAACCAUGAAAAGCUUUUCUCUAAAGAAUACUAGCCUUAUUUGUAAGGAGGAACAUUUGACUUAUGAUGUGAAAUUAUCUGAAUAGGUGAAAAUUAUCCUUGUAGUACCAAAGUCAAAGCAAAGUUGGAUGGUUUAUGAUAAAUUUAUGUCCAAAUAUGUUUCCUCUGUUUACUCCGGUUCUCUUUUUUUGAAUAGCCUUUACAGUGGACACCAGAACCCAGACAUAUGAUGAGUCCUACUAUGAGUAUGUACCGGAUCGCCUGCAAUGGGACAGAGCAUGGGAAGUGUGUAAACAACGCUCUGGGACCUUAGCCACUGUCUCCAACCCGACAGAGAACAGCGAGCUCACCAACUUCUUAACAUCACUGCACAUUUCUCAGUCAGUGUGGAUUGCCAGGAAAGUUAUGACACAUCUGACAAGUAGGUUGAGUCAGCCAUUUGUGACACAUUGUACUAACAUAUUAGCACCCUGUCUAAAUAACAAGGUCUUUCUUCCUGGACACAUUUCUGCAUACUUACUGACUAAAAAAAUGGAACAGAAUACAAAAUUGGACUUAGGAUACUGCCUUGUAGAACUUUUAGCACAAUUAACUAAUGUUUCCUUUGCGUUAGUAUCUACUAACAAAGUAGAAAAUUUACCAUUUCCAAGAGCUUUGCCAGUAUUUUGCCUCCAUAACAAUGCUUCUCUCUUCUCUCUUUGUGGGAUGAAACCAAAGGUUCCUCGGAGACCCCGAUUCUGGAGUUCAGAGGGCGCUCAGAAACCAAGCAUGCCCGUCUACGGCAUAAGUUUUCCUCCAUGGAUUCUGUGACUGUUUGCACCCGGCUCCGCUUCGAUCCAAAUUGCUUUGGAAUUUCCACCAUCUUCUCUUAUUCUAUACAGUCCUACAUUAAUGAGUUCCAGCUCCGGGCAAACCUGAUUAAGGGUAAGCCUGUUCAGCUGGCUCUGCUGGUACAUGGUGUCCAUGGACGUUAUCAAGAAGCCUUUGACCAUGAUGACUCCUGGCACUCGGUAUGCGUUUCCUGGAGCCAGAAUGGUGGACGCUGGGCAAUGUUUACUCAUGGCUAUGCAGUUGCUAGGGGUCGUGGCCUCAACAGUUCUGACAGCAUUGGCAGUGAUGGACUUUUUAUCAUCGGGCAGGAGCAGGACACCUUUGGGGGCUCAUUUAAGAAGGAUGAGUCAUUCUCAGGAAGCAUCACAGAGCUGCACAUAUGGGAUCGGGUACUGAACAGCAGUGAAAUCUACACCAUGGAAAAGGAGUGCUCACCCGUUCCCUCUGGGCUGGUGUUCAAGUGGAGUGGAGCAGGCAUGGAAAUAGAGCCCUCCCUCACUGUGCGGUGGAGGAACAGCCCUUGUCAAGGUACAAUAGUUAGGAUGCAGUGUGCACACAGAGGAAGAAGCUCAAGGCUUAGCAAAAUCCUAGUCUUUCUUACAAGGUACAGGGAAGAACAGAGAUUGAAACCCCCCGCAAAAGAUCAAAAGUGACUCAAAUAUGUUAGGUGGUCCUAAUAAAGCUUUCUUUAAAAUGCUGUUUACAGUUUUGCUACAUGGGUUCCAAAGCUGGGUGGGGUUGCUAUGCAGAAUAACAAUCACAUGGAGACCAUUUAAAAAGUCAUUUUGAACUACUCAGUUUUCAGUAACAUGCCAAGAUCUGAGCUGGCCCGAUGUUAACUCCACCCAUCUGGCUUUCCUGGAAGGGUAAAAUGAAUGGUUUGAAUAAUAGGCAGGUACAACUGGACCGAAAUCUGCUCUUUCUCUAUUUCGUCAACUUUCUCCAAAACCAAGUUGAUUCAAUCUUAAUUUUUCAUCUGGAUAUUUUACUUGUGUAUUUUGCGGUUUCUGUCCAGGACAUCGAUACACAACUGAAUAGAAAGAGGACAUUAGGUAGAUAACGUGAUGUAACAGAGUUCGGACAUUACUGUACAUGCAAGCAAAAGCUGGUAUAGGAAUCAGUUGACGGUAUUUGUCCAGAUCCCUUCAGUGAUGAAACAUUGGACACACAAAAAGCACCAUUAUGAAUUAGUAAAAUGCUACAGUAAAGUUGCACAUGUGCACACUUGCUCUUAAUCUCGCAGCCAAGCACAAAUAGAAGUUUAAUGAGACUGGAAGAAUUGAAAGUCUCUGUAUCGGUAACUCUCGCUCAAAAACAAACAGGGAGAUGAUGACCAAGUUGUUAUUGGCAGAAAGUACAGUUUCUAAUGAUUCUUGUAAAUGUUUUGUGACUCACGUCAGCCUGGAUCCCACCCUUCAAAACAAACUUCUCCUGUACUUACAUCAUGCUCCCCAGUGAGCAAUGAGAGCCCAAAAACAGACUCCCCCUCUUACAGCUCAACAUGUAAAAGCAUAGAGAGCUUUUGCUUCUGUGAUUUACAGCUAUAGUGUGGGAUUGUAUUUCCUUAGCUUUAGAGAUAAACGAACGCACGGCGAGUAACAUAUGAGAAUUGUUACUUGUGACUGAAGUGGUUUCAAGAUUAAUCCUUGGAUUAUUAAGUUAUGUUACUUUCAGAACCUGUUGUAGUUUCCUUUCUCUGUUUUCAGACCAGCUCAGAAAAUAAUCUGUCUGUCACUGUCACUACUCCUUCAAGUAAAUGGCAAUAAACUAGAUCACUAAAACAAAUACUUAAGUCUUCUGUUCAGGAUCUGUCUCUGCUGUCUCUGAUCUGUUCUCAAAAAAAUCUUUACCUUUACAUACAACCACACCAAGGUUUCAAGACAAGCACUUGACCUUGUAAUUGUGAAUUAGACCUUUUUAUAGUUGUGACCAUGAUUAAUUUACAGUUUUAUUAGAGCAUAUUUACGUUUACUUAACCCUGUCCUCAGUCAAUUUGCUGCACACAUUACUAAUAAAAAAUAUAAAAAUAACAGAAUGCAGCUGCCGGUUUAGAAUGACCUUAAAAUGUUUUUGAAAGCGUUUACAUUAUGAUUAUUUUUGCCACAGUAAUUAAACAUGACAUUCAGUCUUGUUAUAGCUUUCAUUUUGGAGGAUUUACACCAUGUUUAUUAACAUUUUCUUUCAUUCACUAUUUCUUUAACUAGGAAACAUCACUAUUAUAGCGACUUCGCUUGUGGAUUCACUCCAGGAUGGAAAUUCUUUGCUGAAUACAACAUUCUCCAUUAAGUUCAUUCAGAGCUCUCAGUCUGAUGAGGAUUGUGGUAUCUUUAACCCAGCUUUGGGGAACUUGGAACUUGCUAAGUGUGACUCAGAAAGAGGGGCUGUCUGCCAGUUCAAAAAAGGUACCAAUUAUUUUAAUAAUAAUUACUGAGAAUGUUUUUUCCUUAUUAUUUUAAUGCAAUGUGAGUAUUUGGUCUUAUCAUGUGCAUAUUAAAAAGCCUGAGCGGUGCCAUGCAGUCAAAACUAUAUGGCCCAGUAAUAAAUACUACUACUUAUUAAACCUUUUAUACUAAAUAUACCAAAAAGCAUUGAAUCUGGAGAAAUGUAAUGUGCCAUAACAUGUACCCUUGCUCCAGUAGAUUUGUAUAAAUUGUUUUUCUGUUUUCCCUGCUGUUUGCAGAAGUCCUGGAUAUUUUCACUUUACCGAGGACAAAAUUCUUCAGCAGACUGAGCAUAAUUCCUCUGACCAAACUUGUGAGUGUGACGUCAAAGCCAAAUGUGGUACACCAUCAGUCUAUUGAUACACUGCCAUAAGUGAACGGCAGCUUAGCUCACUAGUGCACACUAACACACUCAACUUAAAAGCAUGACUGAUUAUUUGUUUGUGGAGCCUUGUUCAGGCUGUGUAGUUUUUAAAAUGAUUACCAUAAUAAGAACCAAACUUUUAUGUCUUUUCAGUCUCUUGAGAUAAUUUUAAGAAACCUAUAGAAUUUUUUGUGUAACUGUCUUAAUACAACAUUGCAUUAAAACUACCUUUUCCAGGUGAGCAUGAAAACUUUAUCUCUCUUUUUUUUCAGGCAAUUGAGGAGCUGAGCGCCAACUCAUCCAGUGAGAGAGAUCUGCUUCAGCUUGAGCAGUUAACACAAGCUGUUUUGCAAAUAUUGGAGGCUGAUGGACCAAACCUUCUUACAUCCAGUGAUGUCCUUUACCUCACCCAGAUGAUUGAGAUGGACCUGACCGCACUGGCUAGCUCUCCCUCUGCAGAUGGCACAGCUGAGGUCAUGGUGUCCAUAGCUACAAACUAUGUAAAGGCAGCAAGCGUGAUGCUUGAGCCCCACAUGGCUACUCAGUGGAUGGGUCUGGCAGAGGAUGGGGUGAGGGUGCUUCUGCUGCUUGUACCAAAAAUGAUUUUGGAUGUGAUAGUAACAACCAAUAGUUACCUUUAAUCUCUGCAAAAAGCCUUUCCUCAAUUAUUUAGGUUAUUUGAGGGAUGAAGAAACUUUUUGCCCCCAGAAAAUUCCUCUUUUUUCCUGCUAUGAAUCUCAGUCUUGAUUUGUUGCUCUUGUACAGGUCAGUGUGGGGCCAUUCACCAUUGUCAAGAGCAUAGAUAGUCUGACUGAAGCGCUUGCAGACAUGUUAUCGGCUGAGGAAAGAGGCUUCACUCUUUCUACCAAGAACAUAGGUAAUAAAAACUUUGGUACAGAACUUUAAUUCACAGUACUGUCAGAUACAUGUCACUUGAACAUUAAAGGCCAGCUUUCUGAUGAAAUGCUCUAACAUCUUACAAAGAUAUUGUUUUCAAAUCUUUUUUUGUUCAGUAUCCUUGAGUUUUGCUUAUCCAGAGUAGAAUUGUCGACCAAUUUGUUGUUUCUAAGUCCUCUGUUGUCUCUCUUGUCAGAUGUGUUCAUGAAGUGGCAGAGGCUGUCGGAACACAGCUGUAAUCAAGUCUUUAAGCCUUCUGCUAUCGGCUCCCAUGUCAGCAGUAGUGGUCAGGAUGAGUUGCUUAUCCCUGACACUGAGCUCCAAAGGAUUCACACACUGGGUAGGAAAUACACUCAUGUGAACGCACUUAGGGUUAAUAUAAGAAUUCAAAAAUUCAAGGUGUAAAAAUUAUAGCCUACAGAAGUCCAGCAUGUACUGUAAACCAGUCUUAUUUUAGUGAUUUGGAUUUUCUGAAAUGCUGCUAGUUAAAUAUUUGUUCAUUUGUGUCCAAUAAAUUAAGGGAUCAGUUACUACACCAUCUCUGUUUCAUAGCAGCUCUGAUUUGGUGUUAAUACUGUGGGGAAGAUAUUCCAGCUGUUCUGUAUUGCCGUUAAUUAGAUUGUUCGAGGCACUCAACAGAUCAAAGUGUUACUGUUACUGAUUGGCUAAAGACUAACAUAAUGCCUAUUACUUUAGAUGCUUUAAACUGUUUACAAUAUGUCCUUGUUGUUUAGUAAGGUUUUGAAUCCAGUUGCUUAAAACACCUCACAUUUUGCCUUGGUGAAUCUACAUCCUCUCAAUUUCCAACCCCAUUACACAUGCAGUGACACAAGUAGGCUGGGUUGCUACGAUAAGGAGGCACUGCUAUGAUUGGCUGCUUGAGUAUAGUCUGAGGGAGGAGGGUGCAAGCCUGUGCAGAUGAAUGGAAAGAUGUAGUAGACUCUGCCUGUUGAGACCAGCAGGAAACUGAUGAUCUGAGCGAUAUUAUAUGUGAACAUUUAUUGAUUGUGCUUUCCUGACAUCAACCUUUGAUGGACAGAAACAGAUGAACACUACAGCCUGUAAAUUGCUGGCUUUAUUAGCUGUAAAAUUUUAGUCGUAAAACCCCUCUACUUAUUGGAAAUGUAGCUGAAAUUUGCCAUAUUGUUGCAAUGUUUUGACCUAUAUAAAUACCAAGACAGGUCGAAACUUUGCAACAAAUGUCUUUGCAAAUAAAAUGUCUUUUAACUGAACAACGUCUUUGUACAAGUGAGCUUUGUGAAUGAAUGUUAGACAUGGUAGAAGUAUAACACUGCCAACCUAAAGGGAUCAUCUGAAGAAAUAUGGUAGAUGUUUCUCAACUAAAUAUAUUUUGUUUUCAAAGGAUUAAAGUGAAUCUUUUUUUCUCUGUCUCCUUCAGGAUACGAGGAGGUGAUGUUUAUUCAUACCCACUACAGUCAUCUGAGUGAGAUCGUGUCUGGAGCACAGGAGUCUCCACUGAGUUACCAAGAGAAAGACAAGAGGUUGGCUUUGGUUUGUCAAUAUUCUUCUUGCAGAGCUGUACUUUAAAUGUUCAUGACUGAAUGUUAGUCACCUCCCUGAAACAAAUAAGUCAAGUAAUAGUUUCAUAUCAUUUCCCUUACUUGACUUCAGUGAUUUUCUAUUUUGAAAUCUUAGCAGCUCUUGAAAUCAUGUAUUACAAAUAUUCAGUCUGCCAAACAAACAAGUUUCAUUACUGCAUUAAAACAUACUUCCUAGGAGAUCAUUGAGAAGGUGUACCAUUACGAUUUUGCUGAAUUUGUGAGCUUCAGGUGGUUUACAGAUGUAGACGGUAACUUUCGUCUGCCUUCUCAGCGUUCUGCCAGGUCAGCUGACUUCAGCCGUCAUAUCAGCCACUGUUCGCGACACCUCAAAAGGCCAAUCCAUCCCUGUUGCUGUUGAGUACACAUUGUCUUCAUCACAUGUGGUAUGGUUCAUUAUUCAGAUUUAUAAUUUAUAUUAGGUUAUAUAAAGCUAAUUAUUGUCGACAGCUUUACCCCAAUGUUACAAAAGCUUGAAACAAAUGGUUAUUAUAUUAAAGCAACUUUUCUUUGGGGGAUAGUAGUUAAGCCAUAGUUUUUUUCUCUUGUGUAAACUCACCAACUGCACAAUAUUACAAUAAUGUUAUAAAACUUACCCAAGCAGAUAGCAUGUGUCUUUUGCCAAAAGUGCUCCUGCUUUGCUUGAAGCUCAGAUAAUAUGUCAAAAAGGAAAAAGACAGAGACGGGGAAACAAAGAGUGAAUUUGUUUUUCGGUUUUUAGGUGGAGUAUUCCCAGCGUGUUUCACCAGUUUGUGCCUUUUGGAAUUUCAGCCUCAUGUAAGCUUGACCAUCAACACAGUCACAUUAAAAGUCUUAUAAGUUCUGUUUUUGUAGUUGGGAUUUAUGCCGUUUUAUAAAUGAUGAUGAGAUAUGUGCUAAUAAUGUGCUGGUAGAGCCUUUUUAAACCUACUCAGCUGUUUCAGUUCUAUGUAUCUUGUUGAAACAAAGGAUGAUAAAUGUGAGAAUGAUGAGAUAUACUCACAGAAUGACAGACAUAAAACCUGUCUCUACAUUAUUUGCAAUUCCUCAUGUUCAAUACUAAAUGUUUAUUUGUUGUGCUGUACAGGCAUAAUUACACCAACAGCUGGUCCAGUGAUGGUUGCAGAGUGACUUAUGCCGGUUCAGGUGUCACUUCCUGCCUCUGUAAUCACACCACCAACUUUGCAGUGCUGAUGAAUUACCUGGAGUCAAAGGUAAGAGGAAAAUGUGUUCUGAUGCAGAGAAGUCCACUUAAAAUGGGGGGUGGUGUGGUGGACUCUUAGAACUUUUCUAUAUGUUUGUAAUGGUAAUUUGACAAAUUACAAAAAAAAAAGAAAAAAAGACUGAUUAUGCACAGUGCAUCUAAAACUACUUGUUGCUGAUUUGAACCCAAAUUCAGCUUCUUGUCCUCUAAAAUUUUGACGGGCUUAGUUGUCUACUCUCAAAACCAGGGUCAUUGCCAGACUUUCAAAACUUUUGGGCGAGGCAUUUAGAAACUUUUUGUUUUUUUAUAGUGCAAAAAGAGUUUAAAAACAGAUAAUAAAGCACUAAUAUCAAACCCUUUUGACUGUAAGAUUUUAACAUCACAAUGCAGGAAUUAUUGACUAAGUCUUUUAGCUGGUAUAAGAUUAACUAAACUCAUGUUAUCUUAAAAGCAGACACCCUCUGUGUCUCCCUCUGUCAUUAAAGUCCUUUCUCUGUCUUCCAGUGGAGUCCUGAGGAAGAACUCAUCUUGACAAAGCUGACAUUUAUUGGUUGUGGUGCGUCUCUAUGUGCGCUUGUGGUGACCUUGAUGCUGUUCACCGUUCUGGAGUAAGUAGCUGAUUUUCUUGUCCUGCUCGCCCACAAUGCCAGCAUUGCUGUCUUAUCUCUGGCUAUAUUUAACAAAUGCAAGUAAAUCACUGUACCUAACGUAAAGCUACACAGAGGUAAUGCAUUCAUGGUGACCUAAGAGUUGGAUUUGAAUUUAUAAUAAGAAUUUAGAGGACAAUCUGUCUGUGAAAAGAAUAUAAAAGAACGUCAGUACUUUAAUAGAAAAAAGAAGAAAACAGACAAAAUUAUCAAUAAGUUGUUGCUGCCAAUCAUAGAGUGAAUAUACUUGUUUGUAUGGAUUACCAGGUAAACCUUUUGUUAAGAACAAAGUCAAUUUAAACAGCAGUAUGUCAAAUUAAUUUGCAGGUAUUUGCCUUUUUCACUUGGAUGAUGUCUUCAAUCAUGUAAUAAAUUCAUGAAGUACAUAAAGUCACCAAUUCACCCACAGCUCUGGUCAUAAAAUUGCAUGUAAAACUCAGUCAAAUAGACAAAGUAGAAGGAAAAAAAACAACGUAUGAGCAUUUGUGAGCUUAGUGCUUUCAGUAUUGAUUAGUGCUAAUCCAGUAAUUACUGUAGUCUAAAUGAGAGUCAACUCUGAAGGUUUAUGGCUGCUGUUAAUUAACAUAAGGGUCACUGUGGGAUCACAAUAAGCUGGAGGGGAGCUGUCCUGACUAUUUAUGACUGUCCUGAAAUCAGAGUGAGCAGCCAUGCAUUUCACACACACAUGCCACUCUAUGAUGUACAUGCACUGGGUUAUUGAAGUGCAUGCACACACACACAGUAAGAGGUACGUGUGUCUUGAGCUGCAUGUGUAAUCAAACUAUGAAAUAAUGGUGGUCACAAGCCUGUAAGCUCAUAACAAAUUAAAUUUGAAUAAGGUAAAGUCAUCUUAAGGUAAUUUAGCGUCUGUAGUCCAUUAGUAAUCACAUGUACCAAAUUAGCCUUAAAUGGUACCAGAGAGAGGGAGGAGCAGAGAGAGCGUGACAAAUAACCUGAAAGAGUUAAGAUAUACGUACAAGUUUAGAGGUGCAUGUUACAUUUUAAUUCUUCAGAUAAAUUUACAGGGAAGAACGUCUAACAUACCCUGAAAAAACAGACAAACUGCACACGUAAGAGUUUUCACAUUCCCUCCUCUGAGGCAGCUUUUGCAGCAUCUUUUAUAUACCGUUUUUGCAGUUGGUUGGAAACCACUGAAGUUUUUCAAGUCACUCUGGCUCUGCUUAUCAAUUCACCCUCUUGUUGAUUCUUGAUUCCUAUUUUGUUCUUCCUAGAGAGUGAGAUAUUACAUAUUUUAAAAGCAAUGAUUGGCUUGCUUUUGCUGUUGGGACAUCUAGGCUCUUGUGCUGUUAAAUUGGAUAGGGCAAAACACUUUCACCUCCAAUCUGUCACUCUAGUGACUUUCUCCUUGUUUAUCUCGGCCUUCAUCACUAGAAUAAGAAGAGUUUCGACCCUGUAGUGCAGAAACUCCUUCUCUCUGAUCCCAAACAAGAAUAUACCUAAAAUGUUUGUACACAUUAUCCAUUUACCUGAGUAUAAAUGCUAACACGAGCUCAAGUGUGUUUUGCACUUGAGUGUGACAAGGUAUUGCUACAACUGCCGCUCACAGAGGGUGGUGAACAGAAGACCACAGUAUAUCUAAUAUGGUGUAUUCUCUUCAAUUUCAUGCUCUGUGAAGUUAUUGUUUAAUCAUAUUGGAGGUGUUUCCCUCAUGAAAUACUAUUGCCACAUGUGUUACACUUUGCGUAGUCAUUUUUUUCAAGGGACGCUUGGCAAAACUUCUGACCACUUGCUGCAGUUCGCCAUGCUUUAUUUCCCACAUUUUUAACGUACAGCUUCGCAUAACGUUUAGUCAUCACAGCAGGCCCUGGCAGAGAUCCAGCUGUUUUUUUGGCAUGCAAAAUUCUUGUUAAUGAUUGAUCAAGCAACAUUUGAGUCGAUGUUAACAAGCCUCAUCGAACCUUUUAAUCCCCAAAAUUUAGAACUGGUUUAAGGUUGGAACUGGUUCUUGAUAUGCUAACCUUUCUGAGGUGGCUGCCUCUCACUUUUGUUAAGCAGGAAAAAACCCUGAUGUUACAGGACAGCACAAACUCAUCUCCGUUUUACUGUGUUGUUGUGCUGACACAUUUAACGGUAUCUUGCUCCAGAUAAGACUUACCAUGACACUUGAAGUUAUCCCCUUCUCUCUCUACAGUAUUCCAAAAUCUGACAGGACAUCCAUCCAUAAAAACCUGUUCAUCGCCCUGAUCUGUGCCCAGGUGAUUCUUCUGUGCAGUGGCUCAGCUAUCCACAACAAGGUAGUAAUCUGAUUUUAUUUUAUUUUAUGUUUUAUUAUAAAAUAAACUGAAAUAAGGUUUGAAACAGUCAGUCACGUCUAUUCUACCUUUCUGUACUUCUAAAAAUCAAUCCAUAGCACAUUAAUGGCCACUAAUGUCUUAUCAAUCAAUCAGUUAGACCUCAUGAUUCAGUCUUCCAGGGCUCAUCCAGUAGCCUGUAGUUGUUCUGACCCCUGAUCUUUUGACCCUGGGUCAUGUCGAGGUUAGUUUUACCCUUAGAGACAGGCGAAGUGCAGGGAAUUCAUCUGGUUUUAUUUGUGUACCAACAGACUGACUUUCUGGCUGAAGGAAGAAUUUGGAAAUUUAUUCCAAAUUCUACAUUUCUAUUGAAGACGUACUUGAUCAGCUUGACUUUCUUUUUGUAACCAUAAGCAUUUUUGUGCCUUUAAAAGUUGGGUUGAUUUGUCAGAGGAACAAUUUGUCACAACAAAAUGAACUCUAGCUAGUUUUUAUAUAUCCAAAGAACUGGAAAAUCUACAAAUCCUUCCACAAGCAUGCCUCAUCAAAAAUGAUAAUACUUAGUGUCUCAGUAAUGAUACAGCAGCUCUUCAUGCUUUUAGCUCUUAACAUGUAUCCGUCUGCACGUCUGUGUUGGUGUGUUUAUAGGUGGCAUGCACACUUGUGGCAGCGCUGCUCCAUCUCUUCUUCAUGGCAGCGUUCAGCUGGAUGCUGGUGGAGGGUCUGCUGCUCUGGAGCAAGGUGGUUGCAGUCAACCUUAAUGAGGACAGACACAUGAAGUAUUACUAUCUCAUCGGCUGGGGUAUGAUAGGCUUAAGAGAACCUAACCCUUUUUCUUUUACCUGAAAUUUUCCUUUUUUUGUAAAUGAUAUUGAAUUUUUGUAAAUAAAGCAGUUGUAGGAUGCAUAAAAUAAAACUUUAAAAUUAUCCAAAUGUCAGUUUUGCCAUUUUCUUUUACAUUUUUCUUAAUCCUUUUUUGAUCAAUUGUGUCUUCUUGUUUUUACUUCAAUCAUGUAUCCUCCACCGUUUUUGUUCCCCCCUUCCUCCUCCUCCAGGUCUGCCGGUGCUGAUCGUCACCAUUACACUAGCAUCAGCCUCGGGCAAAUACUCAGCUGAUGGCUACUGUUGGCUAAGUGUCCAGAACGGCAUAAUUUGGGGCUUCGCUGGCCCAGUCAUCUUUAUCAUCAUGGUCAGACAUUUGAACUAUAUCUUGUCAUAUAGUCCACUCACACCUAGAUAAGAUACACAAUACAAAUUCAUUCUGCCUUAUUUAAUAACAGCAAAAGUUCAGCAAGUGUACAUUAAAAAAAAAGAAAAAACAAUUUUACCCCUCGCACAGUGCCGUACAAGUCAUGUCUUGUGUUUGCUCUGACAUGUAUUUUUUUUUUUAUAAGUGUUAUAGAUGUUCACAUGUAUUUGAUCCAUUUAGCUCUUUUAAUUGUACUUUAUCUUCUUUUCAAGGUUAAUCUCAUGGUUCUGACCAGGGUAGUGGUCAUCACUAUCUCCACAGCCAAGAGAAGGUCCAUUAUGUUGGCCAUGGGCACGAGUCCUGUGGAACAAGCCUAUGAACAAAUGAGGUAAACACCACAAGGAGGCGCCAUUUGUCCUCUUUUUAAGUGAAUCAGCUGAACCAGAGACCUUGAAGUAGACAGGCUCUUGUCUGUGAUUGUGAUUUAAAAAGUAUCUGGAAGAUUUAAUAUUAGAUUUGUCAAUUCAAAACAAAAGCCCAAUUAAUUAAAAAAGAGUGCAAUAUCAAUGCAUAGCAUGGAAACUUUUUAGAAAUAAAAUCAGAGAUAUUUAGAUGACUCAGUGAGCAAAAGAUACAGAGUUAUUCAGAGGUAAGUAUUUCAGAUGCGUGGGGACACAAAGUACCAAUGUGAAACGGCAUAAAUUCAUUGAAUUUAUUCAAAUUAAUUUUCUCUGGGCCAUAUCCUCAAAUUUUUUUUUAACUGUGUUUAAUCAAACAAAAGCAGUCGUAGUUAUUUGAAUAAUUAUUAUUAAGAUAUAUCCUUCACCAACCUGAAAAAGUUCUUGUUUUUUUGCUGGUCAAGAGAAGUUUCAGCAGACUUAGACAAAAAAUAAAGUUAACCAUUCGUAGUUCUUUUAGAAAAGAUAAGACAAACACUCUCUUUGCUACCACCUGUCAUAUAGUCAUCCGAUUGACCUUUUGUAAAAUUACUCAUAAAAACGUAACAUUUCUAGUUUUAUUGUCAUAUAACUGUUGGCUUAUUUUUACACUGAUAGUGUUUAUUUCUUUACAGUGGACACAGUGAGACAGUGUCACAGCUGUCUUUUCCCUCAUUUUUCUUCAUUUUGAGUUGGGUGGUAGCUCUUUAGGGUGUUUUUGAUCCACUAGAUUCCCCAAGCAGGCAUGUGUAAGAUCUUAUAUGUAAAUAUCAUGUUAAAGUAGAUAUUUUUUUCACUUCUUUAGGCUGCCAGGACUCAUAGUAGGUGCUUUAUGAAGGUUUUCAAAGAAGGCCUUGAACCAUUUGGCACCCCUGGGUGGCAGCCAUUGCGGAAACUCAAACACAUUCCUCCGCUAAAUAAACUAGGGCUCGCAGCCCACCAUGUCACACACGCACAAACACACACACAUACAGCUGGUGCGGUUUGGCAGCCACCUGAGCGGGAAGAUAAUUCCACUCUAAACAGAAUUAAGGCAGAUUUAAGGUGGGAAGUUGUCACUCCAUGAGCCUGUCCAGCUGCACAGUGUUGUAUAUGGAAAAAGUAGCCCGCCAGAUUUGGUCAGUUUUCUCCAAAUGAGCUGAAACAUUGAGAAAACUGGAAAAAAUUAACUUGCACUGAGGACAGUCAGGAAGGAAAAACAUUUUUUAACAAUUUAAUUUGAAAUUGUGGACCAAGUUGACCUCAGUAACAGAGUCAACCAGUCUUUGUGUAGUAUGAAUGUUCUUAGUUCUUAUAAGAAAUGCCCCAAUCCGAUAUCAGCAUUGGUCCGAUACUGGCCAAAAUUAUUGGUUUGGUUAAAAAACUAAGUUUAAACUGUCUAAGCAGAUCUUUAAGCCUCAACUAAUUGGUGCAGCAAGUAGAGGCUGGCUCUUCAUGGUGGAGGUAGGCUGCUGCAGCACGUCAUUGUAAAAAGUAGCUUAAGUAUUAGACUGGUCAGCAGUGCUGCCAUAAUUUAAGAUGAAGGGAAUUAUUUUCAGUUUAAAGAGGGAGCUAAUUAAACAGAGGCUGCAGUUUGAAGAUGUUUUAUGCUUGUUAAGACAACCCUGGAAACAACUAGUAAUGGUCAUGCUUUGACCGGUAACGUGGUUUAGCUAACACUUAUCAGUAGAUGGAAGAGAUGAGACAGCUUUGAGCUUCACCAGUGAUAUCACAAGCUCUCAUUUUUACUUGCAUUGUACUCUCGGAAAAAAGGUCAUUGAUUUGAUACUGAUAUUAAACCAGACCAGUGUGAGUGUAGGCUAAUAUGUAAGUCCAGAUCAUAUUUUUUUCAUAUAUCUAUGUGUGUAUGUUUAUGUGUGUUUGUGUGUGUUUAAACACAGGGCUGCAGUAAAAGCAGUGUUGGUGUUGCUUCCUAUCCUGGGCUUGACGUGGCUGUGUGGUGUCUUGGUGCCUUUUUCCAUCGUGAUGGCCUACAUCUUUGUUCUCCUCAACUCUCUGCAGGUACAUACACACAGGAAAAAAUGAGCAUCGUUUUGUUUUUUAUUUUAAUCUGGAAACACUUCUACAUAAAAAAACCAAUAUCGACAAUGUCCUGUGCCCUUCAGGGUCACUGAAAGAUUUGAUACUGAAACUGAGGGAAAUGGUAAAUAACUGUACAACCAAAAGAAACAGCCACCAAUCAAUUCAAGUAAAGUUAAAAAAGAAGAGUAAGAUUCAAUGAUUUAACGGCUCAAAACUUGUGAGCAACUUAGAAAAAUCUUUCAUGGCUCAAAGACUUGAAAGAAUUUUUUUUCCUUCAAUGAGAAACAGAAAGGUUUUCCAUUAUACAUUUUAAUUCUGCCUUUCUCUCGUGGUUAGGGUACACAGACUGUCAAGGUUUUUAUUUGUCAGUGACAAGGCUGAGGCAGAGAGGGGAAAAAAGGGCCUUGGUCUGGCUUGUGUUAAGCAGGUGCUUCAUUUUAACAAGGAAAGUCGAUUUGUAUUGUUUGUUUGAUUAUUCCUGCUUUUUGUAUUUAGGGGUCAGCAUUAUUGUUGUUUUUGUGGCUUGUCAGUGUUGAUUUUAGACUCUUUGUGCUGAAAUUUAGUGGAUUGUUUUGUCACAAGUAGUUUACCCAAGGGCAUAGCUUCUUUUGAAAAUGGCCACAACUUUAUGAAAUAUCGUGUUUUACAGAAAAAAAAAAAUCAGUAAUUCCUAUUCAUCCUUUAUUGCUGCUGCACUGCAGUAAUGAAGGUGGAAUAAUGUAAUUCUCCGACUACAGCAGUUGGUCCCAUUACCCCCAGCAUGUCCAGAUCUGCUGCUGUGAUUUGUAGUUGUCUUUUAAUCUGCUGUAUCUUUAAUUGAGCUGUAUAUUUAACGAGAAAAUCAAUAGAGGUUUUAGCCGCAGUCUGAUCAUUAAGCAAGGCCUCUCAGUCGCCAUAAAUAGUUUCUAUUUCCCUCCUCAUUUCUAAUUAUAUUUUUUCCUUGUCUGCAGUAAUUACUGCAAUAGGUUUUUCUGAGGUCUUGUAUGAGUUUACGGCUUCACAUGUAAACACAUGUAGGCAUGUUUUCAGCUUCAAGCAUCAGUGUGUCUCUUACUCUCUUUUCUUUAAGCUGUCUGUCAGCAACUUUGCUAUUUUUUCUAUCUACCUUCAUCUUUUAUCUGUAUUAUUUGUUUGACCUUAUUGGCUCAAUUGUAAUGAAGAAAAUAUGCUGCUAAUAGUGAGUCAAUAUACAUUUUGUGCUUAAGCCCUAAGCAUGAUGAACUGACAACUCCCCAUAGUCAUCAGCUGUAUAUGUUCAUUGUAAAACAUGGAAGAGACAACAGGUGUUUGGCCAGAUCACUGAAAAACUUAAUGACACAUUGAUUUAUUAUGCGUCUAAUGCGUUUGCUGUAUCACACAUUGUAGAUUAAAGUACAAUUAUCAAAUGCUUUCAAGUGUAGCAUCCUUCAAGGAUCUGGCUCUUAAACGUCUCUACUCCACACUUCAUUAUUGUUCCAGUUUUGCUUUGUGCUAUCUCUUUUGUGAGCAACUCCAAUGUCCUUGCACCUCUUAUUGUAUUUUAUAGUUGUUCAUAUUCUACACAGAGAAAGACUAUCUCAGUGUGUGUCCCAAACAAAUGAGAUAACACAGGCCAUUUAUCCUACAUUUUGUGCUUAUGCCGGCUCACAUGUGUUGCUGGGGUUCCUGAGGAAUUGACCAGCAGCUCUGGUAUAAUAGAUCUAUUUAGUGUGUCUUUAAUAAGCAUAAACAGGUCAGGACACAAGAGGAACCCUGCCAGGCUCAAAGCUGCUCCGAUGACACACUCUGUUAACCCCACUGCUCUCUGGUGUGCAUGGUUGUAGUGACACUUAAAGUGGGCAUCUUUUGGGGAAUUUUGGCGUGAAGACCUUAUUGCUGUAAUGCUAUUUUGGUUUUAAGUUAUUUACUAGUAGUUAUAAUAGUCUGUGUUUAACCAAAGAGUUCCCUUUGGAUGUGAUUCUUGUGAAGUUUUUGUCGGUGGUCUCCUGUGACUGGACCGCAUUUGUACAAGACCUUUUUCUUUUUCUUUCUUUCUUUUUUUUUUCCUCUUUGAGAAUUCUAGAUAAAAUGUGGAAAUUAAGUUAGAGGUGUCAAGAAAACAUUUACAUAUCACAUAAGGACAAAAACAAUAAGGGUCUUAAACUUUCUUGUUUUUUUACUGAAGCAAAUGAUUCAACAGCAUUUACAUGUUAAACAUUUUAGAUGUGCUGUUGAAUUUUGCCUCUCAUUUUUCUUUUGUAUUUGUAAAAGUCUUGAGCUUUGGUGACCUUGGCGGUAAUAAAGUCUGUUUUUUAGUCAUGUUAACACCAUGUCAGUGACAGGUCUUGUGGUUUGUCAGUCUUGAUUUCUGCUAAAUGCAUUGUCACAACGUAUUUGUUGAUGAGCAAAGCCUCUCAUCACCAAUGGUCCUUUUGGUUUUUCUUAUAGCACCAUGUUAAGGUCGACUUUUGUUGAUUGGAUUGAAAGAUACUGAUUAUUCAUUUUGAUUGACCGCUCUGAGCAUGUGUUGAUAUUCCAGGGCAGACUGAUUAUCAGCCUAGGCAGAGUAUCGGGACCGAUACUCUGUAUUUGUGCAGUUAUCUGUAUCAGUGUUUUACUUUACUGAUUGAAGGUUAAAUGAAUGAAUUAAAAAGCAUUCUUUCCUCUGGGUCUGUCUUCAAUAUCCAGCCCAUAAAACUAUCUGAUCCGCCAGAUGUCACACAAGUAUGUACUUUAAAGAGUAACUAGUUUUCUGUUCGCUCCUGUUCAUGAUGUUUAAAAUUUCAGUUUUGAUUGAACAUUUGCUAAAAGCAUUCAAUCAAAGUUUUUCAAGAGGAGUUUGUAGUAUUCCAAAUUCUAAACUGUAUCCUAAAAAUUCAACUUAUCCACUCAACAUCAAUAUAUUUACACUUCAGCAUGUUAAAAAAACAACCAGCUUGAGCAUUUAAAAGAAAGUAAAUACUCGGGAGCCAACCCUCACAAUAAUAGAGCACUGUCGUUCUGUAGACAACAGCCCUCUUCCUUCUCAAUCCAAUCGAUCUCUUUGUAUCAAGCACAGCUGUACAUAGUCACACCAUAAUAGCUGCUCAUAAAGAUGAUAAAAGGUGUGAAACUUAAACAAUAUUGAAUACAACCUGACCCGGUAGGCGGGACAUUAAAAACGGGGGGGAAAAAACAACAUAAAAACUCUCAAGUUUUUUUUAGGAAAUCGUUUUUUAUUUGCAGCUGUUGUAUUGUCGAUGGAGCUGGCAAAAGCAACAUAAAGCUUAAGCGGCAAGCCUUUACUGUUAAAUCAAUAAAACAGAUAAUGUUGACAAGCCUUUUUCAUUGCACUCCCUUGCGCACCCCCCUGCUCCUCAUCUUUCCCCUGCAUCCUAACAACACUGCCCUGAAGUGUCUCCGCUGCUGCUUUAAUUUCUUUCAAUAGACUCCUGAACAGGCUAUUUAAAGCAUACAUUCUGUACGCCUGGCAUAUUUGCCUGUGUGCUGCACUGGCCUCAGCAACCAGGGCUAAUGACUUAUUUCUUAUUAAUUGAUGGCUAAUGAUGUGAAGUUUGGCUGUAAUUAGUAUCCAGGGCUAUAGCAUCACAGUUAAGUAGAAGUUGCUGUAGUUUUUUUUGGUUUUGUCAAACAAUGAGUUUAGAGUGGAUAUGAGUUGAAUCAAACUUCGUACUCUUAGCCUGUAGUUUUUAUGAACACCUCAACCAUAAAUACAGGUACGCCUCAUCUGCUUCCUUAUCAAGCUAGAGAUAAAUAGCAUAGAGUGUGUGUGUGUGCAUGUGUGUCUGUCUCUGUGUGUGUGGAAGGAGCAGGGAUGAGGAGCUCUUUGCUUAGCCCAUAAAUCGCUCCACCCUUUGUCAUCCAAUCUCUGGGCAAUGUCAUUCAAAACCUUCUCACUAUCCAUUACCUGAGUAUAAUAGGCUCCUGGCCAUGCAGUGUCCAUCUUAUUAUUAGCCCAUAACUUCAAACUAUCAAUAACUUUGAGCUUCUGAGGGAGGCCAGGAGAGAGAAAGGAGCAAGAGGGGAGUAGGAAAAUGAAAGGAGAAAGAGAGUUGGAAAGAAAAUAUUAGGGUAAUGAUUAUCUACUGCAAGUUGUUGAGAGUCCCUGUGGUUUGUUUUGGUAGCUUUGCAAGCAGGAGAUUUGUCAAGAAUGUUUCCUUUUCAACUCUGUGAUGUCUGUUUGCUGCCUGUGGAGGGCAACCCUGUGCUUUUUCAUUAAAGUGUGAGAAUAUGGAGAAAUCAAUGAGAGAAUUUAUCCAAGCCAUUUCAUUCAUAUCACAUUAAGGUCUUUUAACCGCGGAAACUGAUGACGACAAUGGUUUUGAUUUUCUUAUGAAAUGAACAGACUGGCACCUAGUAAUGAGAUUUUUACAGGCAUUCAGGAAAGCUUUAGAAGUGCAGUUUUUCAUUUUAUUCAUUUGAAUAUAGUGAAUGAAGAAUAUUGCUAUUAUAUAUUAGUUCAUUUAUUUAUCAUUUCAAAAGAACAAAGAUACUGUGUUGACCUAACAUCGCUUUCUAAGCUUGAAAUGGUUACACAUUUUUAAUAAGCACAUUAUGAAAACAGCUCUCUUUUUAGUUUCUGCAGCACAGUUUUAGAAAUUAUAUGUAAACUCUGAUCAAACAAAAGGAGUGAACUAACAGACUGGUACAUUUUAUACCGUUAAAGCCGUGUUUGACAUCCUCUACAAAGAACAAUUGAGAGGAGUCGAUGUGAGGUUUUUUUGAAAUUAAUAUUUCAUGUUUUAAAAUGAAAGCACCGACUCCUGACUUUAUUAACUCGCAUUCACACACGUGCCUGGCUAGUGGAGCAUGACAUCAGGGUGUAUCUAAGAUAUGGAUAUGAUCAAUAGAGAAAUAGUGUCCUUAUUGAUUUCGGCCUGUGGGAGAUUUAUUGUGUGAGUCUGAGAAUCUGAAGCGAUUGUUUGAGAGUGGGUGUAUUUAAUUUCGGUCUGCUCUGUAGUAGAGUUGACAAAAAGUUUUAAUUGUACUUUGCGCUAAAAGAGUCUGUGUUUAUGUUUCUAGAUUGGCUUCAUGCACAAAGAAAAGCAUUGAUGCUAUUAUAAGGGGCUAAGCUCAGACAGUUGUACUGCGAGGAGUUUUCUGAAUUGUUAUCAGUUUGUUACCGUCUCUAACUGCUGAAUUAAUCAGAGACAAAACUUUAAGUUAAGUCAGGCAACCAUUCAAUAGUAUUAUUGAUUCAACUGGUCUUAAAGUUAAUGAUUUGGAAUACAUUGAUAUUAAAACUUUUAAUUAGUACAAAGGGUUUUGUUGAGUUAGGUAGUUAUUCUGUUUUAGUAGGUAGUUACUCUGUUCAAAGAAUUUAAGUCUUGAUGUUUUUUUUUUGCUUGUGGUGAUUUUGCUUUUCUGUGGCUCAUAUAAAAGAAAAUUGAGCAAUAGAUUUGUUAAGCAUAAAACAGCUAACUUACAAGUAUCUCCCCUCCACAAACCAAAAAUCAAUCCCACCCUUGAAAGUAUGAACAUCGCUUUGGAUAACAGCGAUGUCUGCGAAAUGACAUUUUAAUUUGUAAUUUGUAAAAGAUGCUUGUAGGUUAAAAAUCUAAUCUCAUGGGUAUAUUUCUAUUCCAUGCCUCACAGAAAUCAUCAAGUUUAGUUGCACGAAUUGAAAACUCUAACUCUGCCUUUUUCCCCCCUGCAUAUGUGAAUAAAAUUUAUGUAACAUAUGUAAAAAUCAAAGCGUCCUGGAAUCAAUUAAUGCCGAAAAAAAGGUUUUACUUUGACUCGUGGAGAAAAAAAAAUAUAUGUAUAUAUAAUUUGUAUGUUUGUGUCUCUGUUUUUAAACAAUCAUGAUUCAACAUUUUUAGUUCCUCUGUUACUUUGUUUUUGUAAACAACACAACGCCAACAAAACAUCCCUGAAUGAGGCCUGAUGAUUUUGAUGUGAGCUCUUAUUUAGGUAUUUAAGCCUUAACAGGUGGUAGGCAGGAGUGAAAACUUUCUUAUGUACUGUAAGUGGGAGAAAGUGUGCCCUUAAUAUUACCUUGAGUCAACCGUCAGUUUUAAGGCCUGUGUAAAAGCUGUAGUAAAGCCCUCUCUGUAGUUGCUGUUGAACUGGAAAACAGAUUAAAUCACACCUAAGUGGAUCCAUAUUGGGGUCUCUGCUUUGCCUAACACUGUCACUUAUUAAUCAGAUAUAUCGGUGAAGUUGGUGUGCCUUCAAAAGCUGGUGCCUUAAAAAUAUUGCCCCAACAAAUCAUAAUUCCAACCUUUACUUUCAAUUUAACCCCAUAGGGUACAACAAAGAAUCAGAGAGCACUGUCAAAUUGGACAGGUAGGAAUAUACUGCAAAAAAAAAAAUAGACAAGCGAAAACAAAAUGAAUCAAUCAGUAAAUAUUUUGGCCGACUUGUUCCAAGCAAAGUUCUCCCAGGGAUGACAGCAAUGCUAUCUUGUUGCUUUUUGUGCCAUUCCCUUGAGUGUUUCAAAUGUGUGUGCUCCUAUUAUUUUAACCACUUGUAACAAUAACCCAUGACCCACAGGAAGUUAAAAGUUAUUUUUAUUUCUCAUUUGGCAGAAGAAACUAUAAGAGUAGAGGUUGGGUUCAGGUUGUCGGUCAUCUUCAGUCCAUUCAUCUGGACCCCAAAACCAGUCCAUUUAAAGCGAGUUUUUCCCUUUUUUUCUUCCCUUUUCUGUUUCUACUUUUCUCCCACUUCAGAUAUCUGUGGCUGAGAUGGAUGCUUAUCACAGAAUUACAAAAUGACAAGAAUAGUUUCAUAAAUUAGCUGUGGUGGAUAAUUUUUUUCCAAUAUUAAGCAGGUUUUAUUUAAAACUUUUUGUUGAAAGGUGAUGAUGUUACAGAGCAAAGUGAAUAGCACAAACAUUAAACAAAGGUGUGCAAACAGUUAUGUAAACAAAUCUCUUGUUUAUUUUAAUUUCUACCCAUUGGAAUCUAAUAAGAAACUUUAAAAAAUUAGAUUUUAGUGCAAACUGAAUCUAGAUAUUCCAACACUGUAAAAGAUAUGUCAAGAUUAAAUUGAUGUGAAACUACCCUUAGAUUUUUUUCAAUGAUGAUUUGGAUAUUUCUGCGUCUGCAUAUUAUAUCAAGUAAAUUACAGUUAGGGAUGAGGACAUUUACCGCACAAAGAGUAAAUGUUUCUUUUUUAUUGCGUUGCUUAGUCACUACAGGGGUAUGACCUUUGUCGUUACCCAGUUAACAUCACCUCCUCACACUCUGUGUAGUCACACACGCACAUACAGGGUCACAUGUAGCAGUAUAUACACAUACUAAACCUCACGUUGUUCACGAGGGAGAUGAUUUUCCAUCUGGAUCGUUUGAUACAGUAGAAACUAAUUACCCUUGAUAUGCUUUUUCAGAUCGGCUAUGUCUCACACCACACAGUGUUCAAAGUAUAAAAGACAUCCCUUAAAGUCAAGUGCAGUUUAGUGGGUGUAGUGUGAGAAUAAGAAGAAUGAUUUGGAGAAAUAAAUAUCACACAAUAUGAUAUAUAUCUUCAGCUUUGCUUUGUUUUAAGAAUUAAUGUUUAAAAUGUGAAUUCUGAUCUCAAACUAAUCAACAGGACUAGGACUAGUAAGAAAAAUCAAUCUUUUACAGACAAACUGAGGUUAGUGGAAGGAAUUUGUCCUUUGCUUGUGCACUAAAUUUUAAACAAAUAAGUGAUAACUUUUGAGUAUAUAUAUAUAUAUUUUUUUUGUAAAUUGAAAAUAUUUAGCACUUGAACUAAAUGUAUUUACAAUUAAUCUAUUUUACUCCCUUAUAGUAGCCUUUGGUCCCAAAACAAACAUUUAAAAUACUCAAUUUAAUAAGAUUAUUACAAACGAUAUAAAAAAACAAACAAAAUAGUCAGGUAUUGGUUUGACUGUGUGAGUGCGUUAGCUCAAGGAACAGAAAAAAAAACUGUACAAGAGUAAUGAAAACUUAAAAGUCAAUGUAGUCAUAGGUAAAAUCAUAGAGAUUUAUUUAUAAAUCCAUAUUUAAAUUAGUGUCUUGGAUAAUUAGGAGUUGGGGUUGAAAAACAAACAAAUAAAUGCACGCCUGAUUGUUUGCCUUCCCAUUGCCUGAGAAAAUAACUUUCUCUUUGAAAAGGAGUCCAGUGUUUGCGUUGCAUCCUCAAUUAUCAGCAGCUGCAUUAAAACAGUAUUCAAACAGGAUACCAAGGUCAGCACUGACUCCCACCACGCUUCCCUGAGAUGGCACAUAUAAUGAGGAUGUAGCACAGCUUUUUAAAGUCGUGUAUUUAUAGUGUGUUUUGUCUCAACUUGUACUUAUCUUUCCCUUUUUUCUUUUCAUCUAUUUUCAUAUAAUAAUUGUUUUUUACUCUACUAAAAAACAGCUUUAGUAUUAGCGAUCUGUUGCACAUUUCAUAAUACCGUAUAUUCACCUACUUGAAGUGAGGAUUUCUUACAGACAGGCUUAAUUCAAGAUAUUAACAUCAAGGUUUUUUGCAUGGAAAAGCGCUCGUAAAAAUGGUCAACUAAGUACCCUUGAAAUUAACUGAGAGGAAAUGGUGAAAGAGCUGUCAAAUAAUCUGCCUAUAUUCUUCACCGUAAAUGUUACGUCUGGGAGAAAAAAAAGGUAAAUAGAGGCAAUAAUGUGCAAAAAAAAAAACCAUCUGUAAUUCAGACGAGGAAGGAUUCUGUUUUUGGGAAGGAGGAGGGUGGAAACACUAUAGGAGAGAUCACUUCUUUAAAACUAGCCUGGGAAAAUAAAGCGGUGAGAAUAAUAGGCUUCCUGUCAAAAGAGGCGAGAGAAUUCCUGUCAUUGCUCACAGCGGCACCCCUAAGACCUUUCCUUGUGUUAAACCUGCAGGCAUUUAUUUGCUUUAGAAUUACCUGCCAGCUCAAUUUAGUAAUGGCCUGUGUCAUAAGAAAGCAAACCCUUCCCUUUGCCCCUGCCCUUCCAUACCUGUAUGUCUACACCAGUGUGUGUCUGUGUGUGUGUGUGUGACAAAGGGAAGCAGAGAACUUUCUUUCAUUUACUUACUGAUCGCCCUCUUUUAUUUUCAUCUCUACUUUGAAGCUCUCAGUGGUAUGUGCCGGGUGUAAAGGUUUGUGUGCAUAUCUGCUGAAUAAGCAAAUCAAUAAGAACUUUUUAACAAUCAGCUGGUUAAAAAACUUGAUGACCUCAUCCCUCCAUGUCCCCUCCACUUCCCCUCAUCAUCCGACCCACACAGCUGACAGCCUCAGGGAACAACCCCGACACACAAAAUUACCCAUAUUGAAACAAUGACCAUCCUAUUUAUAAGUUCACCGCCCUGCCUUUGUAUCAGCUGACAACACUUCACUUGUACACAUACACACUGAUGGCUAAUGGUGACUGGAUAGGGGAAGGUCCUGGUUUCUCUUACCCUGUUGCCAUUUUGCAGCAGAUCUGUGGAUUUGCCCGGCUUUUGAUGUAUACUUUGUGGAUAAUUAGUGAGAACAGGGUCACCACGGGGCAAGAAAGCAAAACCCCGUUGUUCUUGUAGUGGGUGGGUGGCUGGGAAGGAGGUUAGACUGGGUCGUAAGGAUGUGUGAGGGUGUUGGGGUCGAGGUUAGAAGGCUGCCAGUUUCUUUUUGCUGCACUGUGGUUGAAUAAAUAAACCCCGGUGUCUCUCUCUUCUGUGCUUUUUUUAAGAGUAUGAAAAAUGUGUUUUGCUUUAUCUCAUCAAGCAAGAUGAUAAAUAGUUCAUGCUUAAUCCAACCAGACCCACUUGAAUGAGCCCAAAUAAGUUGCAAGUAACUCCAUUUAACCCUUAGAACUUCCAGCUUUAUUUAGCUAUUUUUGGUCCGCCUGUUUUUUUUUUUUUUUUUUUUUUGUAAAAUCUAUGUAGCAACUCUGUCCUUUUAAGCACAGCAUAUAUAUACACACCUUUUUACUUAGGACAACCUCAGCUGUCAGUUUAUGGGUGCAAAAAUUAUGUAAAAUGAAUGAGACAGUAGAUUCAGAACCAUCAAAAGUGGAAAUUGAUACCAACAGUACUUUGCUCAAAAAACACAUAAAUCUAGAGUGACAAAGCCUCUUCUCACCUGCACAUCAUACUGUUAAGUCUUGGCUAUCAGUAGAAGAAAUUUUGGGAUUGGAACAAACACACAACAGAAACUAUUUACAUAUUUACAAUAAUUCUUCCAGGUGUUUUUGUUAUUUACAGUUGUUUAUGCCACUCCUUAAAGCAGUUCCUGUCUGGGAUGAGACAGAGGGUCACAUCAUACUGCUCAUAAUCUCAUCUUUGCUUGUUUCCAAGCAUUGAGGACCGUUAUUUCUUAUUUUGCAGACAAGCAGGGAACCUUCUUGUCUCUUAUUGAUCUUUGGUUGCCUCUUAUUGGACACUCCUGUCAAGGGUACAAUAGAGGAAGAAAAUGAGACCAUGUAAUUGGUCGAAAGUUUGACAGAAAAAGAUGUCCGCAUCACAGCUUGUCAAACCCGGAAGACAUUAGCGGCAUUUAGUGAUAGUGAUCUUUUUUUAUCACAACAGUAUGAUAAAUAAUCAUGCUUUCACCAGUAUAUCACUGCAGAUUUACCAUCAAACGUCUUUGAUCAAACACCUAUUUUUGUGGCUGGAUUGUAAACCUUGUGGGGUAAGCUUUUGAACACUUUUUAUCCCAUAGAGAAACACUGUAUAGUGCCCAAGAAACUGUAAACAACAUUAAUGGUGUCACGUGGGAUUGCUGACGAUCCAGUGGAGUUCUAGGUGUUAAAUAUGACAGAGGCCCCUUUAAAACUCUUAAUACAAUUAGUACAACUACCUGUUAACAUGAACAGGUCAUCAACAGACCAUUAAGCACAAUGCAAAUCCAACACAAAGGUGAUUUAUGGGCAGUGUGUGGCGUCUGGAGUGCAGGGUGGCUACUUGUGUACGUUCUACCAUUCCAGCAUUGUGUGAAAGUAAACACGAAAGUGUUGAUGGGAGCUGGGGAACAACAGCACAGGCAGCAGGACACUGAUUGGGAUGUUGAUGUUCAUCAUCUCCACUGGCCUUUUGCCCUUCCUGCUGUGGCCCCCAGCUUGUCCCCGACAGAUACCCCGGGUCAUUUCCUAUGCGUGUCAACGCACAGAUAUACACUCUCCUCAGCGAGUGUUUACAGCCACAUGCUGAUUUCUAUUAAUCUGCUUCUUGUCGGAACAGGGUGGAGAGGCAACCCUGGUGGGUUUGUGUUGAAUUGGGAGGCCACUGAAGGUGGGUGAAACAUUCACACACACAACCUGAAAGCCCUGUCUGACAGAUUGCACCAGGCCUGGACUUCUUUUUACACUGAGCAGAUGUGGUCUCCCACUUGUUUUCCUUAGUAAUUAUCCCUCAUUAAGUGAAAGCAUGUGCCAAUCAAACAGCUUGAGAGCGAGAGCGGGGCCUGAGCCAGGGCAGAGAGAAAGAGGGAGAGAAGCAAGCAGAGAGACCUAUAGCCUCAUCUCCACUGUUUUUUCUUGCACAGUGUCAUUUCAGAGUCAUUACUAGAUUAAAGGCAAGCUCUGCCGCGCUGUGAGAGAGCUGCAGCAGCUGCAGCACUGGCAUUAUUAUGGCUCAUUUGACUUUCUAGUGGUUACAAAUUUGAUGAUUAUCACAUUUAACACUUGCCAUGUUCAAUUAGAGCUUAAUGCAAUGAAGAGCUUUCAAUCUUAAAAGGAGUUUCUCUGUCAUUUGCUUCAUUGGUGUCUAGGGAUUAUUUCUUUGAAAAUUGAGCCCUCUUUUUUUUUUAAUAUUUGAAGCUCAGCAGUAUGUGGUCUCUCUCUGGACAUAUAAUGAAAGGACUUGCUGUAAGGUAAAAAAUAAAUUAUUUUUGCUUGUCUAGAUUAAAAAAAAUAGUCCAUCUACUCCAAAAAAAACUAAAAAGAAACCUCUAACUCUAACAGGUUUUAAUCAGUCAGUUCAUGUGUUUUAUCAAUUUCUUUUUGUUCACAUUGAUGCUCAGCUAUAAAAGAAAAAUUGUAACCAACCACUCUAUUGCUAACGCACACAGGCUUAGUCAUUAAUGAUUGACUGAACAUGAAGAAAGAGUCAAACAUUUCCCAUACCAGAGAGAGACAGAUGCUUCAGUGUGUCAGCUCGAUAUUUAAGUAAAAUAUCGAGCUGACACACUGAAGCAUCUGUGUCUUGAAUUGAUGGUUAGAUGUUUAAUGUAAAAAAAAAAGAAAGAAAGAAGAGAGAGAGAAAAAAAAAGAUGAUUAGGAAACAUGAAUAAUUGUUUAACUUGCUUUGGGGCCUUUGUGCUCUUACAUGGUCAAAUAAAACCCUUCUGCAACUUGAAGUACACCUCAACGUGCCUCAUAGAAAUAUUUGUUCUUAGGAGCACUUACAGUAUGUGACCUGACCAGAAAUACACAUUUUUAUUUCAUUUAAAGAUAAAUGGAAAAAUGUGCUUUUUCUCAGAAUCCUCUUGCCCUGUAAUGUUUUUCAGACAGUGACAAAAAAAGCGAUUCUAACAAGAGUAGGUGGCUGAAACAAAAGAGAGAAGUCUCCUCCAAAAAAAAAAAAAAAAAAAGAUGAAAAAACCAAAAAGGAAGAUAUAUGAAGUCUUCAUGUCGAUGAACUACCAUUCAUUUUCACUUUGAAGUCCUGCGAACCGUAGUGAAGUGUGAUUGCAUGUGACAGUUGCCGAGUCUGCCGGUUUAUCAUGAUGGAUACACCCUGCCAUUGUGGUGGUGGUGCUGUAGCACACACAUACGCACCUUUGCUCGCUCAUGUACUCUCACACAUACACAGAUUGGUGGAUAUGGAGACAUGGAAGAAGUGGGUUCGUGUAGAAACAAGAGGUAGAACAUAGAAACAGAAGAAACAGAUCAUACAUUUACAAAGGAAGGGGAAUUCAGAACCUUUUUCAUGUGAUGUGGUUUCAGAGCUAUUGAGCAUUCAUAGUGUAGUAAUAGUUUCCCUUGAUUUUUGAAAAUUUUAAUAGUUUAUCUGUAAAAUAAGUUGAACACAAGUAUAGUUUUAUAUUUGAAACCUGUUUAAACGGAUGCCAUUUAAAAGUUAGAUCCACGCUGUGUAGACCUAUUUUGGCAUUUUUAAGUUUAGGGGUAUAGUUCGAUUUUUUUACAGCUAUUCUUUAAGGGACAAACUGGCAGGUUCAUGUAUUGAAUGAAAACAUCGAUCCAAAGCUUAUAAUUAGACACAGUUGCAUAAUUAUAUUUUAUGAAUCUGUCUCUGCUGACUUACAUUCCUUUGUACGUACAAGGUAAAAGAUACAGCAUAGAUACAGACAAUUUAAACUGUGAAAAAAAGUCAGAUUUUCUACACUCUCUUUCUGUCCCUCCGUCACUCACGCCUUCAUGGGCAUACGAUCCACACACUCUCCUACACACUUCUUGAUUUUGACACAUGCCAUUAACCCCAGCUCGGCUCACCUCACUGGGAAACAGGAGAGCAAAGGCAUCACAUAAUGGUACCUGAAGCAAUCUUUUCCCUGUUUUGUACCCAAAAGCAACUUGUUCAGACUUUGCAUAUUGCUUCCAUUUGUCAUUGUUAGUCAAGGGCACUGCAACACAGCCCUGUCAGCGGUGCAGUUUUACGUGUUCUGGCUAACAGUGUUUGCACAAGAUGUGUGCUUAUGUGUGUGUGUGUGUGUGUGUGCAUGAAUCUGUCAGUUGAUUUUAAAUUUGUACCCAUGCUUACAAAUGUAUGCAAAUGAAUAAGUGGACAUAUUGCACACGAGAUGUAGAAAAAGACCAAGGAUAAAGCUCAAAAUGUUCCCCAAGUAAGGAGUGCGCUCUUACCUUUGGAAAAACCUAUUUGAAGGUUUUUCUCUCCAUAAAAAAACACUUUGAAAGAAAAAAAAAGGUAAGCAGAAGCUCUGUUGCUAUAAAGGGAGAACAAGGGCAGACAUCUUACCCUAGACCACAGAAACUUUACUUCGCUUCUGCAGAACUAUACCUUUGGCUGGGUUGCAAACAGCUGAACAAAAAAAAAAGUUUACAAAAGGGAAGGCAGUGAGGCCAUCUACUUUCAAUAGUUAUUUUGAGUAAAGAGUGGACUCAGUAUUGAAGCCCCUUACAGACUACUUUUUCCCUCUUUAGUCCCAAAUAUUUACUGUACAGCAAUUACCAAUUGAGUUUGUUCCUCCCCAUGUGACUUUUCCUUUCUUAUACUGUCUUAUUGUUACAUUAAUCAAUGCUAUUCUACCCGUUUAACCUUGAAGAUGAUUAAGUGCAAAGGAAUGCAAGCUAUCAGGUGAAGUGUAUGUAUAACUGCAUGUCUGCAAGUUUGAACUUUGUGCAUGCAAAUGGGAGUGUGUGAUACACUCUUAUGUGUGUUUUUAUUCUCUAAAAUGCAUUUCAGCAUUAGUUAAUUCUUGUGUUUAAAAAAUGAGAGGUAGGUGUAUCUAAUUGGAAGUUUUCAUCAAUGAAAUAUAUAAUCAUAUACAUGUACUAUACUGCAUUUCUACAUAUUUUUGGAUCCAUUUCCAUGUGCAUUCACACUACAUAUAGAACGCAUGUGUACCAAACUUCAUGCACUGAGUAACAGAGCAUGCAUAUGUGCAUGUGUGUCCAUUUACAGUUCUCAUAAACCAAACCAAGUCCCCAGCUGCUAUUUCUCUGGAUUUUCACUCUUCCAUAUUCCCCCCCUCUCUGUCAGAGGAAAAGUAUGCAAUUAGAAAACACCCUGCAAGAUUGACAGCAAGAUCACAUACAAUUUGACAAGGGGGCGCCACAGAAAGGCCCGUUGGAUACCUAAGUAUUUUUAAUUAAACAGCUCUCUGCUCUGGCGGCGUGCUUUUCCUCACCAGUUCAAAGACGCCUGCUUUGACCCAUGUGUUAAAUGUUUGUAUCAGUUUUCCACGGCUAUGUUUUGCUUGGCGUCUCAGACACGCAACCCUAAAUUGUCUUAUUUAAAAGCUAGUUUGUUUACAGUUCACUCUAUUUCUCGUGCUCUCUUUUCCGCCCCCUGUACCACAUGUGUGGAGUGUGAUCAGGUUCAGGGUGUAGUUUCCCACUCCCAGCAGGCCCACAUUUUGUAAAUGGAGUUAAUUUUCAAGACGAAAAAAAAAAAAAGAUGUGUUUUGGCGAAUGGAAAGACCCGCUGCACAAGUCCAUCACCCUUUCACCUUGCUGCCAUUCUGGUUUAUUUAAACGUUAAAACAAGUAAAAUAGAGUGCUCAUCUGUUACAUGGGAGCUUCAUCAAUAACAUUUGUCCGUCUGAUGUAAAAUCAAUACGACACACACUGACACAAUGCCAGAGCAAUGGCAAAUGUGUCGUCAUUUGUCAUCGACUGGCAAUAGAGAUAUGUCAGAAUUGAUUUUAGCCCCCCCUCCCCCCUUCUCUCCCUUGCCUUGCUUCUCCUCUUCACUCUUUCGCAGUAGCAGUAAUAAAAGAAAAGAAAUGAAUGGUAUUUUUGACUGAGACAUGGUCAGCCUUGCCAAAGCCAAUUAAUAUUGGAGCAAUGGGCUGUAAUGAUUUGUUGUGAUUUCACAGAAAAAUUCCCUGCCAGAGAUGUAAAGAAGGGCGAUGGACGGUUGGGCGGGUCUAUUCUCUGGUGGGAAAUGUUUUGUUUUGGCUUCAAUCAUUACAGAUGUUUUAACAGACUUACAAACUCAGGUUUUUUUGCACUUCUGGGUUGGCUGUCAGAGUGGUUUGUGAACUACCAUGUGUUUAAAAAAAAAAAACUCUAACCUUGAAUUGAGACACUUUAUAGAUCUUUAAAUCAUGUUCAAAGUUGACAGAAUUACCUCUUGUGUGUGCUUGUUUUGGAUGGCUGAGGUUGGGUUGUUAUCUUCAACCUGUAUAGUGAUGUUUCAUUCAGUUCAAAAAUGUGUUUGUGUGUAUGUUUGUGUAUAUUUGAGCUUUUUUUUAAAUGACUCAGGUUCUGAAAUUACAAAAUAGCCUAGAGGCAAAUUAUUCGCCUCAAGCCUUAGUUUAAAUCCAGAUAUGAUACAGUUCACUGUUUGCACACUUUGCACGGAAUAGCCACCAAAAAUCUGUCGGACAAAAGCUCUGAAUAGCCUUAUAUGCCAAAUAACUUAUAUUCACUUGCAAAAAAACACAGAAAAAUGCUAAGCCAAUACAUUACAUUAAGUUUUUAAAGGUUAGUUUUUUUCCAAUCAUGCACUGAGAGACAGCAGGUCAGUGCCAUCCUGCUACAUUGAGACAAAAAGGUAAAAAGAGACUCCUGAUGAUCAAUUAUAGGUGUUUCCAAAGAUGCAGGGCGAUUCAGCUAUCUCAUCAUUCAACUGUAUAUAUAUAUAUUUUUUGUUGUUAUGAUGCUCAUGUUUUACCAUAGAUACCCCUAGAUAAGUCAGCAAAAGCAACAUAGUCCUUCUCGUCAUUCAGUGGGAUGUAAAAUUCCAUCAUACUCAUCCUGAUUAAAUUGUGGGAGACAGUAAUGACACUCAGUGCUGUGAAUUCUCUUGCCUAUGUUACAUUUCAUUUGGUUGUUAACCUUUCUCCCUCCAGUGCGUGAGUCAGUUUUUUCAAUGUCUCUCUGGGACAAGAGUUCAAGUUUGGCCACAAUUUCUCUCAUCCUUAAUAAAAAAACAGCAGGGAGACCUGGCGGCCUGUUGGCACUCAGGUCUCAGAGUUAUCCUCAUGGGCGCGCCUAGACUUUUUGAACUGGGUGGCACAAAUGAGACACUGACAUAGGCAGGGGUGGCCGGGAUUUGUGUGCACACACCGGUUUUUAGCAUUUACACUCUCUGUCUUCACCAUCUGCUUAAGCAACUAUCAUUGAAGUGUUUUUGAGAUAUUUCAGCCCUGUAUAUAGCUUUAGUUAAAUAAUAUAUUACAAAUCAAUAUGUGUAUCAGCAAGUCAAAUGAACUUGAAGUAUAAUUAUUUAGUAAUAAGACAAGAUACGAUGAUCAUUUAUUCAUUCACCAACAGAAAAAUUGCAUCAUUACUGCAGUAAAUUUAAUAACAAAAAACUGCUGAGCCUGCAAAUUAUCUCAUUGGAUUACAUGAUCUUGAUUAAUUGAGAGAAAAUACAUAAUUUUAUGUGUUGAUAUCUGUCUCCUUUUAAUAUCAGGUAAAAUUUAGAUCAGCUGUACAAAAGAGAGGAUGCCAUUUUUAAAUUUUUAAGCAGCUGUCAGAUUGAGCAGAGAUAUCGGUGUGGGUCACAUACAGCUGUUUGUGUACAGAUAGCUCCCAUGCUGCUUUGUACUUUCUUGAAUGCAGUUACAGCACAGUCUGAUGUGGCUCCACAGUAUAAGUGUGUGUGUGUGCUCCAUUCUGUGUCCGUUGUGUAUGUUUGUGUGUCAGAUUUGCCAUCGCGGUUUGUUGCCACUGGGUUGUGUGUACCCAAGUUGCACCGCUGGUAGCAAGCAACAUCUGUUUCGGGGUUGUUGUUCCUCUUGGCUGCUUUUCAAUUGGAUUUCCUCAAGCAGGGCCAAAAGCUGUCACCUCUGCCAGGCUCUGUUAGCAAUCACCGCCGGCCCCUAUAUUAAGUAGGUGGUUCAGGGCUAAGCUAAUAACUCUCCCUCCUCUCCUGAGCCAUCAUACACCAGAACUGGUGUUACUGCUGGCCUCAGUGUGUGCCUGUUUGUAUGUGUGAGUGUGUGUACUCUCAGGUUUUCUCUGUAGCUAUGCAGCCUGUAGGGGCAGGCUGGCUAGGGGGUCCCUUGCUCAAUGUGACAGCCCAUUUGACUGGAUGCGUGUGCGGGAAAUACAUGUGGAGAGUCCUAAUAGCUCUUCUCAAAGAAUGACUGAUCAGCUUUCCCUAUUAAAGUGCAACAGGAUGGAAACAGGAAGGAAUCUUUGACCCUAAACCCACCAUCACACAAAGAUUACGUUCUGUAAUACGUCAUCGUAAAGAGAACUGAAGACAGAUUUUGACGAUACCAGACAAAAACUUAAGGCCUGUGUGUUUUUUGAAAGACUGCAAAAAAAGUUGUACUCUGUGCCCAACCCAUUUCAGUUAUAUUCAAAGUGAAUGGAGUAAAAUCUGUUGCCCUGUAUAGAAAGUUCCUCUGAAUUCUCCUGUGUUAGGUGGGUGUUUUUUUUUUCUCUCACUAUAAACAUCAUAGUGCCUUAUGUUGUGCUUGAGUUCAGCAAAUCUUAGCUGGGUGUCACAGAGCUUUUAUCGAGUGGUGUUUACCUCAUCAAACUGACAGGGUGGCUGGCAGCCCGCCCUACCUGUCUGUCUGCUUUCAGGUCUCACUGCCAGCUUCUCCAGCCAGCUGGAGCAGCUACACCGAGCUGGAUUUGAACUGAGGACCUGCAAAGUAUCAACUCCCUGUUUCACAGCUUUGACAGACACUUUGAUUUGACAUGCCAUGAGCAGUUAAAGUGAAAGUUAUGUAUACAUGUUAAUUAAACUGUUUAUCCGUGGAGGGGUCAGAGACAUUAGCAAGCCCCAGUGUAGAAGUGUGAAUUUCUUUUCUUUUUCCCCCCAUCACAGCGUUUUAACCUCUUCUGUCUCUCAUUUCCGUAAUGAUUACCAGGUGCAAGGGCAGAAUUUUUCCUCCCUUUUUUUGCCAAGAGGGGAUGCAGAUAGGUCUAUUUGUGAAAAGUGUCUCUGUGUGUUUGAAUUUAGGCUGGAGUAUUUGACGUCUGGUCCAGCUCGUUCAAAUAGCUCUAAUUUUUGCUUUUGGUCGAGACAAAAUGGAUGUGGAGGUUGUGGUCUUUAGCAGAUUUGCCAGUCUGAUUGAAAGACGUCUUUUGUGAUAAACUCUAUUCGGAAAGUGCAAAUUAUUUUUGAUGUUUUAAUCAUUUUAGGGUUUGGUGCAACUUUAGUAAAAGUGUAUUCAGCAAGAACUCCAUGAAUGGUGCCAUGCAAAUGCAGGACACUGUUUGAUUCAUCCUUUUACUUUGAGUGCUUGAACCACAGUAGACAUCUUAUACAUCUAAUUUCCUGUCAAUGUGUAUAUGCAAAGGCUGAAGUUAUUCCCUCUGGUCAAGUGUCUGUUUCUAAAUGUUUCAGCCCAUUAACUGAAACCGUGUUUAGACGUGCAUUACUGCAAAACUAUGUUGUAUCACAGACCAAAUCAUUCUGAUGAUAUAAUUUAACCACGCACACAGAGUCUUGUGGCUGUAAGGACACAGAGAGAAAGCUUUGAUUUUUUUAGCACCAAGGCUACAUUACCCCACAGACUAUCCAGUGACACAUGUUUCAUAUUGAACCCUUUUUUUGGGUAAUAGCAAACAGACAUGAUAUUUAAAAUGAUACGAUAAGGUUGGAUGAAAUAAACUACAAGAUAUAGUUUUUAAAAAAAAAUCAUUGAUAGUUUUACAUUGACAAAUAAAUCAGCCAAUGGGACACACAGUCAUUUUUGCUAGUAAUGAGACUCUUGUGGUGAUAAUCUAGAGAUGGGUGAGUAAUCCAAGAUCAAUCAAAAAUUACAACAUAAUCUUGCAUAUGUGGAUUAUCACAGGUACUGUGCUGUCCCCUAAAAACAACCUCAGUGUGUAUAAAACCACCUGAAUCUGCCUUGUCAAGUCUGGGACAUGUGAGCAACAUGUUGGACAACUGGAACACUGAACAAACUGAACGACUUAAGCAUUUACUUUAUUGCCUUUUAUGUUUAUUUUACUGCUCUGAAGAUUAAUCCCUGAGUUAUAUUUUAUCUUUUUUUUUUUGCUUUAGCUAGAAUUCUGUUGAAGAAACAACUUUAAAUAAACAGCUUUUUUCAAAUUAGUGCUAGAUGUCUAAGUUAUCUAACCAUAAUUGACUGGUUUUAAAGAACAAUGGAGAAUCAACCCAAUGUGGUCAUUGAUAAGAUUAUUAAAGCAAUGCUUAACACUAUUAGUGCAAGUAAGUAAGUCAUAAGUCAUAUUACACAGAGUCUUUAGAAUAAAUGCUAGUUCAUUAUUGAUGUGGUCAUAAAUACCACAUGAAUGAGUCAUACAUGAUGUGGUAUAGACUUAUUGGGUCUGCAAUAAAGUUUAUAAUAAUAAUAAUAAUAAUACAUUAACUCAUUAUUAUGGGAGUAUUAACAAAACAAUAAUAAAUGUUACACAUGAAUACAACAACUUUAAAUUUUUAUAAAUUCAUAGAAAACAUGUUUUAUAACAGGGAUGAUAAAAUUUUCUUUUUUUUAUUAUGACAUGUUUAAAAAAUUGUUCAUGAAAGUUUAAAAACAUCCUUAAUAUUAAUGAGAAAUAGAAAUGUGUCACUUCGCACCCAAGAUAUGAAAACCAAUCGCUUUACAUUGUUUGGUCAACUGCUUCUUACACACUUAAAUAUGAUAUUGUGUAUGAAAGGUCACAGGCUUCACCCUAGCAGGUCGUAGUAUAACCAGCAAAGUAUCUUAAAUCUGUGGAAAGUACUCUUCAUCUUAACAGUACCAUCUCUCCUGCUCAUUCACUCGUCUCAAUAUGUAAAAACCCACUCAUUGGUUCUGCCUCCUUGCAGCUGAACAAGAUCUGUUCGUCUUAAUGGGCAGGUUACAAGAACCUUUCAAAGGAGAACCAUUAAGAUCUUCAAUCAAUCCUAUAAUUUCACACACAAUGAUGCUAUUCAGUUGCCAGGCUUAUACCAACACUGGAGUAAAGCUUUCAUGACAAGUGUUUAAUGCACCGAGUUGAAGCUUUUAUCGAGUAUUAGUCACAAGGACAUAUGAGGUAGACUAGGUACAUUUCCACAUGGUGGGGUUUAAACAUCACAAUCAGCCUGAAGUAAAAUGCACCCAAGUUAAAAACCACAACAUCCUGCUUUAAAUGAAUUACCUCAAAGUUUUUAAAGUGAAUAGAUCCCUACUUUUAUUUUAUCCUUUAGGUUUUCACAGACAGAGCUCUCAGUAUACGAAGAUAACAAGUACCACCCUUGUUGAAAUAAACAAAUGCUAUUUUCUGUAUUGCAGCAUCUCUCUGGAGUGAUCAUGUUUUUGGUCAAACACACUGUUUGUUGGCUUUAACUUUUUAAACAUACAAUUGUUCCCUAAUUAGCUGGAUGCUAAUUAAUUUAUGCUCCCCUGUUUGAUGUACAGUAAAGCAAUACUUUGAAAGCAACUGCGUUUAUUCCGUGCAUAAAUUUGUCGAAUUUGCCGCUGAGUUCAAAAGAAACAGGACUGGAUUUAGAAAAGCACACAUGCAUUUAAAUAAUGCGCCCCAUUUUUUGUCUCUGUUUGUUUUUAGUGGGAAUAUUAAUGAAUUAACAUUUUAAACAAUCUAUCAUUAUUGUUGUGCUGCCACUUAUUUUUAACUUAAUCAUAUUUUAAUUGAUCAUUUUUCUCAACAGUAUGUUUGCCCCACUUUGUUCCCUACACAACAAAAGAUUAAUUACAAAUAAGAUGAAUGAUCAAAAACAUGAUAAUCAAAUUGCAACAGUAAGUAGGAAAUUGCAAUUCUAAUGUAAUACAACUGGGUAUGUGUUGUAAAUUAACCUCCCACUGUCUUAUUGUAUGUGAGUGUUUGGAUACAUACUUGCUCAUGAGUGUUUGUGAAAACAGCAUACAUUUUCUUACACAAAAGUUUGGGUUGUUUUAUACUCGAACAUUAACUGAUUUUAAUAAGUAAGUGAUAUAUUACUUGCUCCAUUGUUGGGUUGGGUUUACUAGAAGUUUAAUCCCAGGACAAGAGCUGCAAGGAAUUAUAUAUGUUUUAAGGUUUUGUACUAGUUUUUUUAAUCAUAUUGAACCUGCUGAAAGUAUUAAACAGCAUAGAAGUUUUUGACAACGCUGAUAUUUUGGUCUUGUAUCUGUAAAUUUAGUUAACUUCAUCAACAGACAUGAGCACAUCACUCCUGACCUUAGCUCCCGUCAUUGGCUUCCCGUCUCUUAAAGGAUUGAUUUUAAACUUAAAAUGUUUGUUGUUAAAGCUCUCAACAGCCUCGCCCCCAUCUAUUUAACUGAGCUUUUAACCGUUCGGGAGCCGAGAAGAGCUCUGAGGUCGUCAAGCCAACUUCUGCUGGAAGUGCCCAGAUCGAAACACAAACACUGGGGUGACCGAGCCUUAUCAAGUGUUGGUCACAGGCUCUGGAAUAAGCUCUCCACCAAAAUGAGACUUAUUUCCAACCAGGGCCUUUUUAAAUCUCGAUUGAAAAUGUAUUUAUUUAUGCUGGCUUUUAAUACCCUGUAUUGUGGUUACACUUUAUUUUAUUGAAUUGUAUCUUAUUCUAUUUUUAUUGCUUUUAUUGUUUUUAUUUAUUCAUUUUUACCAUGUAUUGUAAAGCACUUUGGUUCACCAAAAGGGUUGUUGUAAACGACUGUAUGAAUAAAAAACAUUUUCUUUUACAUUUACAAUAUCGAUGAAAAAUGGUGAAAAUCUACAGAGUCAUAUUGUUAUGAAUAGUGGCAUGCUUUUUUAAAUUUUUGUUAAGAUCAACAACACUUUAAAAAACGUCCAAUAAGAAGUGAAAUAAAACAGCUGGUGUCAGUCCUCGGCUUGACAUCCCCUGUUAUGCCUCUUGUCUUGAGCCUGUCAGAGUGCAGCUGAAUUGUCAUUUUAAACAGGAUGGAUGUACAAAGGUGUCACCUGACAGCCCGACAGGGCAAUCCAGUCCCUGGAGGACAGGAGAGCGGCUAGCAGGAGGUGAAUGGGCAGUAGUAUGGACUUGAGGUUGUCGUUGUUGGCGUGUCACUCUGAAUGGGUCCCCAAAUCAUGUUGUCAAUGGUGAUGCAUCGAGACCUCCCGCUGGCCAAAAUUGGAUGCUCCAAACUGGACUUGAUUGAUGCAUUGACCGGAGUGCGUCUGCCAAGAUGUGUCCUUACCAUCUUAAAGAUGAAACAACAUAAACACAUUCUAAGAACAGGAAAGGAAAUGAUGUACUUAUAAAAGUUUUUCAUGUGUGACAGACCCACAUUGAAAUACUGUUGACUUAUCAAAGAAUCUAUCCCACCCAACAACCUUGAGAGAUAUAGGAUUUUACCUGCCAUUUAAUUUUUCUUGGUACAUCCCUUUUUGUAGAGCGGUUCAAUUGGUGCUCAGAGAAUGUUUCUGUUUCUUUUGAGGCAACAGUAUUCGUUAUGGCCUGAAGGCGAAUGCACAGCUUGUACAUUCAGCAGAUACACAAUGGAUUGGAAUGAAAAAUAUCUGUUUUUCUGUGACCAAAAGUGCAGCCUUUAUGCUUCCAAGGGCAUGGCAUUCUUGCGCCCUGGGUACUAGCCGUGGAGUUUUGUGAACAUGAAAUAUCUUCUUUUAUGUGUCAUUUUUUUCAUUAUGCUCCCUCUGUCUCUCUCUUUCUCCGCUUUCCUCGAAUGGUUUCCUUGAUAGUCUCGUCUGGCCUGAGUUGCUCUCUUUAUGUGCGUGUGUGUCUUUUAAUAUGAUUCUGUGGUCAUAUUGUCCUCUUGUACAAUUUAUGUCUUUGUGUUUUUGUUGCUUAUGUUUUUGAAUGAUUUUUUUUUUGUGUCUGUGUAUACGUGCGUGGGCCUGAUCUUGUGCUAAAUGUGUGUUUGUUGAUGUUCCGUCAUAUACAGUAUACGUGUGUUUUUUGUGUCUAACAACACAGACUGAGCACAGGCACUUGAGAUUUUCUGUUUCGACAAAGCUGUGUGGAACCUUGGAUUUGAGCCUUUGAUGGCUUAGUGGGGGCUGGAAUGAGGAGCUUGAGUAUUGUAGUAGAAACAAAUGCAAGCUGAGCCUCAGUGAGGUGGCCCAGUUUGGAGAAGUUGUACUCUUUUAAGUCCUCUUCGUCUACCCACACGUCUAUCUCCGAUCUUUUUUAACUCUGUUUGGCUGGGAUAGAUGGAUUAAAAAUCACCCCGAAUCAGUUUGUAUCAGUCUGCUUAUUACGUACUGUAACAGUGGUUAAGAGAGAAAACAACUGUAACAACUUUGUCCUCCUCUUUCUCUUACCCUCUCUUUCUCUCUCUCUUUCUUUGUCUGUGUUUGCAGGGCUUGUUCAUCUUCCUGAUAUAUGGGGUGUACAACACAGAGGUAAGUCUGCAUUGUGUCUCAAGGCUGUCGGAGUGAAUGAGAGAAAUGACAAGUUUCUGAUGGGCUCCCUGCUUGAAAGCUGUGUGGGUGAAUGGGUGUGUAUGUGUGCGAUCGUGCAUCUGUGGAUGGGUGGAGGGAUGAGUACGAGGGGAGGGGACAUCGUUUCCACGCAAGCGUCCCACUGCCCUUCAUGCUUGGACUAACUUAUAUGCAUCCGAGUCCGACCAUUAAACACUGACACGCCGCCGUUCUCAGCCACUCAUUCCUCACCCACAUUGGCUAAUAUUUCACUGCCUCUUUAAGUUUUUAAACUCACGGCCCUCCAUUUAGCAUCCUGACAAAGCCACCGACCAGGGCUUCAAGGGGCCCCGAGCGGUUACCAUAGUAGGAUGUGAAAAGAAAAACAGUAUGCAACCAACAAUAUGCAAUGAAGGAGUCAGGAUAUCAUAUUGAGAUGCUGCUUUAUCACCAUUUACAUAUGCUGUGGCUUUUUGGAGACAGAGACAGGGAGAUACGCUUUAAUGCAUGAGACUCAGGUUAUGAAAAUCACUCUGUAGAUAGGACCUGAGAAUAGGUAACAAUUGGUUUCACUUUCAAAAUACACCUUUUUAUGAAAGGAGGUGUAUUUUGAAAGCUCGGAUAUGUCACUUCAUGUUUAUCACAAUGAUACAGGUAAUGUUUGAAAAAGUAUGCAUUAUCCCUUUGAGAGUGUCUUUAAGUCUGUAUUUUCCUAUGAAUGCAUUGAAUAGAUAAGUUAGAUAAAAAAAAAGAUAAAGGUUUGCGAUAAAUGCAAACAUAACUUUACACUCACUUUUUCAUUUGCCUCGAGUAGCUCGGACCAAAUGUACAAGGCCAUCCACCGUCAAUACAGGCACCUUUUUUAAAGAGCUGAACACAAUUGAUAAUUGUUAUACAACUCUCCACAGGCAAUGGUCAGUGUGACAUUCUCUUUUCUACUAUUAAUCUUUUGUUUGAGAUACUUUCUCAACACCAUCUAACACCAGGACUUCUCUCGUAAUACAUUUGCAUUUUCUGGCCAUUUCCAUCUCUCCCUUUUCUUUCUUUAUCCACCUCUACUCCAGAGUAUGAAGAGCUGUCCCUGAGUCAUAGGCGACGCACCAACAAUUCAGAGCCAAAGAUGGCUGACCCUUCACUCCGUAUAAUAAAUCAACACUGUAUUCUUGCUUAAGUGGCUUUUUUAGUGCCUGGGAAUUCAUUUUCUUACGCUCAAGGUGUCCUUGACCCUGGGGUCUUCACAAUUUUUGAGCACCUCAUGUACAUGUUCAGGUUUUCAAAAGGACCACACUUCUUUGUUAACAACAAGAAAAAAAUCUGUUAUCUCGCUACUAUUCACAUCUACACAUCUUUAAGUCUUCAUCAUAACCCAUCACCUCUUUCGGGGUCCUUUUGUUUUUUUGUCACCCCGCUUAUUUUAAUAUUCUUAAGAUCUUGAACUUUUAUUACACCUUACACCGACCUUAAAUCGCUUCAGGUUUCACCCGAUAAAAAUGAAUUUUCUCAACAAUCACAAAGAUGGUGAACAUGAUUCGAAGCUGAUUUUGUUUGUUUGUUUCCUGUAAUCAGUAGGACAUGCAGAGUUCUAUGUAAAAGAUCUGGUUUUACUCAUUGAAAUCAACCAGAAUUAAUGGCUUGGGAUGCUAAGUGCUCCUUUGGUUACAUUAUCAGACACAUAAACCUGUUUUAAGACACAAAGUCUACAGAGUGAGGGGAAAAAAAAAACUUUUCUAAGUUGUAGUAAGUCAUUAACCUGGUGAGGUAAAUUGGUUUUCAGCCAUCUGAAGAAGACAUUUUUCUUUGAUAUGCUAAAGACAGGUUGAGUUAUUCAGUUCCUCAAAGCUGGAGAAAUCCUCCAUUCAUGAGGCUGUUAUCCAAGCCCAGUAAUAACAAAUAUGGAAUGGUAGACAGACUUUGUCUGCUGCUAUUACACUAAAACGAUGUGUUUUAAUUGCUAAUUACCUGACAAUAGCUUUCCAUUAUUCAUUGCAAUUAGCUUUUCCUUGGUGGUCACCUUGUAAUCCCACGCUUUGAUGACCUUUUAUUUCCAUCAGCUCCAAGGAUGUCGGCAGGUGUUGUCGGGUGCGCUGCUUUCAUAUGGUAAUUGUUUAGUGCCCAUUUACAUGGGAAACCACGCUUUGCAUCAUUGCGAAACCUUGAGUGUGCGCAAAACCCCUUAAACACAUAACGAUCAUCUAAAACAAUGCCCUUCCCCUCAUUGUCAAAUGAUUAAUUAAGUUGUGUCAUGUAAUUGCCUCAGCACGCCGGCUGCUUUUGAUAUCAAUGAAAUCCCUUGGACUUCCUUCCUCUAUUAAAUUGUGUUGAGACUGUGUCUCUCCAACAUCUACGUUAUGCUUCGGGCCUCCUCAUCAGACAUGAUACGAGUGUUUGGGAAACAUAAUGCUGGGGCCGUUGAUUCUGCCUUGUCACAAGGCCCUGGCUCUCUUCAUUAUGUGGCCCUUUAACGUCACUAUGUAUGCAAAACAUCCUCUGUAUACACACUGUCUCUGAGACUGUGUGUGUGUUCAGCGUAGUGUCAUAAUUUAUAACACGCUGCGACUUAAUGAAGCCAUAAGCCAUAAUGCAUAUUCACUAACGUGGUGGGCUGGGCUGGGACGGGCCGUAUGAUGAGUGCCCAGCCGCUACAAAUUUACAGAGAGGACUGACAAUGUGUGUGGCCGUAUGCGCAUAAACACACACACACAUAUACAGGCACAGACGCACACAUGCAUACAGACAGAGGACUGCCAUGGAAGACUUGAGCGUAUUUCAGAGAACCCUCCGAUAAAUCCCUGCUGUAUUUGAUUUUUUACAUUUGAAUUUAAAACAUAUAAUACUCAUUUUUUUCUGAUAUCAAAUGAUAAUGAGCUUUUAUAACAAAUUAAGAUGUGAUUAUUACUUUAAGAUUUUCCUUUAUAAGAAAAUAGUAGGGAUCAUCAUGAGCCGACAAUUUAUUUUUACUUUGUUUUCCUUUAAAAUCAGUCUGUCUCUCUUUUAUUUCUAAUUUCAUUGUCUUAGAUCAUGUGAUGCAAUUUACACAAUGUUGACAUGAAAAGUUUAAUAUUAAUCUAUCAAAAUCAAUCAAAUAUACCUUAUCAAAAAACAGUUUGAAUAAAAAAAGCAAUAAAGAAAUGUAAUUUUUAUUGUAAGUAAAAAAUCUACAAGUUACAAUGGAAGCUCUGUCAAAUUGGUCUCUUUUAAGGUGUUAAUAUAUUUUGCUGUAUUCCAAAUAGUCAUUUGUUAUAAAAUAAAAAUCUCUUGGGAAUCUUAAUAAAUAAGCAUUGUAAAAUUGGGUGUUAACUGCUCUCCCUAAAAUCUAUGAAACGCUUGUCUGGUGUUGUGUGAGUUAAAUGACAGCGUGUAGUACACUGUUUCAUCCGGAGUGUAAAAAUGUAAUCUGUUCUGCUAGGGCGGUCCCUUCUCCUCCAAUAGCUCCAUUUGUUGGUCCCGGCGCUCUGUGCUGACAAAUGAUAGCUAGAAGUCGUCUCCUUAGUUUGCCAGCUCUAUGUGUCACUUUCAAGUCCCAUUAGCCACUGGGACAUACAGGAACACUCUCAGAGAAGUGCACACACACACAUACACGCACCAACAAACCUCUCCUAUGCUUCCAAUGGCUGCAAACUGCUGCUUCGAUUUUUUCUGUUCUUUCUUUUCUCUUUUUUUCUUUGUUCAUUUUAGACUUUCUGUAUUUGCAGGACUUUGCAGCUCCAUUUUUUUUUCUUCAUAAAGUUUUUUUUUUAUUCGUUCCAUGAAGUGAUUCAUUUCAGCUCAGUGUUGGAUACAUUUGUCACUUUCUUUCUCAUUCUCUUUCUCUCUCUUUCAGGUUCGGAGCACGGUCAACAGGAUCAAGGAGAGGAGAAAAGCGCUUAAUUUUUCAGUAUGUAGUUCUUUUUCUGUGAAUAAGUUUAUGCCUCUGAAACAGACUGGUGUAGCAGACUCAAUUUUUCUCACAGCUUUUUGCUUUAUAAAAAAACUACUUCAGUAUUGAAAAACUGGCCACAAAGCAACAUUGUGCAUCUGCUAGCCUCCCACUUGUCGACAGUCCAUGUUAGAUGCCCUUAUACAUCAAACAUAGACCCUCCAUAAUAGCCUCCCUCCCACCCUCACUCUUCCCAUCGCAGCACCUUCAUCCCAGCAAUGUCAAGCUUCGUGGUGGGUUACAAGUUUCUAAUCCAGGACAAGCAGUCCCCUGACAUUAAAGUGUCAGGCCAGUAUUUAUACCUUGUUGGAGGAUGCUGUUUGGCUGAGGUGGAGGGGAUGCUGUAUGUGUGUAUGUGUGUGUCUCUGUGUGUGUGUCUGUGUGUGUGUGUGUGUGUGAGCUGGUCUAAGCAAAGCACUUUUAAAGUACUUAAUAGUCUCCAGCACACACAAACCCACUCUGAUCACACACACAGACAAUUAUGGACUCCAGCACCUUGUCAAACACCCGGUCUCGUCAUUUCACAUUACUUCGCUCCACACAGACAUUCACACACAUGCAAAAUGCAUCUUGUCCGUUAUGACUGAUCACAUAAACUCCAUACCGCUUUGCCCAGUAACUCUUUGUCCUGCCCCUCCCACUGCACCCUGACCUACACAUAAACACCCCAGUAUUCCUCACUCACUUUGGGUCAUCGGAGGGGGAAUGACACCAUUUCUGGCAGCAGAUUGAUUCUUAAAAUAUCAGCGCUCCUACUUCUUUUUGACCCCCACCGAGGAGGUGGACACUGUUGGAACGGGAAGAAAUGAAAUAAAUAAAUAGAAAAAAUUUAAUGUGUCUGUGUGUAGGCUGCUUGGGGUAAAGGGGGACCCUGGGGCCCCCUGCCACCAGGUGCAGUCUGAUAUAUUGGCUGCUCAUGUUAUCAGUGAGGCCCCCCAUCUACCGUCAUUUUUACUGCUUCCUCUCCCCUCUGUUGGUGGCAAUUUUCCAAUCUUGCCGGGUUCCGCUACCAGAAUGCGUUUUUUAGCCAUUGCUGCCGGCUGACGGUUUUUAGCUAAUGCUAUUUUGUGCCAUAAAUCCUGUUUGAAAUACUGUAUCUACCUGUCCUUUGGCUAGAUAGGAGACAUUUGGCUCUAGAUGACCGCACAUGCCCCUAUAUAUCCCCAUGUUGUAAAACAUAGGAUUGGGUAGCAUGCCUCGCCAGCUGAGGGAUAAAGAGGCUUUGGCUGUGUUACUGCAUAUGGGGUCAUUUGAAGACGAAUGACACUUGUCGGAGAUGGAGGGGUUUAUGUGUUAUGUUCUUUGCAACCAUUGAAGGGUUAACCCAAUGGGAUAAUUCUCCUGCAACUCUGAUAUAAGCCUUUACAGUGGGCUUUUAAUUUAGAUUUUUUUUAAAACUUUUACUUCUUUGGAAGUAACAUCAUAAUUUUACUGCACCAAGUCUUGCUAAGGUCAAAGACACCAUACAAGUAUACACCAUUAUAGAUGUUUCAGCAUGUCUAGGGUUGUUAAGAUUAUUAGGGACGGCAAGCUCUAGGCUGAAAUAUCAGAAACAAGCAUCCAAAUGUCUGAAGAGCACACAUUGUUUGGUUUUAUAAAAGAUAAUAUAAUUAAAUAUCAAAAUUAUGAUGGAGUAUUAGGGCCACAUUAAGAAAAAAAAGACUGGGAUUAAAGUCAUUAAAUUAGAAUAAAGAAUAAAUUUAUUAUAAAGUAAUUUUCUUACGAGAUUAAACUACUAAAAUUAUAACUCACGAGGGUAAAGUCUAAAUAAAGUCCUUAUAUUCUAACCCAUUGUUUAAAAUGACAUUAAAAUGUAGUAGUACAAGUUGAUUACGGCUUUAUUCUCAUAAGUAAUAAUUUUACGACGACUUUAUUCCUGUAAGUAAUUAUAUUGUUGCAAAUUAUUUUCUCGUAAGUAAUUGCAUUAUUACGACGUAAUUCUCAUAAGUAAUUACUUCAUUACGACUUUAUUCUCGUAAGUAAUGAUUUUACUAUGACUUUAUUCUCGUAAUUACUUUAUUAUUAGUAAUUAUUUUGUUAUGACUUAUUUCUUGUAAGAAAUGAUUUUAGUAUGACUUCACUCUCGUUAGUAAUGACUUAUUCUCAUAAAUUAAUGACUUUAAUCUUGAAGUCAAAUUUUUUUCUCAAUGUGGCCCUAAUACUCUGUCGUACAAAAUCAUUUACAUAGUGUGAUCAGUUAAAUUUAAUGUUAACUACAUGUAGCUAUGUUUACAGAGACAUGGCUCUCCUCUGACAUCUUAUAUCAAUCUCACCUAAUCUUAUCUCACACUCUCCCCUUCUGUAUCCCACUCCUCUGUCAACCUCUUUAGCCCUCUUCCUUGUAGUUGCCCUCAACUAGAGUGUGGGUUGCACAGUGCCUGUCUAGCCCUGGGGGACGCGGUCUUCUACACUCGCACACACAUACACACGCUUUGACCAGUGUAGCCUGUCUGUUUGAUACCGAGUACUGCCUGACCCACCCUGACCUCCCUCUUGUACACACACAGCCAGAUUGCUUUGUGAAAUAAAGCUGUCACUUGCGGGACCCAAAUAAAAAACACCCCCCUCCCCCCACUGCUCCAUGUCCCUGACACCACUGAAAUAUAGACAUAAAUUGGAAGCAGAUUAGUUUUUUUGAUCUUAAUUCAAGUUUUGACAACAAAGAGGAAUAAAAUAUUUCUUGAGAAUCCGUUUUUAAAAGCUAAAGAGAAAGAAACAAACCCGAAUUUGACUUUCUUGUAUGAAAAACUUAAUUGAUUUUUAUUCUUAUGUGUAUGUAUAUUUUAGUAACACUAACAACUAUGGAAAAAUAGUAUGUGAUUGCUUUUGCUCAAUUAAAUAUUUAGAAAUUAAAAGAACCAAGAAGCCAUAUUUCCAUUUCUGAGACACAUGUUGAGCAUGAUUUACAGAAAGUUGACAUGGGGGAGUGGAUGUAUUUUUCUUUUUGAGUGUGUGCGCUAUGUGGACUGAAGCUGGACAUCAACAAUACCCUCAAGCAGCAAAAAAAGAAUACCCAGUGUUUUCCCUGUGAAGUUUUUCUGAUUGUAAGAUGUGCAAAAAGAAAUAUAAGUUGCCCUUGAGCCUUUUUAAACCCCACCGGUGUAUUUGAGACCGGUGCAGACAAAGAGAUGUUCUGUUUGACUUAAUUUGAGGCCUUGUUUGUUUGGGUGACUUAUUCAUGGGUGGUCCAUUUGCUAAGUUCAGUCAGCUUAGCUUAACUUUUAGACUCAACAGCUCAGGAGGUUUUUAAUAUUUCCAGCUUGGAUUGUGCUCGGAUUCAUUCCCCCUUGUUACCCCAAAUCCUGCACUCUUAUGGCAUGGACUUAAUACUCAAAGUGAUGCUGCAUUAAGGGCAUGUUACCUUUCUUUAUGGUCUUGUGUCUCCAACCCUUGAGGCUGCUCUAAACAGAAUUAAAGCCAGUUGGGAAACUGAAUUAUAUACAAACUUUCCAGAUGAUUUCUGAGAGCAGUGUGACUAAAUUGAUUGUCCAGCUGUGCUCGGCUUUCACCUGUACAAUUCAGAGUAUUUUGUAGAUGUCUCUAUACCAAGGACAAACUCUCCAGAAUUCACCUAGAUCAAACAGAUGAGGGAUGUAGUAGAUGCUCUCAGGCACCAUGCAGCUUGACCUACAUGUUUUGGUCAUGCGCCAAACCUUCGAGUUUCUGGCAAUCUUUCUGUAAAGCAGUCUUGGACAUUGAAGGUUUUCGUAUUCAGCCACCCCCACACAUAGCUUUUUUUCAGGAGACCUCUGGAUUAUCUUGGUACUACAGCUGUGCAAGAUAAUAUUAUCACUCCCACCUGUUUGAUUGCUUGCAGAAGAAUUCUCUCAUGGAAAUCCGCUCAGUCGCCCUCAUUUAAAGUGUAACUUAAUGUCAUUUUAUGCCUUUUAAAGUUUGAGAAAUUAGUUCACUCUUUGAGGCUCAUCAGAUAGGAUUUCCCCCCACUAACUUGCACCAACAACCACAGUAAGUAUGCAAAUGGAUAAGCAGAAGAAAUUGAACUGUGGCUGUCUUCCUGCAAAUGGUUUUAGAUCAUACAGCCCCUGAAGCUGAGUAGUAACACCCUCCUCAUUUCUCACAGAACUGUGCCAGUUCCAGACCAUCCAGCUCAGUUACCAGCUCUCGGCCUGUCAGUUUCCCACUAGGAACCAGCCCAAGUCAGGAGGAGGAGACCACCCCAACAGACACAAACAGCUCCAACCAAGGCUCAGGGAGGGAGGAGGAGAAGACCAGAGGUGAGUUUACAGACUCAUAUCACACAGCCAUUGGUUCUUGAUGCAAUCCAUAUUUUACUCAUAAAACCCCAGUCAUAAUUUAGGGUUCCCCCAGCUAGCUGAAUAAUAGACUUCUUUGACCACUAGUUGGGGCUGUAGGCAACAGUCAACUUGGUUGCUGACAAAAUAGCAGAUACUGUAGGGGCGGGGGCUAACUUGCCUAACUUGUUGGGUUGAAAGCUUUAACUAAACAGGAUUCGCAUUUAUUUCUGUGGAAGUCAGAAAUGUCAGGUUGUUCCUGAGAAAGUACAACCAAUGCAUUUCACUGGAACCAGGGAGGCCACCCAUCCAGUGGUGUUUUUUUAAUUAGCAUGACGAAAUACUGUCUUAUUCAUUGGUGAAUGAAAUAUGUGUGAUGUGAGCCUGAUGCUUUCAAUGUACCAUUUAUCUUAAGGUUGGCACCACCUGUAUUCUUCUUACUGACAAUUUAAACUUUAGAUAAGUCGUAACAGUUUCUGAAGGAUGACAUUACUGAUGUAUGGUUAGUAGCUCAAAUGCUGCUUAAAAAAAAGCUGUCUGCAGCAGGACCCACUCUCUCCUUUUCUGUCAUUCUGAUGUUUACUGUCACCAUCUGUGUAUUACCAUAAGUAAGGGUGCUAAGAAACCAAACCGAGUGGCUUCUUCUGCUCAGGCAUCUCACAACAAACACAAAACAAACAACGCUGUCCAUGGUGCUGGACCAGAAGUUCCUGUUUUGCAUCAGUCUCAUUAAAGCAGAUUGGAGUUGUUGCAUCUUAGGACAGUCCUCACAAAUGCAUAGGUCACCAGGUUUGCUUGGUUUAGGCUGAGGGGGCAAAGGUUGUGUCUGGUGCCAAGGCAUUUUCCCCCAUGUUUCUGUAACUGCCAGCAAGGCCUGUUAGGGGUGCUGAGGAGCUGUAGCAGGUGCACUGUUGUUGUUUUAACAUGUUGUUGUCUUUGUUUUGACCAAGCAGGCAGGAUUGUUGCCAUUUUUUAAUUCUAACCACUCAUUAACCAUUUGGAAAUACUCAAUGAAAACAGUGGCUGCAUGAAUCUGAUUAGUCUAGUGCAGCAAAAGGUCACAGCAGGGACAGACACAGAGUUGUGCCAACUUGUUGAAAUGUAAUUAACAAAUACCUACAACACUAAGUAUCCAUGCUAUUGUAUAUCUAAAACAACAAAACAAACAAAAAAGUAGACAGUUUUUUUUAGCUCCUCAUAAAAGACUCAGGGGAGGCUUUAAAGAAAGCUCAUGUCUUUUCAGCAGAACCUUCACCCCUGUUAUUCAAACCAUGCUUAUGUCUCUGCCACAUUUUUGACUAUGCCUUUUUUUUAUAUUUUAUUUUUUUUAUUUGUAUGUGGAAGAAAUUCACAUAAUUGGCAUAAACUUUUUAUUUGCUCUUAGUUGCUGGUCUUAAGGCAAACAUAGUUCAAACUAAUGCAAUAUAAUGCGCUAGUUCUGCAUUGAAUUGUGCAAUGAUUUAUGUUCUAGUGUUUCCUUUCAUAAAAACUCUUUUUUAUGUAUUGAAUUAGUAGAAUAGUAGUUUAAAGGCUCUAGUUAAUUUGUGUUGCCAUGUGAGCAGUAUCAUGUUACAUACUACAUAAAUACUUGGUCUUCCUUCAUUGUUAAAGGUGGGUGGUCAGUUUAGUUAAAGCACUGUAGAUUUAAAAUGAUCAUGAAUUGAGAUCAAGUUUAAGCUCUGUCUGUAUUUCCCCCACUGUUUCCCCACUCGCAUAUCUGCAAGGCAUUACUGCAAGGCCCUGUGAAACAGAGCAACGGCUGGCUUAUUGAGUGAAAUCAGACAUCAGAAAUCUCCCGUUAAACUUCAACACUAACCAGACACUCUGGCUUCAAUCUAGCCACAUGACCCACGCUGCACUCAGCAGAGUUAAGAGUCAUUUGGUUGUGGAAAAGAUUUCAGAGACCAAUUUCAAAGCAGAGAAGGAAAGACGAAGAAGAGGUCACUCACGGGUUUUGUUCUGUAACUCAAAACUGGUAUUUGUGCCAAGCUUGUCCUGUUCCUUUGAUUGAUGCAACAUUUACCUUACAGAGCUAAAAAAGUUAUCUAAAUGAUAUUGAUAAAUGAUAAAAGGGAGCAAAAAAUGUCCAAAGGGCAAAGAGUGUGCCUAUCUAAGUUUGAGAAAAAAUCAGCGGACCUGUAUUAUGGUUUUAUAGUUUAACCAAUGUUCUCUCUAUUAAUAAAGGAGAGCUAGUAAACCUACACUGCAGCCAAUCAGUAUGCUUUGAAUCUUUUAGCUUUACAGGUACAGCAUUAAAUUUCAACACACACUCUCUGGUGUGUAUUAGUAAUGAUAGGGAGCUUUGAAUUCACUACAACUUAGGUCACCUAACUAAGCAAACUAUGACCUAACACUGCAUGAGAGGUGAGCUUACAUUUUUUGUGAUGAAACAUGCCAGGGAAGCUUUAUAAGUAAGUAAUUGAUAACUUUUUUGGGGAUAAGUGAGAAGUCUGGUUGUUUGAUUAAGUCUUUAAAAACAAAUUGGGGCCUUUCAUCGCUCUUUUGGGUUGUUUGGGUUGGGACAAGCAUUUAUAUCAAAUUUUCUCUAUCUGAGAAGUAGACCUGUUUUAAUUUUAGUACCAAGUGAAGGCCUGAUUCACACAAGGAUUGCACAGCUUGUGCAAAUGAGCCAGUAAAGACGGUCAAAUUCAUUGAGCAUGCACUAAAGGUUAAAUAGGAGCAUAGUGUUCCUGUGUGCCAGUGAUGUGUGCAUUAUUAAAAUGAGCUAUUUUGUAGUCAUUUACAGCAAAGUAUGCUUCUUUCCAUACAAGACAGCCUCAUGCUAAAUAAAAAAAUAAAAAACAUAUUCACAAACAUCAGACCUUGUAGCCAUAUACAGUUAGUGAAAUUUCUUCUGUCUGCUCAAAGUUGUAUUUGCGCUGAAGUCAGCUUGCCCUUUAAAGUAAGUUGGAUGAAAACUGUCAAGUUUGUGUCACCUCUGUAAUGAACUGACUCCACAAUAAUAUAGUGAGAACUGUCCCUUUUCAUCCAGCUCAUCUAACAAGUUGAUUUAUCUGUCUACUACUAUAAAAAGCAAAACUGGAGCAAACUGCAGAACUUUGAGGUCAUUUUGCCCCGGGACAUUAUGUGUCUAGUUUGAUUUUUGUAUUAGACCUUCAAACAAAGGAGAUAAAAGUUCUCACAGUUAUUAAUCGGAAACCAGCCUUUACUCACCAGUAUCCCAGUCAUAAUAAAGGGCCAGGCUACAAAUUUACUCCCGGCCUUUAUUUUGAGACUUAAAGUCAUUCAUUUCAUAAAUUUCAUAACUCUUUAAAGCACUUGUAUGGUGACUUAAUUUCACCUAUCGAAAUUAUCCUGAGAGCCACCAAGGUGUACGAUAGCAAGAUUUACAGUUCCUUAGCCUACUUAUUUCCCAGCAUAAAUGAAACAGUCCGUCAAAGUCACAUUUUUUUGUUUGUUCUUACUUACUUGUUGAAGCAACCGAGUGCAAAUAAAAGACAAAGGCAGAAUCAGACAAUGACAGUGACGUUGAUGUUGAUGGUCAAAAACCUUGGUACCAGGACAAUUACAAAUGAUAAAAGGUUUUCAAGACAAACCCUAAAAACAUACAACAAGUGGCUCAAACCACUUGAAUACAGUAAUAUAAAUAUUUUUGUUGUUCCUCUGUUUUUUUGUUGAAAUUGAAUUUCUACUUUAAUGAUACACUGUAUAUGCCAGGACCUAACCUCAAUUUAACCCUACACAAAUGGUACAGUAAUGUCUCACCAUAAAACACAAACAAUGAAAAAACAGAUGGGCCCCAUUUUGGGAACAAUAACCACAGCAUCUCUUCAGUGAUCUUCCUAGCUUGAAUAUACAAGGUCAACCUGUUCUUGGUAGGGAUGAGAGUGUUCUGCUUUUGAUACCUUUAUGCCUUUUCCAUCUCUGUUUAUUCAAGUUGUUUGGCACAAAUGUCCAAAGCAGGCAGCGGGUUAUGUCGAGAGUACAUGGUAAAAAAUGUGAACAAAGUAGAGCACAUAUUUGCUGUGAACACAAGAGAAGGACAAGUGCAUAAUGAAGGAAUUAAAGAGGAAUAGGGGGUGAAGUGUGGGUGGAUUUGAAUUGAAAGGGGAAGGGUUGUGUGGGUGUUUGUGUAUGUGCAUGAGUGUUGUAUUCCUGAUGAGAUGGCCCCAUACAAUGGCUGAGUUGAAGGUUGCGAGCCCUUUUAAGCGGGCAUAAUAUGCUGGGUCACCAGUGUUACCUCGCGUCAUCGUCUUGCUUUGUUAAAGCUCCCUUCUCAACAAGCACAAACAGCCAAGCAGUUGUCUUUUUUUUUUUCAUGCUUCGUGUUUUGAUUUCAAAAGGUCGCUGAGCUUUCAUUUGAGGUCCCUUCUGCUCUAAACUCUUUUUGACUAGACACACAAGGUCCUUUUUUGUUCUAAUGCAAUUUGAUGUGUCAUAAUGUUUCGUAUCUAAUUUGUGUAAGUAUUUAUUGGCAAUGGUAAAGACUUUAUUUUGGGAUUUCCUUUUGAUACCUUUGUGUUUCUAAAUUAAAGAGUCGCUGUCAUGUCGGAUUUAUAGGAUCUGAUUUAGAUGUAGGCACUUUGAAUGUUCGUAAAAUAAACUUACAGGCUGAUAAGUUAGACUGGCAGUCAGUCCGACAUUUUAAAAAUAAUAAAAGAUAUAAUAUUACGUGGCAUCAUGAAGUUUCCACAAGUACAUUGUAGCAAACCUUAUUCCUGGUGUCAUUACCAGUUUAUACUUCUAACUUGUAGAAACCAUGUGCUUGCAUAUUGCUGACAUCUGACACUCCUUCUGUUCUUCCUCUUCUGCAAACAUGUGUUUCUCAAAACCCUCACAAUUAGGGGCCUUGCAGAUAAAGUGGCGUGGCGGUCUGUUGCAUGCAUCUUCUGUAGAUUACAGCCAGAUUCUGCGCUGACACCAACACGGGGUUCAUUCCCUGUAAACUAUCCACACACCAUCACUUGUCAUGCAUACUUAGCUCCAUUCAUUGACAUACAACAGGAUCCCCCCCCUCCAAAGGGAAUAUUCCCAUGGGUAAUGACAGCAUAUUUGCAGCAAUUUCACCUGAGUGCUCGCCGUUAAAUCUGUAUUUGCAAGUCUCUGUCUGUAGACAAUGAGCUAUGAGUAGGUUUGAAUGUUCAGUAAAUUACCCUAACAUCAUUAAAGUGACAUUUUUUUGGGAUAAAUAAUAGGACUUUUCCGAAGAUGUAAACAGUAAAACUUGUAUACGGUGACUAAAUUGGUUGUAUGAUUAGUGAUUACCUAAUUUCCGCGCUAAUUUCUAACAUCGUGUAGCACUAUCCUUUGAAUUCAGUGGAAAUUGAAGUCAUAUUGAUAAUUACUACAGCAGAAUCACAGGGUUUGUGUCUGUGUGACAGAGAGGUAUCUGGCAUCUGUGCAGCAGCAUGUGUUCAGUGUCUCUCUGAUGCGAAGUGAUGUGUGCUAAUUCUACAUCUGCUCAAACCAAACAGGGCUCAAAAGUUCAGCCAAGUCCCAAAAAAAAAGAUAUUUCCCCCGAACUUAUCUCCCUCUGCCCCCUCACCGUUCAAAAAUAAACCUGAGACAGUUUCCCCCGCAUCCUCUGUGCGUGUAGAAGUAAUUGACAAAUAAGUGGAUAUGACUCUGGUGCUCUUUGUGUUUUACUGUGGAUUUAGAUUUGGUUGGUUGGCUUGACUGUUUAGAGAAUAUCAUGGCCAUGAAAUAGGCUCCUGUCAUGUGGGCUGAAGCUUUUGAGGGCUUGAUUGUAGCUUCACUGUGUAAAUAUCCAAACAAAUAGGCUAUGGUCAAAAUACGCUGUCGGUUCGCCAUGUAUUUACAUUCCUCUUUCUCUCCCACUCAGUUUCUCUCACUCUCUCUGCCCUUUUGGAUCUGAUUUGUUAUUUUGUAUUUACUUUCUGUCUUUCCUGUCUUUUUUGUUUCUGUAGCUCCCUCCUUUUUUCUGACAUGCACUCCAUCUAUGCCCAUCUUCCUCUUAGAUUGUGAUUGAUUUUUGUAACUUUUAAAGUUCAGUGUAAUGCCAAAAACUAACAACAGACUGUUAUGGGAUGAAUUAAGAUUUAAAUGACCAGUUACAGCAUUUUCCCGCUGUUCCUCUGUGUAGUGUGAAAAAUCUCAAAAACAUUCCCUGAUCAUUUAAAACACUCAAAGUGAGUACAUUGUCUGCACUUGUACUACAUUCUGGCAUUUCAUAUUCAUCACACCCAAUGAAACAAAUCCAAAGAUGAAAAAUUGACUCCAUUUGGUCGUUCUUAAGUGGCUUUAAACGCAACUGUUUAUGCAUAUUCGCCCAGCCGCUGCAAAGCGUACCAGGCUCCAAAGAUUUGUUUUCUGCAGCUGUUCUGCAUAACAACGCCACGCUAUCACGCACAGGAGAAAGUCUGGUGAAGGGAAUCUAUUCAUAAUUCAAAGAAACAACAAGGCACAAGCUGUGGCAUUGUCAGAUAUAACAAAUUGAGGAGGAAAAGAGUUGAAUUUGUAUCUGCUUACUGAGGUUGACUGCAUUAUAUAUACUGCAGGUGCCGCUGAGUGCGUGGUAAUAGGAUAUAUGAUGGAUGGCUAAGCUGCAGAGGUUCCCAUUCUUCUGGGUUAUUCAUCUAUUUAUCCACUUAUUUAUUUAUUCCUUCACCUAGAGAGACCCUCACAAACUCAGGAUUUGCUUAAGGUGCAAUCGAAAGUGUUGGCCAGUAUGGAAAUAGGGCUGAUGUCUCCGUGGUCUGGGAGCUCUCUGCUGAGCAUGUGUCAGGUGCAACCAUGUCCGGUCUGAUGUUCCCCAGUGAUGCUGGCCUGCAUUUUUGUUGAAUACUGAUGGCUCCUCUUGUAGCUAAACCCUGAGAAAAAAACCAUUACAAUUUCUCCAUGAGCUACUUCUUCAAAAUCAAACUAAAACUGCAGAAAAUGUUUCGAAAAAUGUAUGCAAAUUUGUCCAGAAACGUUUUAACAUGUGAGGGCCUAGCCGAGGGUUUUCUUCUCUACCAGCUCAUUAUACUGCCAAAUAAAUAAGUAACCUGCAGUUUGUUCAUGCAAAAUGUGUUUACAAAGCAGCAUUUUUUUUUUAAAGUUUAAUUUAGGAAUAUUAGUUUGUUUCAAUUAUAGCUGUCAAACACCAAACGUGAUACCACAUCUACUCGGACUCACUCCUGUGACACAGAGGUAGCAUCAUCCCACCUUUGAUCACAAACAACCCUCAGCCAGAUGCUUUCCAUGUUUAACCCUGCCAUUACUCCUUCAUCAAGGGUGUAAGUCAAAGACCUGCGUGUAUCCUGGGCUAGGUCACCUCCCCUGGGCCAAAUUGUCUGACAGUUAAUCGCCCCCCACCCCCCAUGUGAUCGUCCCUCUCUCUCUAACUGGCCCCUACGCUCUAUUCACUCUACCAGAGUAAGGAGGCACCAGAAAAUAGUUCUGUAGAAAAAUGUGUCAGCCCAAAUCAAUAGUUUUCAUGUCCUGGGUGUGUUCAUUGUGUGUUUUCAUACACACACACAUCACAUCCCUCUUUUCCUGCAGUAGUCCUAACACAGCCCAAAAGAAUUCACUGCUGCUACUACCUUCAAGCAGCUGCCAACAGCAGCUCUAAACCAAUAUCAGCACCCCCACACCCCUCCAGAACAUUUUCCACCGUCCUCAUUUCAACAGCCCAUGGCAACGACAUAGCCGGCAGCUUACGACAAAGCAAAGUGGGGAAGAGGAAGGGGGUAAGGGGGGAGUCAGGCCGUAGAUCAGGGCAGGGAGGAUGGCGGCGCAACCAGGAGGUGACAGGGGAAUAACAUCCCUUUCUCCUCAAUCGACAGGGACCAUAACUCCUGCCUCUCCAGGGACAGAUUGAGAAAGGCAAUAGCCCAAGGGGCUGUGAAGCACGGAUGCUUAGGAGAAUUGAAAGUUAAAAGAAAAACGCAGUUUGCCAAUCCACUGCCACAGAUUCAGGCGACAGCACUACUCUGGGGCACUGGAUUUUUCUUUUUUGUAAUCUUGUAUUUUCAGUUUUAUUUUUUCAAGACAGCAGUAGAAAAGCCUGAGUGGCAAAGUGACCAUGUGGUAUUUUAAACAAUAAAUCUCCUAUAGUAGCUGAUCCUACAUUACCCAUUUUGGGUGAGUUGUUAUGCACUUAACUCUUAGAUUUGGUGCAUUUUUGUGCACAUCUUUUUCCCUCAGUUAUCUUAUUUAUUUAUUUAUUUUGCAUGCACCAAGUCUAUUCCAUGGAUAGUAGUCAUAUUCAACUUGUGCAUUACCAUUUUUAAAAGUCAGCCAGCAAAUGUAUCAUUUUAAAAAUCAGACAAAUCAUCUGGAGCCUCACACACUGCUGCUGCCUUUGCUGAUAUGUAACUGACUGAAGCACAUUGGUUAGGCCUUUUCCUUUUUUUAAAAACAGCAGAAAGCCAACAACAACUCAGUCUAAUGUGAGUGUUGCAGUGUUGAUCUUUAAGGAGAUCGUCUUCAGGAAAAGUUGGUCUUUAAAAGACCAAGUGUAAAUAUGCUGAAUAGUCCAUUAAAACAUUUACUUUUUUCAAGACAGCUCUAUGACAGAUUCAGAAACACUUGGCUUUAGGGAAAGGGGAGCAGCAGGUGACUUAUUUUGUUUAUGUUACUCUUCGUAGACCUUCUUAUUUAAACCUUAUUUUCUUUAAUAAGAAAAUGUGAGUAUUUGUUUUGCCAUAUAACCACAAAUGUUGAGACUAAUAUGUUUUAUUUAAAGGGGAGAGGAGGAAAAUGUGAAGAUAGUUGAUUAUUGCUGUUUGUGUUUUACUACUAAGAUGAGUGUGAGGAUAAGUGCAUUAAACUCAACACAUUUGGUCUGGUGAAUGUUAAUAGUUAAAUAAAAGCACAGCAUUGACAAUCAAACCAUUUGAUUGUGAUUAACAGAGUUAGCUGUGUCAGCAGAUGUUUGUUUCCCUCUCAAUCAUUUCCCUCUCUCUCUGUUUUUCCACUUUUACUGUUUUUCUCUCUGUUCAUAAUCUGCCUUUCAUUGCAUCAGUUUCUUCCUCCUUCUUCUCUCGCUUGUUUAACUACAUUUCUACACUCGCCCUCCUCUCUUAUCCAUCUUCCUCUCUUUAUCCAUGCUCUAUAUCAUUCCUUUUACUCAUCCACAGCCAAAUUCUCCUGUUUGGAGCGGGGCGGUAGGAAAGAGAGCAGUUGGGCUGCAGCUUUUAUGGCCUGAUCAAUUUUACAGUGGCUUAUUGAAUAGCUUUUAAUGCUCUUCUUUAUUUUCAGUUGUAACCCACAGAGUGUCUGCCGCUCCAGGGCGGAUGUGAUGGCUCGCUGGAGAGAGAGAGAGAGAGAGAGAGUGAGAGAGAGACAAUAAAUUUUAAUACAUCGUCUCUGGAAAAUUACACAUGUUUAAUCAUUGAUUUUUAUUGGCUCAUCACGAUAACAUUAUCCCAGUGGGUGAGGCUCAUAAAAGAAAAGAGGAUGAAUUAGUUAUGGCAUUUGGAAGCAGAAGGUUGAAAACUGAAACGAUGACAUAACCAAAUUUCUUUGUCUAUUAAACAGCGUAUCGAUCGGCUCUGUAACUGUAACCCACAUGGAUAGUUUGAUAGAGUGACCGCUUAAAGAAGUAGAAACUUCCUCAGAUACUUUUCUCUUUCUGCUUAUGUUUCUGUUUUUAUUGGAAUUAAAGUUGGGUUAGUAGGGGUGUAAAGAUCUAGUUAAGGAUCUGAAUCGGAGACCCAUCUUUUUGUUGAAGAACCAAGAACAUCAAGUUAGCUGAGGUGGUUAGCCAGUUAGUGUUAGCUUGUUUAGAAGGUGAAGAUAAUGUCUGCAAAGCAAUUCACAGUCAACCAAGAAACCAAGAUAUGUAGAUUAUCCAAAUGUGGACUUGCUUACCUGUGGACUGAUCCUUCAACAGGAGAAGGGCAGUGCACUCUGAUGUAUUUUCUUUCCACGUGGUAGCUUGAGAGUGAGGCGAAAGGAAGAGCAAGGAUUUCCUUUCUGGAUUCUUUUUCCUUCAAAUUUAUCCAGCUAAGCUUUAUCAAUCAAUUUACAAUGACUUGAUCUUUGAUUAGCAAACAGUAUUUCGAUUAGCAACAAUCAGAAGAGCCCACGUUUACCUUAAAGUUUACUUUACUCUUCAGCGUCACCUCGAGAAGCGUACGGUUAGAAAGGUGAAAUUUGAAUGUGCCCCAAGAUUUAUCGACUGCAUAUAAAAAAAUAUCAGGAUCAUUAAGUCCAAGUCUACUGCCAUCAAGCUGAUGAAAGCUGGUAAACACACACCUCAUAAUACUUCAUGUGUGCACAAGUGGGGUGUGUGUGUGUGUGUGUGUCUCUGUGUGUAUAAGGGAUGUGAUAAGAUAGAUUGACUUCUAAUAUAAAUGGUAGAGGUGUCUACUGACAUCCGUGUAGAAGUGCCCUUUGUGUCCCAGCCUGGUAACCUCUUUCUGUCCGUGUGAGAAGAGGGCAAGCAUCCAGUCUUAGUAUAUCUUGACAUGCUAUAUGUUUUUAUUGGUGUUCCUGCGAUUUUGCAUGUUGUCAAACUCUAUUUUGAAGCUUGUUUGUGUAAGAGAUUGAGUAUGUGUUACUUAAAGAAGCAAACCACCAGACUUGUGUACAUGUCUGUUCAAACCUUUUUUUUUUCCCCUUUUAUACACAUAAUGCAUUAAACACACGCAAACAUACUCUGGGGCAGGUUAGCCCUCCUCGACACCAGCACCUGCUCUGCUGAAGGUGAAAGAAGUGCUCACUUGAGCUCAUUGAAAAGUAGAUGUGACAGUAAAUUUUUCAGGCCCUUGUGAGAUGGGAGAUCUUGUUAUAGCAGUCAGGAUGGGGGUCAGGGCAGUGGCUGCUUGAUGAUUGAGGAAAAGAGAAGUAAAUUCAUUCUGCUUCGGGCACUUUGUCAAGUGCCAGUAGCUUACUGUUGAGACCCACUCACCCAUCACCGUGUUACGGCCCCAGAGGUCACCUCCACCACCAUAAAUCUGCCUCGCCUGCUAAACCUACUGCCUUCCCCCGACUGAGCACGAGCCGGGAGAGAGGCUGCAGCUGCUUCUGCUGCACCUCAUAGUCACUCAAAUGAAAAAAGGCAGAGGGGGGAAUAUAGAUUCUCCUUUUGAUGCUGCUGAUGUUGUAAGAGCAGGACACUUGGUGUGCAGUGCUACAGGGGGGAUGUGUAGGUUUGGAGUGAUGGUUGUGUUGUGGGUGAGUGUGUGGAAAAGGAUCAAUGCAUUGCAUGUAUAUUUCUGCGGAGGGCAGAGAGGUGUAGUAGAGGUCGGGUUAUUAAAGGACUUUUUUUUGCAGCUUUUUGGUGCAAAUCCAAGAGGGUGUGCUGUUUAUUUAUGGUACUUUGAAAAGAUAAUGUUUUGAAACAGAAAUUUAUAAAGAGAAAAAUGAUUUAGGGGUAGAAGACCAGUGCAAGACAUGGGUUGUAUUGCAUACUGCUAUUCAUAAAAGGGAAAUAACUAAAAGAAGUGAUUAUGUAAUAAUUGAAUUCAUGCAUCGUGUGCCUCUUCUAGUCACAUCAUGUUCAUCUGCCUCAACAAGCUACAAGAGAGUGCAGAGUAAAAAAGAGAGUUUCUGUAGAAGAUGAAAGCUGGCUAGAGAGAGUAGAGAUUGAUGAAAAGGAUGUCAAUAAACAAAAUGGAGAAGAAGAUAAGAUAAGAGGCCAGAGGAAGUUUGUCCUCUACCAGACAGUAACAAAGUACAGGCAGAGCUGUUGAAAAUGUGUUCAUCGCUGUCAGACACACAGGACAGCAGGCCUUAGUAGAACCACAUCCUUUAGACUACUGAUUUCAUUUUGGGCUGAAGACCACCAUGACUAGUUUAUGUGAGGCCAUUUUUUUUCUGAUGAGGUGUCAGGUCAGUGGUGAGGAGAUGAUGUCUGCUACUUUACUUUGUGUUACUUUAUCACUUAAAGCAUAUUUUCAAGACUCUUCAAGGAAUUUCAGAUAACAUCCAGAGAUGUUUGGAGACAUUAAUGUUUAAUUUUUACCAUUUGAGUAUUGAAGAGGGUCACUUUUCAUGUUUAUCUUCGCAGUCGUUAAGGCAAUCUUCUUUUAUUAUCAUUUUACUUUUUUUUUUAAUCCUCUCUGCUAUUACUAGCUGUAUUUACCAAUGCCCUCAAUGUCUGUUUUAUUUAUGUUUUCCUUCCCUUUCUUUCUUUCUUUCUUUUCCAUACAAGCUAUUUAUUGCAUUGUAUGUAUUUUGUUGCCUUUAUCUGUCUUUGCUUCUUUAACCUCUUUUUCCUCAUCAAUGUUUUUACCUCUUUAAUUGUUUUUUUUAUCUCUUAUUUCUUGCUUUUAUCUAAUUUCUUGCUUUAAAUUCUUUGUUGCAUAAAGUUUCUUACAUAUUUGAUGCUCUUAGUCUCAGUGAACAUUGAGUUGUGAUUUUUUUUGUGAUAACUUGUCAAGGUUAGGUAUUUUAUUGUUUAGUUCUCGUGUCAUUUGGGUUGUUCUGUUCUCUUGUGCGCUUUUGUGUUUGGUUUCUUGUUUUGGUCUUGAGUCUUAUUCUUCAUUUCAAAGCACUUUGAAGUCCUGUUUUUAAAGCUGGCAUACAAAUUAAGUAAUUAUUAUCAUUACUAUGAAGGUUCACAGAGAGUAUCCCGCUUUUUAGAGUUUAGGGAGAACUUCAGUCUCUUUGCUUGGCCUCCUCUUCCUCCAUGGAGUUACUCCACAGCAGACGCCACCCCUACAAUACCAAAAGGGGAUCCUGUUCUGUCUUUCUAAAUUGAUAAUUGGCGUAUCUUGGAAUUAUCGAUAUCGUUUACCAUGUGCUAACAUUUUUCUAAGAUGGUGGUUGAGGUCUGAAGUCAGAAGAAGGAAAACUGAUCUGGAUCUGGUAUGAUUGUCUGUGUAUUUAGAUAUGUGUGUGUCUCAUAAAUGUGUUGUUUUUGUACACAUGGGAGCCCACGUGUGUACAGAUUGUGAGUGAUACACUUCUUUCUGAUGUGUGUCACAGUGCACCAUAAUUACGUCUCCCCUCACUGUGCGUGCAUACGUGUUUCAUGGAGCUCAUGCAUGUGUGUGUGUGCACAAACCCUUCGUGCUUGUUGUGUAUGAGUACCAGGCUGCUUUCAAUAUAGCCUCUUAUUAGGUGGUGAUUAUCCUGCCUGUAUCUGGCUUCUUUCAGCGUUUGACUGGAAGUUGGAGAGGCCAGGGGCACCAUGGGAAGAAAGGAGUGAAAACUUCCUGAACGUAGCUUCACCCCACACCCCUUAACAUCAGUACCCUGUACCUUUUGAAGCCUUAUAUCCACCCUGGUUUUAAAAAUGCAUAGAAAUUUCUGAAUUGGUAAAGGAAAUGGGUGGUGCUCAAAGGAAUCGUAAAAAGGUCUUUUUGAUAGAAUUGGACAGAAGCACUCACUGUAUCAUAUGUCUGUCCUGAUUUAACCCUGGAAUUCAGGACAACACUUUUCAACAACUAUUAUUCAUUUUUAACUGUUUUGUCAUAUAUCUUGCUAUUUUUUUUAAUUUUCAGACCAGUCGCUUUAUCCUAAAACAGAGUAAUUUUGAUAACAGUAUGAGAAUAACUUUUAAAAAUCCUAGGGUUUUAUUAAAAUAAUAACAUUUGUCAAUCGCAGUAUAUUUGGAAGAUGCAGAAAUCUUGUCUGUAUUCAAGUACCAAAACCAGGCCACAGCUCCCCUCUUGAAAUAAAUCUAAAGUAUUUGACUAUAAAACUUAUCCAGCCUAGCCAUCAAAUACAAAGUUAUAAAGCACUGUCAGGUAUGUGCCUGAAUUUAGUAAUCUGCAGCUUUUCCAUUUAGCUGACAUUUUUUUAAUAAUUCACCACCCUUUCUUGUCAAUUUAGAGUCACAGAGACCAACACUGUGAUUUUUAAAAAGAAUUCCAAGAAGCAGAAAAGAAACAGAAAAUAUAACAAGACAAGACAGAUGAAAAAGAAGAAGACCAGGAGAAAACAGUGGGUCAAAAUCCCGAGGGCCUGGCUUGGGACUUUGUAAAAGCCCAUACAUCAGCUGUCACCCGAUGUGCUUCCAAAGAGCCACAACAGAGAAACACAAUAGACUGGACAGAUGGUCCCAAACAAACUGCAGAGGGUUUGAUGCUAUUAAAAGCUGUUUACCUCAUGCCAGACACCAGCAAGUGUAGUGGAAGCAUUGUGUGAUUUUUUUUCAGAAUGACUGAUUGUGUGUUUAUGUGUGCUUAACUACAAGCUUCUGGUGUUUCAAUAAAACCCUCCGGUGUGUGUUUUGCCAGCCAAUAACCCUUCUUUGCCUUAGUAAGAUGUGUACGAGCGUGUGUGUGUGUGUGUGUGUGUGUGUUUGUGAUGUCUCAUAAUUAAGAUACAAUCAAAGGCAACACGUGAUGGUGAAAUACAAACAGUGUGAUGAUUGAUUUGUUCUCAGCAGAUGCAAGCCAACCCUGUAGGCUGUGACAAACUUUUGGCUGAUGACCAAUAACUGGACAAAUUUAAAACAGACCCCCCCACCCACCCACACGCCUCCACCGCUCCCUCCCGCUGAACCUCUCCCCUUCAUCUGCUCUCCUUAAGAGCAUCUCUGACACCUCAGAAUGAUGAACUCCUUCAAUGCGCUGACCUUUCUCCUCCGGACUAGUCACCCGCCCUCCUGCCCUCGCUCAUGUAGAUGAGACAGAGACAGAUGAAGAUAUUUUGCAAUGUGUGUGCAUGUGCGAGUGUCAGUGGGGGUGGUGGGCGGGGGUGUCAUGCAGUGACACAGUGAAAUUAGUUUUGGUGGUGGUGGAUGGCAGGCGACCCACCUUCAGAUCAGCAGUCACCCAGAGAGAUUAAUCCAGACGCAGGAGGCCUGUUUGAGAGCAGACAUGACAGGCUCUUAGCGAGAUCAGAGAGACAGGCAGGUAGACAGACAGAUGGGGCGGAUGGGUUCAUGACAGUGAUAUACAUACUGAGAUUGUGUCCAUAUAUCUGAGUAUGUAACUUUCAGGUUUAACAUACAGAUUAUUGGACUGCUUGGAACAUGAAUAAUGUAGAGACCAAAUUUUUGUUGCCGUAAAAGGAAAAAGAAAAAAAAAAUGAAAAGGCUCAGAACAGCUUUUGAACUUCAUUGACCUGUUUAUGUAGGUCAGGUAUUAACUAAGUGGACAUUUUAUAUGGUUGUAAAAUUGAUACAAUAGAACAAAAUCUCAUGAAAUGGGACAUUAUAAACCUGCACCAAACAUACAGUAUUAGUACACACAUCAGGUUUAGUCAUGGCCAAGAAAAUACCAUUAGACAAAGCAUGUACAUGGGGGUUUAGCAGUUUAAGUGCAGAGGGAAUAGUUUGCUGCAUGUUUUCCCCACCCUCUCCUCCCCACAUUUACUGACUCAUGUCAGCUGUUAUGUCCAGUAAAGGCAACUUGCUCCCUAAAUAGCAUAAAAAUGCAUGCAUCCACAAUAUCAGUUAAAUGUGCAUGCUUUUGAUUGUUUGAUUAUCAUGUAACAGUUAUCAUAAUGACUCCAGCUAACUCUACUUACUAGCUAACAAAUCAGCUGACAUUAUAAUUAAUUGGCUAUUUUUCACUUGAAUACCUGCUUCUUGUGGGAUACUCCUGUAAAGUGAGAAACUCUCAUAUUAACUUGAUUUACCAGUUCAGUUUCAAAGGUCACUUGAUCACUGUAUUUCAGCUCAUUUGAGUUGUUGAUGCACAUGUAAAAAUGUGUCUAACUCAGCUGGUCCAACAUGCAUCACAAUUUUGUUUCGUGUUUAUAAAUGUUAAAAACUUCUAUAGUCUAUGUGAAUAAAUUUUCAUGAAUCAGCUUCAUAUGAGGAACUACUUUGCUGUAAUUGUGCCUCAUGGUUGUAUGCUUAAGGCAAGGUGUUACCUAGUCAGAAGUUUUCUGUGUGUGUAGACUGUGAUAUAGAACUAAUAUAUAUGGUGAUAUUUUGAAGUUUAGAUUUUUUAAAAUUUAUUUUGGGAUGUGUCGCCAGUAAACAGAGUCAGAAAUACUUCAUUGAACCCAGCAGAAAAUGAGCAAACCCUCGCAGAACCUGCUCAGUCAUUUCAUAACAAUCCAGAUAUGAGAAUCCCCUUUAAUGCCUAAAAAGGAGAACAAAUGUCUGAAGUUGAUGAAUAUGGUAUCAUUAGUUACGCUUGUCUUGCCUCCUUCAUUUUCAGGUCUAAUUGGCUCCUAUUUAUAAUCCUUCACCUUUGGGCCAUCCUUUGUAAUACUGUCUUGUUUCCGUCUGUAAUUGGUUCAGAUCAGUGAAUCUUACAGGUCACAGAGAGGGGAGAAGUCCUUGGAUGAUUUUUUUAUUUGGACACUGAAAUACAUUUUGUUUUGUAGGUGAAUGAAACUGUCUGCUCUGCUAUUCAGAGUAACUUCCACCUGUUUGGUUCUGAGUAUUCAGGAAAAAAAACAUGAAACUUUUUGUAAAAAGCAUCAAAGACAAACUAAAUAAACUCUACACUUUACAAGAAUGAUAACACAGAAAAGGGAACCGUUUUCCUCCCAUCUUUUGAGAAGCAUCUGUUAAAGUGUGUGUUCAAUUCCUUGGUAGUAAUUCUGAAAUUACCAAAAAUUAUUGGUACUUCAUUUUGGUAACCAGGGAUCUUAACACAGUGCAUGUUUUUGUGUAAAUUGUCAGACUUUUGAUUUUUCUUUGUCUUGGAAAUGUAAACUGAACAAAUCAAUUCUAUACUUUUUAGUUGCAACACAACAUUCAGGCAGUCCUGCUCAUGAGCUUGCUUCACGUGUCCUUGUGUGUGUGUGUGUGUUUGCAUGCAUGUGUGUAUUCAGUCGCUUUAAAGUGGAGCUGAACACUGCUGGCAGACCCAACUAUGUGCGUGUAUGUGCGUCUGUCUGCAGGUCAGCUGUCCAUUCCUUCAGUUCCAGAGAGACUGGAAAACCCCAUGAGCCAGACCCCUGAAGGCACUCAUCUGCAUAGAAAGGUAACAGGCUCCCAACACACACACACACACACACACACACACUCAGCAGGGUGUAUCAGUCACAGUAGUGGGAUUUUGAGCAUUGGGUAACAGGUCAGUUCAAGGGGUCAACAGCGGCAUUUCACCUUUGACCUCAGGACAAAAACAGACUGAAGUCAGGGGCUGAGGGACUACUGUGCUGGGUUAACAUCUUCAACAGCGGCAGGCCUUUAGUUGUGUUCGUUUUAAUAAUCCCUGACCUAAGAACAGAUACUUGUUAUUCUCCACUAUAAAUGAUGUAAUGCAGAUAAAUACAUACACCUUUGUAGUACAUAUAUACAGUAUACUACAGAAUAAGUAUUAUUGAGAUAUUAAGUCCUCAAAAGGAAAAUCAAAAACAUAGAAUCACACUUCUCCUUUAAACACUGCCACAUUUCCUCCUUUGAAAACAAGAUCCAAAAUCUUUUGCAUGGAUGUGUUAUCAAACUCUUACAACAGAAAUUCACAACUAUAAGUUUAUCUAAUUAUCUUCAUUAAAUUUAAUCACUUUAAGUUCUUUUAAACUGUUGAUGUGAAAACAGAAGGAUUUGACUUAUUAAAAGUAAGUUUUUAGAUAUCACAAUAUAAAACUAUCAACAAAAGGUCAUUUGAAAAAAGGGUACAUUUAUUUGAAUCAUUAAUAUUCAACAAACUGAUCUGCUACACAAAAUCGAACCUUUUGAGAGCACAAAUCCCUCUCUCUUUUUACCUUUUCCUUAUCUCCUUUUCACACACACACACACACACACACACACACACACACACACACACACACACACACACACACACACACACACACACACACACACACACACUCUCUCUCUCUCUCUCAUAUGCUCACCAGUGCUCCACCGCCUCGCUGAAAAGAAAUAAACACAGACUCUGAUGACUGGACACACUCUCUGCAUAUUAUCAGCCCCCUGGUGGCCAACUUUAGAACUACAUCACACAUCUUAACUUUAAGAAGCAAGUUUUUUUAAGCUUAAGACAGAUUUUCAUUUCAUCUAUCUCAAAAAAUAGACGUGUAAAUAUCUGAUAUUCACAGUCAAUCAGCAAACAAUGAAGAAUUUCUGCAUCUGUUUUAUGAAUAGGGAUAUCUCUGUAAUGCUCCCUCAAAUGUUUUGAUGUGCAAUUCAUUCUGACAUGUAUAUUGUUGGAGGGGAUACAAAAUCUGUUAUAAUUGCAAGUGCUUAAAUUUUUGAGCAUUCAAAACAUAUAAAAAGGGGAUUUGAGAAUAGUGAACUUACAUUUUCUCUGUUCUAAAGAAAGGAAAUCAAAGCUCACAAACAUGAAUGAAACAAGUUCAGAUAUGUAAAAUGAAAAACAUCAAUGCUUGGAGUAAAUGAACAGUACUUGUCAUGUGCGCCUCCACUUACUUGUUACCACUGGAAAACUGACAGCUUUGCAACCUUAUGGAGACAAAAAUCAAAAUGUCGCCUUAUGAAGAACAAAUACAAACCUUAAAAACACUCUGAAUUUCUCAGCGUUGAACUCUCUCCUCAUCUGCAUCUGUCACCCUUGCUGAACUGCUACCAUAUAACAACAUCCAACUGUCCUACCUCGAUGUGAUCGAAGCUGACUUUGCUCUCCACCCAGCUUUGUUUUUCUUUGCAGCUGUUGGGUGGUCCAUGUCUAUUGCUCUGUCUCUCUUUUUCCCCGUCUUUUCCCUGUCUCCCUUUCUUUCCCCAUCUUUCCCUCUCUCUUUCUUUCCCCGUCUCUCCCCUCCCUCCAUUAUUUCUCUCCCUCUUUCUCUUUGUCAAGUUCACAGCGUCUGUUUCUCUUUUAGUGCUACAGGACCCAGGUAUGAAAUUCAAUACCACAGUAUACACAAUUAAGUUCACACCAGAGGUUAUUGGGUGGAAGUGUGGUCCCAUUUAGAAAAAAUGUGCAAGUCAGUCAAAGGAUAGGAGGGUGUGAGUGUUUAUGUGUGGUAGGUUAGUUGGUCAAGGUUAUCUGAAUUAUAUGAGGUGGAGGUGUUGUGUGUUCUCGGGACGGUGCUGCUCUGGUUUUUAACACAGGCCAGAGUGGAAGACUCUGUACUGGCAUGCUGUGCCAUCGGGGGUUUCGCUGAAACAGGUUGUGUUAUUCAUUCUCAACCAAUCAUAAAUCUUAAACUGAUGUUUGCUUUCACCUGACGAAUCAAAUCUGCUCUGGAAACAUUGAUUUUUUUCAUCUGUUACAAUUAUUUAAGUCCCAUUCUCAUAUUCAGUCAAUUUAAAAACGGCAUUUUCAAUCAAAAUUGAAGUUUUGAGUAAAUCCUCAGGCCCUUAUUAUCUGUUACCUUUCAAAACAAUAUUCCUGCUUUUGCCCUUCUGAACUCACCCCAGCUGACCCCCCUAACCCCCCCAGCCUGUUGAGUGUUUCAGAGUUGGAUCAGUUAGCCAUAGCUCCCUCUGUGAAACAUUCACACGCGAUGGGAGCCUCAUGACAGGCCAGCUGGAUCCUUUAGUCUGCCCCCCCCAAACACACUCACAGACACAAAACCUCCAUGGAGUCCCUACUGGCCAGCCAGCCUGUCACUCAUACAAUGGGAGGGUUAUGAACAUGUGCCUGUAUCUGAAUGUGUGUGUGUUGUUGGGCUUCCUGUUUUGGCUGUGUACUUCAGUCCUUCCUGGCAGGGGGGACUGCUUUUGUCAUUUCUGUCUGCUCUGAUACUAGCAAGACAAAUUAAACAUACACUGAACUGAUGUGCGGAUGAUGCAACUGAUAUCUGAUACCUUUUAACCGUUUUUCAUGUCAAAACUUGUCAUCUUAUUGUAUUUUAUCCAAUUUAGAAAUUUGAUCACCAUUUAGGAUUUAAAAGCUGUCCAUAGCGAUCCAAAUGUCAUCUUAAUGAGAGAGCAACCAUUCAAAAACAGUCUGAGGCAACAUCUUUAGUGUUUACAGACCUGAUUGAAGUUACCCCAUACCAAUCUAUAAUAAACAAACUAUAGCCAAGCAGGUUUCCAUCAUAUCACAACUAAUCAUGUCAAAAUAGCCAGUUGGAAAUGAUGUAUUUUUCCCCCUUUAUACCCAUUUCAUUGUUGUGAGUUGUAGGGAGAAAAACUGUUGUUGACAUAUGUAGCUUGUAGAAAUGGUUGAAAAAGAGAAUCCUCAGUAACUUAAAGGGAUAUUCCAGUGUAAAAUAAAGUUAGGGUCAAACACACCCUAACACUGAGUUAGACACCCAUAAAUGUUCUUCCUUGAGCUGCGUCACCCCGCUGCGGUCCGUAAUGGACUGGUCCGAGGUCUCGCUACAAACAAGCAGCUGCUGGAAGAGAGUAGGUGAGUUGUGUUUAGUCUCUUUGCUAAAGAAAUUAGGCAAAGUUAAAAAGAUGUUUGGUGGCUAAUGCUGUGGCUGGGACCCUAUAUGUACUGUUGAUGGAGUUAGGUGCUGUUGGUUGAGCGCGUGGCUCUCUGUAGUGCUAUCAUGCGGUCGUUACUAAAGUUGGUAUAACUAGAGAAGCAAGCGGUCGGCAACAUUCAUCUCUUGACAGGUUGUCUAACUUGGUGUGAUGGUGUGUUUGACCCUAAAUUAAUUUUACGCCGGAAUAUCCCUUUAAUUAGACUUUUGUGCCCUUUAUUUCUGUCUGUUCGUCUCCCCCCGCACUCAAGCACAUACAUAAAAUACAUCCACCCGAUCACUCAGAAGUCAGUAUGUCUUCUAGUCUUGCGAGGGAGCACCAGUCAUGUUCCAUUAAUCCUGAGCAACCAGUGGUGAUUGAUCAAUUAGCCCUGCUUAAAGCCAGGGCUCGGGCUGAUCAAUAGCACUGAUCACCAGCCAAAGGUUUUUCAUUAAGACCUGCUGCUCUGCAUGAGUAGACUCCAUUAGCAUAGACCAAAUGGGCUGUGAGGAAUGCAAAUGCCCCCAGUGAAAAUACACAUUCACAUAAAUUUGUCUAGUGGUCAUUGUUUUUUUUAUCAUUUACAAAAUCUUUGGUGUCAAACAAGUUUAUGCUUUAGUUUGAAUCAAAGUUGUUUAAUGAAAAUAUUUUUUUUUAUGAAGAUUAUCAGUGGAUUAUGUUUCUUAGACCUGGAUUAUAUUGCAGCAUCAUCACAUUAACAAUCUCACUUGCCACUGUUACAACACUGUACUUAAAACAUGGAGAACAAGAUGGCAGAACAUACAGAAAACAUAUAGCUCAUUUUUAGAAAUUUAACUUUUUCUGUAAGGGAAUCGUGCUAAACUCUAUUCAACAUUGUUGUUUUUUUUUUCGCUAAACUUCUGUAUGCAGCAAAAGCUACAUCUUUUUCUUAGUCUGUAAUGUGGCCUUAUGUAAUAAAAAGCUUGUGUUGUGCUUUUCCCUGAUACUCGCAUGUUCGUUAAAGGGUGAUCAUGGUAAGAAUUGCCGGAAGCAUCAUCCCAAAAUAUCAGCGUUUGAGUAGUUUUGCUACAAUAGUCUUAAAGGUAUGAUAAUGGACAUGUUGGGUAACUUUUCCCUCUCAACCAACUCCCUGUCAACUUUUUUUGUUUCUUACCUGAACAACAGCGGAUGUUGUUGCACCACAUUGAUAUUUUUGAUCCACAACCCCAUUGGACCCUCGGGAUCAUUCGUAACUUAAAAUACGAAAACAACCUGCCGGCCAUCACUGACAGACUCACCUUUCUCACCCUUUCCUAACCCUCAGUGGGACCAGAAGCUAUUGUUUGACUUAAACAAUCCUCAUUGAAUUAAAAACUGGCCACAUGCUUUGUUCGGUGAGACCGAUGCGUACUGCUGUCAUGGGUCCUGUCGUUAAUGUGCCAUCACUGUACCUCACAUCCUCCACAGACACAGGGAGUGCUGAGCUUACUUCCUCCAUCUGUAGAUGUAUGUGUGCACGAAUACGCCUCCGUGUGUGCAUGAGAGACACUCAUGCUGUACCGUGUGUGUUUGUAGAUGAUAUGAAUGAGUAAGAGCAGAGGUUGGAGGGUGGGUCAUUUUGUCUGUGUUUGUGUGUCAUUGUCCUGUGUGUGUGUGUGUGUUGGAUGUGAGUAAACUUUAAAUCAGUCAAUGUGGUAGACUCCUGGUGACGUAUCUAUGUAUACCCAAACAAAAUGUCAUUUCUCUACAGACACAGACCGUUGAAAUCUAUAUCUCAUUUUUAUAAUAUGUUGAACAUAAACAAUAUGCACCAAAUUUUGAUUUUCAUUUCCUUGCAGACAAAAGUUUUACGUAUCAAAACACUUUGCAUUUUCGUAUUUUGUCAAGGAUCCAGUUCUGCGUAUUUGAAACCUGAAAACCUCCAACAUUUGGCCUUCCUAUUACUUCUAUUGAAUCUCAUGAGUCCAAUGACAUUAUACCUCGCAUCGGGCCACAUGUAGAUUAAAUCACUAGCGCACACACAUAUCCAUUAUCUAAGAAUGUGUCUGAGUAAAAGUUAUUUCCCUGCUGACAGGUAUUACACCACAUCAAGAAAAAUGUUGGUAUUCAGUUGCUCAUGAGGAUAAUUGAAAACGUGAAGUGGCCUUAAGUCUGGCUGAGUACCUACACCUGUCUUCAGGUUGAAAAAGGUCCAUCAACUUUCAGCUAAAAAGGAAGUUAAAAAGGAAAAACCUGAUCCACUUCAAGAUUUACUGCAACAAAUACAACACUACCUUUGUCCAAUCUAUAAUGCUCAAUUUAGUUUUUCUUUCUGCGGUUUAAUUUUAAUAGCACUGACAGUGGGUUCAGUUUUAUAUUUAUUUAUCAAACCCUGGAACAAAAGGGAAAUCUCAGCAGAAACGAGGCUCAGAUUAUGGCGAAGUUUUGGAUUAAAGAGAGACUCUUCAAAUUGUGAUGCCCACGGUAAAACAAAUGUUCACGUGUCACAGUGUGUAUUUAGCUCAAAGGAAGGGAGUUGGUUGCAGAGAUACUGAGGCAGACAGGAAGAGAUCAUCCCAGUGUAACCAAGCCUGAGGUUGAACCCACUGCCUCCUCACCCCAUACAUAGUACACUUGGAGAUUAUAGUCUGGACUCUCUGUUUCUCUCGCUCUCUCUCUUUCCGUCCGUAACUCACACUCUCUUGUACACACUCAAUUUAAAAUGGAUCCAGAGGCCAACUCAUACAUGGUUACACACUACAAUAAUAUAUCUCCUUCCUCCUGUCCUUUUAUGUCUUUAACAUCAUUUAUGUCAUCAACAUCAUUUCACCUCAUAGAUAGAUAGAUAGAUAGAUAGAUAGAUAGAUAGAUAGAUCCACUAAACCUACCUGCCUACAUCUACAAACAUGGCUACUUGCGCUUUAAUUUAACAUUUGCACCCGUGUCUGGAGAUUUUUGCAUUGACUGCAUGGCGAAUGAUAUUUCCAGCAGUCAAAGAUGGGUGGAUGGGGGUUGUUGAGAUGGAUGAAUGGAUGGACGGUUGACACCCCUAUCCAUCCCCGCUGGGGAAAGGAAGUCCCUAUCAGAACACAACAGGAAAGAGACGGAGCAAAAACAAGGGCUUGUCUUUUUGGACAUUAAAUCACUUCCUGUAGGUCUUUGGGCUGCUUCCCCCACCAUCCUCCACCUCCACCUCUCCGUCUAGUUCAACCACCCUUUUAACAGGAAAAGAAAUUGAUCAAUUCUCUUUAUCUGCGUGCGUAAAAAGUGCUCUGGUUCCUGUGGGUCUGUCUGUGAAAAGUCCAGUAACUCAUCAAUAACUCAUAAAAGAGGCCUGAGACCCUGUGUAACGUAACAGUGCUUUAACCUUUUAACAAUUCAAAAUAAUCUUUGCUUUAAAAGGAGAAUCUGUCACCUCAUGCCCAAAACAUUCAUAAGUAACGCCAUAGAGCUUGCCUGUUUGAUUUACAGGUGUGACUUGCAGAUGUGAUGAGUACCAUAGGAUGCAAGUGCCAUAUAAAUUCCAACCGCCUGACAAAUCACAAGCUGGCUGCUGGACCUGGUGCUUUGAUCCUCCUCCAAGAACACAAACAAAGAGACAAAAAGGUUUAUCAUGGUGGGUGCAGGAAAGGACCCUUUUAUUGGUGACAGGAAAAGACAAUGACCACACUUUUCACCGAGAACACAAUCAACAGCCUCACUCCAUCUGGCUUGUCAUUUUUUUAGAUUUUUUGUGAUACUGAACGGCUGACUGCAGACACCAGGAAGAAUUGAUCAAAUCUCAAACUUAUACAGAAAAUGCAGCUUUUUGCACAGUGUUGCCCUCAUCCAGGGCACAGCUGUAAAAAAUAUGACUUCCUUCCUGUAGACUAUUUCCUGUUUAUGUCCGAAUUCAGGUCAGUCAAGGGGGACUGUGGCUCCCCCUCAUCUACAGCCAUCCUUACCCAGAAGUGACCCCAGUAUGAUAAAGCAGAAUGCAGUGUUAUCGCAUUUAACAAAAUAACACUUUCUAUACUCUCAUUCUAUUAUCUUUCUCAUCCCCUCUUAAAAAGUUAAAGCUAAAGAACAUUAUUGAACUUAAUGAACCUUCUACAACAUACCAAAAUCUGCAAACACUCUCUUUUACCCAUAAUACACAAAAGCAGAAGUGACAUUAUUUGCGUUUUUCUGCUCCCGCAAGACCUAAAAGUUCCCCCCAGAACAUGUCUCAGUUGCACACACAUGGAUCUUCCUGGCCUGUUUGUUUCAUUUUCUGCUGAUUUGCCUAAAACUGGCAGCGGCUGCUCCACUGAAUGUUUAAUUUAAGAGCUCAUGUUCCCCUCUGUAUGAUCUGUGGUGGUGUUGUGAGCAUGGGCUGGCUUUAGGAGGGAGGGGGUCUGAUGGGUGUGGGAGACCCCCAGGUCUCCGGGCUCAGUCAUUAAGAUGGCUCCUUGGCUUGGAGAUGAGAAAGCAUGCUCGGCACUCUGGGUUCAUUGAAGAUGCUCCCCUGCCUGCUUGGAGCAUCCAUUAUUUAUGAGUUUUUACAAAUUUCAACUGACAUUUUUAUCAGUUAUGUAUGACUGUUUCUGAUUUGGCAGUACUAGGUGUGUCUGUCCUCUUUACAACAAGAUAAAAAUGCUGGUCUAAAUCCACAGCUUGGUAGAAAGAAGAAAAGUGUUGUGGCAGGUUGUGGUUUACUGUCCCAUGUGAACUUCAUUUUGGCUUUUUUUGGGGGGACUGGUUCAGUGUCAAAGAGACUACUCUAAACGAGACAUAUUGUAGUCAUUUGGGCUAUGUGAAAAUAACAUUUGGUUUGUCGUUCAUCUAGCAAAAUCCAAGAGUGUGCAGAGAUAAGGGCUCCUCUUACAUACGUUAGUCGAACCAUAAAAUGUUGUAAUCAAAACCCUCAUACCUCCUCGGAUCCUUUGCAUUUGAUUGGAUGUUAAGCAAUACUCCCCCUUGAUGAUGAUGCUCAGGCCCAAAAGUUUUCUCAAAAAGGAGAAGGGUCAAAAGUUUACGAGAACAACAAGCAAGGCGACGACAGAGUAGAUAUUAACUUCAUAUCUCUCAAGUAUGAGGCAAAAGUUGUAGGAAUGAAAAGAUUUACUUCUGCUUGCAUCGUUUGAUCUCAAUACUUACCGUAUUUUUCGCACUAUAAGGCACACCUGAUUAUAAGGUGCACCAUCAAUGAACGCGUCUAUUCACAUCUAUUUUCCUCCAUAAGGUGCACCGGAUUAUAAAGCGCAUUAAGCCAAACAAAAUAGUCAGAUAAGUCAAACUUUAUUUAACUCGUUCAAUAAUUCUGCGAGGCUACGGUAGCUGCAGUGCUCUGACAAGCCAAAAGGAUUUUAAGUGCACUUUAUAGUGCGAACAAUAUGGUAUGUUUUUUUUAAGUUAUAAAUAAUUUUUAAAAGGUCUAAUAUGUCACCAACACAAGCAAGCUACAAAAAGACUUUACACUUUUUUUCAGAGAGAAAAAUGCAGAAUCUGUCGAUCAUUGUUGUUGGCAAAAUCCCCAAAUAUACUAAGAUUGUUUUUUUUGUCAAUAUCACACACUACUGCUGCGUUAUUGAUCAGUUUCACCCAUGAGCAUUUUUGAUAAUUUGAGAAGAGAGUUUCUUUUAUACAAAGCAGCUGCUUCAAAAAUCACAUAUUUUGUGAAUGAUGCGCAGCUCCACAGCUCCGAAGUUCUCUCUCAUGUUGGAUUUCUUCAUAUGAAAUUUAGACUGUGCAGGAGUCUAGAUACUCUCAGCAGAUCAGCUGUGCUCUUUUUAAAGUGGAUUAAGGAAAAGAAAAAUUCAUGAUUAAGGUAGAACGCUACAAUGACUGCUAUUACAGUGACAAAUUGAUGAGUGUGUGUGUGCAUGCAUGUGUGUGUGUGUGCGUGCGUGUGUGUGUAUGAUCAGCCCGUAUCUGUUAUAGGACGCCUACCGUCUUCUCACCACCCUGACCUCGUUUGUCUGCGGCUCAGCCAGUAUUGAUCCGAGCACUGCCCUGUGCUUCAGUGCUCAGCCUCCGGCCUCAGACUGCCUCACCUCACCUUACAUCACUCACUUAACAUUAGGCUCUGAGCUUGACAUGCACAGUGGAGUUGUGGUACAGUCCCUGAGAGAGAGCUUGUCAAAUGUCAGUUAAUACAAGCUCUGCAAGCGCAACGCCCACUUGUUGUCAAUCUUGCAGUCUAACAAUAUUCUGCCACUUAAUGCACAUCUUUGUUUUUGAAGUUAUUUGAUCAUUCUCAUCAGUAGUACAUUAAUAACUGCAGAAAUUUUAAUUUUUCACCAUGCAAGAAUCAGGCCCGUUGAUUCCAGUGAUUGAAAUGCAGCCUUUUUCCUGUCGCGUUUAACCGCUCGCCUCUGUACAGCAGACCCACCACUCCAAACACGUGUCAGACAUUCCUCUGGGUCCACACUCUGUGUUUUUCAUAGCUGUUUCUGGGUCUAUGAUGUUCAUUUGUAAGUGCCUUUAUAACGCCGCUCCUAGCUAAAGCCCCUCAAGUGUCCUCAGUAGCAUACAGAAACUGUUGCUGUCCCAGUGGAGGAGCAGCAGACUAAAUAAUCAGUUUCCCAUCACAGUGACAAUCUGUGAGCAGCUGUUUGUAUCUGAAGGCCUGCCAGCGAUUGUCCAUGGCUCUAUGAAACAGAAAAAGAAAGAAAGGGAGCGCGGAGAGGAGGAGAGAUUAAAGGAAAGUUUCUCUCUGCCUGUUUUUGUCCUCCUCGGGGUUUUGAUAUUGAUCUCACCAACAGACAGCAGAUGUAAGUGAAGAGCCACGUGUAUAAAUAGUUUCGUCCACCUGUGGAUACGGGCGUGUGUACAUUUAAACUCACAAAUACUGAAGCGGACUCUUUUGUUUUUGUUGUUGGAAUGGAUGCAGAAAAGUCAAGGAUGUAUAGUAUUUGAUAAUUUUAUUCAUUUGCGUUUAUUUUUUCCUAUAUUUGUGUAGCACUUUGCACUAAGAAACAAAAAUAGCUUUUUUGCUUGUAAACAAACACUGAUGUUAAGAGGAGUAAAGACGGUCCAAUGACAGCUCUUACAUUAAAGGGAGCCUGAAAAAAAUAUGCUUUCAAAUACCUUACAUCACCUCCCGAGGCAAUCGGUUAACAUUGCACAGGGCCUUGAAUGAAAAGCAUUCAGUUUUAAUAAAAGUAAUACUGGCCAAACCAUUUGCAGCUUUUGUUUGACGCUGAGCACGUCUCACAUCAAAAACAUUUGUUUGCUUUCUUAAAAUAUUGUUGUUUUUUUUUAUACCAUAUCUCUGGAUUUGAGGGUAUAUUGUACAUUACCAUGUGAAGUUCUGCCCACGUCUUGAGCCUGCAAAUUUAAAGAAAAAAAAAAUGUGGUGGAUAUAUGUGACGGGAUCAGAGGCAGCCCUGGUGUGCACCUUGUUACCUCAGACACCCAAAACUUAAAAAGUAAGAUUGUAUUGACUUGGUGUCAUACAAAGUUUGUGACACAAAUAUUGAUUGAAAAAGUAAAUAUUUUUGAAUACCCUAAACCCUAUUGUCGGCUAUUAAUGAGAGGGUUGAUACCUAAUUCAGGUAUAGACUGAGAAAGAGUCUGAAUUCAGUAGAAUAUCAUAACAAAGAUGUUUUGUUUAUUGGCACUCAAAGAUACACAGUUUUAAUCGCACUUCUCACAAUAACCUUUUCUCUUGAGUGAUAAACAGUCUGAUAUUGUUACUGAUAAUUGUUUUAAUAGCAAAGACUGUAUACCUUUUUAUUUUAUUUUAUUGUUUUAUAUUUUAUGAAGAAGCAGAACUGUAUUGUUAACUUAAGAUUCAUCUUAAUGAAAAUCAUUUUGAAAAUAAUUUCUCAUCUUAUAAGUUCUUCUGGCACCUUAAUCAAUCUGUAAAUGUUGAACUACAACUUCUGUAUGUCAUAACGGCACCGCGUGGUUCACACAUUUACAUGCCACAAUAAUCCGUCAUUAACAUAAACAAACAAAAGCUCAUUUAACGCAGCUAAACUCUAAAUUUCCCGUCAUCGUUUUGCUCCAUUUUAGCAGCUUGAAGGUUUUCUUUUAUAAUUGUUGACGAUCCCAAAAUAUGUUUUGAGGUCAGUCCAAAACCAUAAUUAUUUCUUUGGAUUCAAUCAUAGUAAAACAUUCUCCAGACCCCCUUUUGCAGCUGAUGAACUGUUGUGACACUCGGGUUGUCGUGUUUGUGCAGACGACACAGACCUCUUUCUUUCUCUUUAUGACACUGUUGAAGUAAAGGUCAAGAUUCCACAUGCAGUCAAGCGCUCACCUUCGCCUCUUGGCUGAGGUCUGGCAAGAUUAAGCCUUUGUGUCUUGCCAUUUCUCUAUGUGCCAGGUUCAUCUUUCUCACAAUAGAGCCAGGCAAACACAGGGAGGAAAAGUGUGUGCCUCAAAGAGUGUUUGUGUGUGUGUUUGUGAGUGUGUGUUUUUAAAAGACAUUGGUGCAACCGUUUUAACAGGGCGACUCUGUUUGAAUUAGAUGUUCUAACCCCCCGCUUGCUAAAUGGAUUUCUGAAGUGGCUGUAGUUGGAGGCUUUCAAUCGGAUGCAACCUUGAGUCCUUUUUUAUGUGAGCUCUGUAGGAUUUAAGUGCCGGUAUAACAUGAGCACGACUGAAUGCAUGCUCCUCAUUUUUUGAAAUUGAAAAAUCUCCAAAGGCUCUCCCUAUUGUGCAGGCAAUUAAUGGAAUGCUGGCAGCGAGGUUCAGGUGCUUAAAAGUUGUAUUUUUUCUCUCUCUCUCGCUCUCUUUUUAAUGACUAAUAAAGGAUAAUCAUCGUGGAAAAAAAAACAUCAUAAUGCUGUAGGCUUCCUCUUUAUGCACAAUGAUGUAUAAUGCAUGCUUUGAAAUGAAACGGCAGCGGCCUUCGAACCAUUCCAUCUCCAAACCUUAGUGUAUUUGUUUUGCAUGCCAUAGUGAGGCUUUUGCAUAACAAUAGUGAGUGUUCCCAUUAACAAUGCUUGCCUAUUAAUUUGAUCUUUACAUUUUUAAAGUUUGUCCAUCAGGCCGUCAAAAAAUGGAUCUCCUAGUUGUGGUUUGGUAUAAGUGAUUAGAAAGUUGGCUAAUUGCCCCUCUGAAGAGUUUUGCUGUUUUUUUUCCCCCUCUCUUUCUUGUUCUUCACCUGUCAGCCUCUAACAGUCCUAUCUCUCAAAAACAGCAGCCUGUUGCACCAGCUCUGUAUGGGUUGUUUCUAAGAGUUUAAAGACUAAACUAAUAAGUAAAUACUGACAUCUAAACUAACCAAAACAUUGUCGCAGAAACGACGUCCAGCCGCUUGGUGAAAGGGUUUUCAAAGAUAUUUGAAAUAUGACAAAGCAUUGUGAGAAGUUGUUAAUUAGUUUACACAGUAAAUUAUACAGCAGUGACAGGAAGUGGUAAAAAUGCCAAUUACACUAUCUGUUCAUGUUUUCCCUUAUAGAAAAUGUACAGAUCAGAACUGUCAUACCAUUCAUGUAAGAAUCAGAAUCAGAAUGCCUUUUAUUGUCAUUAUACGCAGUACAAUGAGAUUAAAGCCACCCAUAUCAGUGCAAAACAUUUGAAAAAAGAUAGAUAAAAAAUAUAGAAAAUAUGAAACGAGAGUAAUAUGAAGUAUAUACAAUGUAAACAUAUGGACCUGAGAUUCGUAUCAAGAAGAACAAGUUGACAACAUGCAAACAGAAGGUAAAAUCCCCCCUGCUUUUCCUCAAACUUCAGAUUAUUGAUGCACCAUGGCAGCUAGUAUUUUACAGAAGUCUUUUUGAGCUGAUGUCGCCCCUAAAAUAAGUUUCACUUCUACAUAAUGUGGAAAACUGUCUUCAGCUUCUCAGAGAAAUCACACAGUGACCUAAAAAAACAAGGGAUUAAGAGAGUGCUUGGAGUCCUUCCCAUCUUCAUAGUGCACAUAAUCCUUAAAUGAAGAAAAGAACAUUUAAAAGUUUUAAUUGUUCUUUGAAAAUCAAAGUAUAUAAAAUGAAUAAGUUCAGACUCUCUCCUGAAUUAAAAUUACAUAUAAACCAGCUUGUGAUAUUAACUCACACUGACAUUAACUCUCCUCUUUAACUGAGUAAUCUGUGUUUUUGUUGUGAACAACUGCCAAAAACUAAUCAUCUGCAGUUUCAGUAAAUAAAUUAGGAUUAUCAAUGAGGCCGAGUGGCAUAUAUGGAGUCUUUUUCCAUUAGAGGGAACGUUUAAUGAAGACUAAGUUGCUCUGACUAACUAUACUAUGUGUAAGAUAAGGAGCUUAAAUUUAGUACAAUAUAAAAUCAUACGAUCACCUAUUAUGUGACGGGUUUUCUUCACUAAUUGAUCUGCCAAAGUUUUGUCACCAUGUGGCGCUGGACUAGUUCUACUUAGGCCUCUUGGGGUCCCUCUUGAAACCGGACUGAAUCCUGAACCGGCUUAUUUCAGUUGCACCUUUUCUUGCAAUCUUGGAACACUUCCAACAGCUUCUGUUUUUUCUUCUGCCCUCAACCUCUUUCUCUUUGACUGCGCUUUGACGAUGCAGGGAAACAUACAAGCGCUUCUUGGUAAACACGAGUGAUGUGGUUCCAGAGUUUAAAAGCUUCACAUAACACUGGCAGACACAACUUGGGGCUGUUUGUGUGAUGGAAAGGAAAACUUGUUUAGAAACUGACAGCACUGUAUCUGUGUGUGUGUGUCUGAGAAAGAGAAAAAACUGUGUAUGUGAGUGAGAGAGAGAAAACUGUGUGUGUGUGUGUGUGUGUGUGUGUUAUGUUGCUUUUGGCAAGUUAUUCAUUUGUGCUUUUUUUCCUCUUUUUUCUUGCCCUCUGUGUGGUUAUCUUUUGAGUUGGUCGGUUUUGAGCUGAUGUCCACCUUCGGGGAUGCGCAUAGCAUGCAUUUCUGAGUAUUUUCACCUGAGGCUGCACUUGUUAGAGUCUGUGGAUAAAUGUAUAUACAUUAUUUAUACAAAUUCAGGGCGAGUGAAAGCAGGUUUAACACAUUUACAGACAGGAGGCCAGGCACUGCAAGCAAAGCUCCAAGAGAGGAUUGCAACGCUGUGCGCCGGGGAUCGAGCUAGCCUCUCACACAACUGUGACCAGCAUCCUUAAUGCUGCACAAGAACAGUGCAAACAUUAUCAUCAACACCUCAGCAAUCAAACAACAUUAUUUGCUUCAGUAGAGGCGGGGGCGAGGAAAAGAUUGACAGGAGACUUUUUUUUUUUUUUAAAUUAAUUCUAAGGGAUACGAUCGCUUUAAGUGCUAAAAUUUAGUUUGGCAAUAUGUAAUCCUUCUGAAUUAUAGAGACAAGUUCAGCAGUUUUUCGUCCGGUUGCUGCUCUCAUAUUGACUUUGGCAGUGACGUACAAUUCUAAUUUUAUUAACCUAACAACUUUCAGUCACCGAUGUAGCUCAAGAAUUUGCGUGAUUGUUGAAAACAGUGAGAAGCAGAAAGAAGUGUUGAAGGAAAAUCCUGUGUUCGCUUGUAACUAGAGGUGAACUGAUUUAUCUGAAAGACUAAAUCAAUUUCCAAAAACAUUAAUUAUUAAGUAAUAGUACUGGUCACACAAUCUCUCAGAAUGAGUCCAAACUUAAAACUUUAAGUAUUGGUCCAAAAUUAAAAGUUAGAAAAUGCACUUAAAGUCGUAGGUUCAGACUGACUUCACCUGUAGGGCAAUAAAAAAGACAAGCCACAUAAAUAUUUGUUUGAUUCCACCUAUCGCUCAUGAAACUGCGCGAGGAAAACGAAGGUCAAUAGUUCGUUAACACGCACUGCCAAAAUCACUUUGUAAACGCAUAUGUGCUUUACAGUAGAUAAUGGAUAUUUAGUGUGUAUUAACACCACUAAUCAUCCGCUGAAGGUUGAUGGAGGAAGGAGAUCAAAAGUUGACACAAUGAAGGGAGCUGCUCUUUGAAUUUUAAUUGCUUUUGAUAGAAAACACAUUUCAAUUAUAGGCUCAGAUACCUUAAACCGGGUUAAUUCAGUCACUUAGGGUUUAUUUGAAACAGUUUAUACAAUUUAUUUUGCUUUUUGAUAAAUUCACCGUUUAUAAAGACUUGUUGCAAUUACUGUAACUAAAGCAUUUUUAUAGCAGGGCUGAAACAAAAGCUGAACUUUCACAUGAAAACUGUAUGCAGACUUCAGAGCACAAAGUAGAGAGGUCAUUGUCAGUUAAGUAAAUUAGUUCUUAGUGUCUCAAAACACUCAUUAGGAAGAUAAGCUAUUACUGAGUCGGAAAGGAAAACAAAUAAGAAAAGAUAAAAACACAAGCCUGUGUUUGAGGGUGUUUAUUGGCCAUUCAGCCAGUAACACAUUACACUUUUCUCUUCAUGGCUUCAUACUCGUCACUUACCCCGUCCUCUUCUCUCCUCUUCUCUUCUCCAGGAGCCACCCCCCUCAGAGGUGGAUGCCUUGCCAGCAGGUUGUAGCCUUCAUGUUCCCAUGGAGCUGGAGUUCGCAGCUUCCUGUUUCCCCCGCAGCCCCACACCCCAGAAAAGCUACGGCCUCGUCUACGUCGGCUGACCUGGCCGCUGACGGUGAUUUUUUAGUUUGGAAUCACUUUUUAAUCACAGUUGGUGAAAUGGCGUCUUUUUUUUUUUUUAUUAUGCAGCAUCUUUCUCCUGAACUUUAAAUUUCCUGUCACCUUUCAUCACUGGAGAGACACGGGGGACACUUGGUGGUGGAGACCUUGGUGGUG